AGAGCAGCGCUGUCUCGUCACAGGACUCAGCCACAGCCUCACUCUGAAGUUGUGAAGCUCUUUUGUUUCACUCAUUUUUGUCUUAUCUGCUCAAACUUUCUCGCUCGUGUUUCUCGACGCGCUAAAAAACUUUGGCGAACACUUUCCUCACUCUUUCUUACUUUCUCCCCCCUCCUUUUCCCUGAGUGCGUAAUUAGCCGGAGAGCUUUUGGAAACUUGUGAUGGCUGUGCAGAAAUCUCACUUUGUUUCUGACACCUGUUGCUGAGGACACCACGCGCACACACGUACACAACCAGGAGCGCGUGCUACUCAUCUCUGAGUUUGUUGCCACGCUUUUUUACAGGGCGAGUGUGGAGUUUUUGGGCUCUGUUAGGUCUCCAGGUGGCUGGAGGCUGCGUUAUACUUCCAUACACUGCCUUAAAUCGACUUUUUUGGACUCAACCAAGGACUCUGAGUGUGCACGCACAGAGCACGAGAGUAGGCUACACUUAAGUGUGUACCUGUGCCACAGAGUGAAGUGUACCGCCAAGAGGGUGUCCCAACUUUUCUACAAAUCCACCGACCUGUUUGCAGUUUCCUAACCGGGAAGAGAGGCACAUAUUUCGGACUUGAGCGUGUCGGGUGGUGGGAGGAGGAACUUUUCUUGGAGAGCGGAGCAACAGCUGGUUUCAAGCACAGAAAGGUAGGAACUUCAUCUAUUUCUUUCGUUUAUUUUCACAGUAGUCUUUUACUUUUUCACAAAGUAGAAAAGGUUGUUGCAUCUUAAGCAAGCACUUUCUACAACCGGAAUAUGGCUGCUGAAUCGAGCAAUUUCUUCAUGAGUAAUCCGACUGAACUUUUUUUUUACUUCGUUUGGUCGUUAAUUUCUCAUCAACUGGUUUUUAAAAAGUUAGAUUUUAUGAAAAAGUUUCGUCCAUCCCAAAAGACCAAAGCUUUAGUCUCUCUUCAAACCAAUCACAUAUUUAUUUAAGCUAGAAAAUGGCACAAAGCAGAGAAUCCUUACACAGAAAUGGAUUUUAUUUAAGGAAAUCACGCUAAAAUAAGAUUGGUUUCUUGUCAAAACAGAAAUAAAUUUUCUUACAACUUAAAAGUCACUUCUAUUCAAUGGUUGUUGUUGAAGAUCCUUAAGAAGCACCUCUUAUCACUCAUCUGUCCAAAAUAUAGCUACUGAAAUCUUGUAGGUCAUUGUCACUCUUCUUUGUCUCUUUGAUAUUUUAUGUUGUAUUUUUUCCUCUAUUAUCGUUUUCCUGUCUGUCCUCAGAAGUUUAAUGACUUUUCACUGGUCGUUGGGUUCAAAUAAAUCUGGGAAAGUUGGUUUGAACUUGGUCAACUGGAUUUUUCUUGACUUUCCCUCAUGAUAUGAACUUGUGGACGUUUUUGUCCCCACAAUGUUUCCGUUGUCACAGUCUACUUACAAAAUGGGCUUAUUUCAUGACUUUGGCUCCCAUAUGACAGUGGUGAAAGUGUGUGUGUGUGUGUGUGUGCGCAUGUUUGUAUGAUCUGCCAACCCCAUCGACCUAAAUGAAGGCAGCCUCUCUCGCUCUGUGGUGCAGACCAGGACUAUUUUGGUCGAAAUGUUGCACAAAUGUUUCUCUCAGUGUGGAGAAAGUUGCUGCUUUGCCUUCAUCUGAGCCACAGGCUGUAUCUGGCAUCCAAGUGCACUCUGAUACAAAGUACUAUGACUGUAAGUCUGAACACAACUUUACUUUAAAACCGACUGGCAGCAUAAAUCUGUUGAUGAUACUGGAGGAGGUGUAAAGCUGAUUGAAGGGGCUUGAAAGAUUAGUUUACUGGUCCGUGUGAAUACUUUUUAUCCAUCUGUGUGUGGUCAGGGUUAGGGUGCCGGGUCAAAGCAUCCAUCAAUAUUAAAGCUCCUGUAAGGAACUUUCAGUGAAUAAUGACGCCCAUUGUGGACAAAUCAGUCUUUGCUUAUCUGUUUCCCAACAUGCUAAAGUCAUGUCUGUUGACAAAAAGUCUCAAUCUGCUGACUUUUGACUGUCAAAUGUAUCAUUUAUUGUGGAUAGUUAAAAUGGAAACUGUAAAAACAUGGAUGUUUCUUGAACACCUACUCCCUCUUACUGGUUUCAGGCGUUUGAAAUGACAAUCUACACAUUGUCUGCCUUGUCACUGGUGGUUAUGUUUGCUCUUAAAUAUCAUGAAAAGGCAUAAAUGUGGAUUUCAGUCUGUUUCAUAAAUGCCAGAACUCUUCAUAGUAGCUUUAACUACCCCAAAACACACCGCAGCCACUGCGGGCAAGCUGGGGUUAAGUUUCUUGCCCAAGGACACUUCAGCAUGUGGACAACUUUACAACUGGGCCACAGCUGCCCCUCUCUAUCAACUACAGAGGUCAUACUUUAGUUUGUGAUACUAAAAAUGAGGAUUGAUUGGACGUUUAUACAGACAUGACAGAAAAUGUUAUAUGCAAUCACUUAAAUGGUCCUUGGCAAGUUCUACCGUGUCUGUUUUUUCAGUUGCAGGUACAGAUAUUUAUUUGCAGGAUGUAUCUGAGAGGUCUGGAAAAAUCAUCAUGAAAACGCAGACAAACGUAUUUAUACAUCCAUAACAUGACAAUUCUCAAAUUCCAGUUCAGUUCUUGCUUUGAUACAGACUCUGUUGAAGUCAUUGUCUGAAAAUCUCGUGCAUCACAGUUACUCUGAAGUUCUGGACAAAUAUUCAAAGACAUUUGACGCAACAUUAAAAUAGCAAAGGCCAAUAUCCAAGGAAUUUAGAUGGAGGACUACAGCAUUUAAGGAUUGCUCUCCAUUGUGCCAAAUGUGCUCAAGUCUCUCAUAAGUAUCAUAAUUAAUUUAGCUCUGUCAUACUGUUAUUUCCUGUUAGGUGGUGGGAACAAGUGCUACUGUAUUAAAAACACUGACUCCAACUGACUUACAGCUACCCUAUAAAGAGGCACACAAGUGGAGCUGAGACCGGUCUAUAGUCUCCUGACGUUACAACUUCCUGUCAAUUAAAACAGCCACUCCCUUCAUUAUGGUGAAUUAUGCCCAACACUUAGUUCUAAGGUUGUCCCAACAUUACACAGAGUAGAUAACCAUCUGUACAAAAAUAGCUUGUGGUCCAUCACGCUGGUUUCUACAAGUCAUUUAUUCUCUUACAGUGUUAAUAUUCAGUUCUGUAACUUAUGAUCUUCCAGAAGAAGUGUACUACAAAAUAAAAGUAUAGUUUGACUGGGCAGGAAUGCAGUUUUUUGCAACCUAUCAUUAACUUCAUUUUUCAGCGAUGAAGGUUGCUGCUCUCUCUAUUGAUCAGAUGAGAUCAUAUGUGAUGUAUUUGUUGAUUAUUUGAGGCUGAUCUAAUGAAGCAACAAAGUUCUCUCUCCCUUAGCAAUGGAGCUGUCAUCAAAGGACAUAUCUAAGGCAAAAAAUACAUUUAAGGUCACAUACAAUCUCCUUAGAUUAAAGUCCCACUCUGGUUUUUGUUUUUUAAUUACUUAAAGUGUUCUCAGUGGUCUUUAACUUGUGAUUAUGAUGUUUUUAGCCAAAGUUGCAUUACCUGUGUCAUUUUGAAGCGCUUUUCUUCUGCAGAGCUCCAGUAGAUCAUUAGCGAUUUGCCUCUGAGUCAUGGGCAGAGACAGCGCUGCUCUUUACACUUCUCUUCGCGUUAGCUUGUAGCCUAACAUUGCCGAUGUAGUAGAAGUAGCAGGUAACACAGGAGCUAUUCAGCUCUCAGACACUUAUGUCUUUAGGUAUGAUGUAAACUAGUAUUAUAAUUAGCUUUCUUACAAGCAUUACAAUCCUCUACCGCACACACUUGUUCCGUGAUUGUCCUCUCUAUUUCUCUGAGUCUGGUUUGCAUUGCGGGGCUGCGGGGGCGGAGCUUGGAUUUGCUACGUAUGACAUCUCACUGUAUCUGAUCCUGCUGUUGGGGUCUACCAGAGAUUCACAGUGAUUUGAAUGCAGAAAUCCUCAGAAAUGCAAUUCCUUACACUUAUUUUUGCACUUAUUUUUCUCAUGACAUGCCCUGUAGCAUCAGAAAAAUGCUACAUGAACGUGUAAAAAAACAAAAACAUUUUCAUCUGAGUGGUUCUUUAAGACCUGCUUCUUAGAAAAAUCUAUAUAAAUUUACAAAACAAAACGGAUCCUACCAAUCCAGUGCCUCAUAUAUCUUACAGCAGCCACAAAUGUGGAGAAAAAUGUAGCUGAACUUAAGCAAGAAAAAGCGUCUGCAUCAAGACUUUCAAAAUAAAGUUCAGUCACAAGAAAUAAUAGCUGACCACAGUGCAUUAUGGAAACACAGCUUUGGUGUUUUCCUGCACUUUUGUGCCUCUCAAGGUCAGAUAAGUAGGUCUCAUAUAAAGCCGAACUAUCAGAUUCAUUUUAAAAACAUGACGUGACUCAUGCAGACAGACCGCUGCUAUUGUCUCAGCAGUGACGUCCCCGGUUUGCACUUUUUUCUACCUGAGCUGUGGAGCAGACGGACAGCCAGGCUGAUAAACCCUGCAGGAGGAGAUAAAGCAUGAGUGUGUGUGUCUGUGUGUGUGUGUGUGUGUGUCUGUGUGUGUAGAGCAGAUAGUAACAUUAGAUGUGUAGAUAGAGGUGGUGAAAAGUGUUGCUGUCAACAAGUUAGCCAUUAGAGAGCGAUAAUCUCUCUUCCUCCUCCCUGCCUGUCUUAAAAGUCAACUUCUGUUCUUUCUCUUUCCUCCCUCUGGCUGUUUCAGUCAUCACUUUAUUUUUCUCUUCUUUUUCACUAUUUUGCCUUCUGCCCUCUGUUCCUCGUCUCACUCAGAAUAAUGUUUUUUGUCUAAUAAAAAUGUAGCUUUAUGUCCAGAUUGCCAAACAGAAACCGAAGAUAUACAGCCGAGUAUUAUAAAAACAGUCAUUAAAUCUCUACUCUGAACAUUUUCAUUAAUUUUUCUCUCUGUCUGUCGGUGAGAAAGACCUUUUCUUUCCCCAAACACUGAAGUGCUGCCUGAGUGUCUCGCCCCCUCGGGGUUCAGUAAUUAGGCAAAGGGCAGUAAGUGUGUGUCUGUGUGUUUUUCCACUCCAGAUAUUUGAGAAGAUGGGUUGUCUGCGAGCAUCAAUGGACCCUCAAGGUCCUCUAAGAGUCUGAGUGUGUGUGUCCCGUAUGUUCAGACACAUUAGAAAUAAGGGAGUGCUUUUGCUGUUUAGAAGACGUUCCUCAUUUUAAAUUCAGGAUGAAAAGACUUCGACAAAGAAGACUUAAACACAUGAUGAGAUACUUGAGUGUGUGUGUUUUUGCUCCCUGGUAGCUCUUAUCUUCACAUGGCCACACAGACGGGGUCUAUGUGAAGAGGAUGGUCUCUGCAGCUCUCAAGUUGAAGAGCGAGUGUCUGAUUGGCUGAAAAGAAUCCUGGGAAUUCCUCUCAGGACAGCGCUGCUAACUUAACACAUCCACUCCUGUUGGUCUUUGUUUGCAUCUGUCCUGUGGAGGAUGGUGCAGACCUUCAGGAAGAACCCCCUCACUAUUUUGCUGUUUUAAAACUAAAACCUUAGUUUAGUGACAGACCAUGGCUUUACAGGUUCACUGCAAAAACUCUGCAGGGGUAAAAACAAAGGUUUUUAGUCGAGAGAGGAAGAGGCAGGGGCGGCGAAGGCAAAGCUUUGGCAGCAAGAGCAGCAGAAGCAGGGUGUGCCAAAACUGUUUGUAAGUUAAAGAAAUAGUUAAGAUGACUGAUUUUGCCUUCAUAUUCAACAUUAACAAAAUAGAUUGUAUUCUCUUAGCUUUCUUAUAAUCUCUUUUAAUGUUUCUGGAAAACAAACUAUAAUACAAGCUGACAACUUAACUCAGGGGCAGCAGCCUGCACUUGAACAGCCCCAUUUGUGUGUGUGUGUGUGUGUGUGUGUGUGUGUGUGUGUGUGUGUGUGUGUGUGUGUGUGUGUGUGUGUGUGUGUGUUUAUAAUGCAGUGCGGCUGUGCAGUAGUCAUUAUGGUCAAGCGGUGUGUGUAUGUGUGUGUGUUCCCGUACUCAUAAUGUGACCCUGUGGUGUUCAUUAUAAUGCCUGGGCUUUCUGCAAACUCAACGCUUGAACGUGUGUGUGUGUGUGUGUGUGUGUGUGUGUGUGUGUGUGUGUGUGUGUGUGUGUGUGUGUGUGUGAGACAGAGAGGGAAGGUUUCGGGCCUUUCUGGGCUGCUAGUUCGGGGCUAUGCAGUGAUGUCAUUGGGGCUGCAGGGUGGGGUGACAUGGGGUUAGAGUUUGGCAGAGGUCCUGACUCCAUCAGCCCUCAAAAUCUGUCUGACCAGGAAGUGUGUGACUGUCCCUGCUGUGAGCCAGUGUGUGUGUGUCUAUGUGAGUAUGUAUGUGUGUGGGUGUGUGUAUGGUCAGUGGUAGUGGUCACAAACUUAAUGCUAGCAGUGUCCUAUACUAAUAGUAAAAGUGGUUUAUUGGGCGCUUUAUAGAUCCUGGGGCAGUUUUAUAAAUCCGGCGGGGUGGUUAGAGGGGACACAGUCACUGACCAAAGAACCACAAAACACACUGAAUCUGAACACUUAUUUAAUUCACUAAAACCACAGCAUCCCACCUCAGCAAUGUCCAUCUCAAACCCUUAAACAGUUUAUGAUUUUAUGAGCAUUUAACACCAAUAAAGAUAGUUUCUGAUAAAUUCUGCAUUUGUGAUAUUUUCUAUAUUGUCGUCUCUUUACACUUAUAGCAAGAACUGUAAUAGAGGAAGGGCCCUAUUGCAUAAAUGUGGAGUUUUCUUCUAGCACUGUCUAAAUGCCUUCUCUUUUGCACAACUAUAGGACCAUAUCUUCAUAAUAUCUUCUAAUUGUUCAGUUUUUGUCGUUCAGGGUGUGUUUAAAGUUUGGUUGUAAAUUGUAUUUGUCAAGACCUACUGUUAAGUUUUCUUAUUACCAAAAGUCAUAAAAGGAAAGAAAACUUUUGGACCUAAUGUUACACAGUGAGAGUAAUUAACCCCCAAAUUUAAAAAAUGGUAUUUAAAACAGAGCUUAUAUGCAGCAUGGGUCAUGUUCCCAACCUUAGUUCCCCAUCCGUUCAAUCACCACUUAAUAGAAUAGCAGUAUCACACAUGAAUUUACAUUAUUUACCAGUUUUAUCUCCAGUAAUCACCUCUACUUGACUACUAAUUUUGAUAAAUCUAAACAAUGUUUUAUAUUUUUUUCUUUAUAGUAGGUAUCACAUCAGAGUGGCACUUUAUAACCUGUGUUAGCGUAAUUCUUUAAGGGCUCUACAAGGAUACUUUAAUCUAGUGUAACAACUCAAGGAGAUGCACAGAAAGCUAAUAACCUGUUGCAUAAUGGUGCAAGGGUUCAUUUAGGAGGAAUAGGUUUUCAUAGUUUUUUGUAGGCAGCAAUAUGCCCUCUUUCAGCCCCAGGUUGACAUACUUUAUUACAUCCCAAAACAGUCAACAAACAAGUUAGUGAGAGGCUGAUUUCUUCUUCUGUUGAGGUUUUGUUCAUACCCAGCUUCUCUCUGUGAAUUAAUGUUUUUUCCACCUCUGGGUAAAAAAACGGGCAUUUGAGCUGUGGAGCAUGCACUGACCAUUAAGGCCAGUUUGAGUCUGAUUGCAGUGUGUACAGAGGAAAAUGAUUGCUGACUGCAUUAUCCAGGUAUGGUUGUCAAACUUUGAGGAAUUUUCUUUUAGGCCACCUGUUUGUUUUGUUUUGUUUUUACGUCAAAAAUAUGCAGGACUUACAUCUAAUGUGAUACUUUUUGAAGUGCAUGUUUAGUUACAAAUUCACUGGAGAUAGAGAGGGUGAAGUAAAGGAGGAGAGAGCCUAUCUUUGUUACUUCUUUCUUCUGCAUUUUUUCCCUUCCUUUCCUCUCUUGCUGCUUUCCUUCUUCAAGUUACAUGAUCAGGGCUGAUAAAACUAUCAACAGCACACCUGCAGCAGGUUAGAAACCUGUACAACACACACAAACACACAGGGCAAGCCACAGAUGAACACAAACCCAAACAAAUCAGGAAAGAAAUAAAAACCAAGCAUUUCUGACUUUCCCUUUUCCCCGUUCUUCCUCAGACUUGCUCUUCAUCACUGUUUUCCAUCUUACAUUUCCACCCAGCCCCCGUCUCCUUCAGUCCAGUAGUUGUAAAAGUUUCACCACAGCCAGAAAAGAAAGUUGAGGUUCAGUUUAUGGGCAUGUGCUGCGGUCAAGGGCGAGACCUUCAAAAUGUCAUCAAAAUGUAUAACAUCAACAGUUUGGUACCGUGAGUGAUUGAUGCCCAUCUGUCAUAGAAGUCUGCAAACUUAUCUCAUCUUUUGACAUUUUGUGGAAGCACAUAUAAUCAGCUCCUAUUGAUUUUCAAACAUGGUUAUCAUACUGGAAUAUCAGGGCAUUAAUUGGGGGUUUAAAUCCCUUCUUCUUAAAUUCAUGUCAAGUGUUUCUCCUCUCAAAAGCACUUGCGCCCAACGUGGGGCUCGAACCCACGACCCUGAGAUUAAGAGUCUCAUGCUCUACCGACUGAGCUAGCCGGGCUGCAUAGAACAUAAAAAAAAAGCUGUUUCAACUCAACGUGGAGAGGGUUUCAGGCUGGUUAUACCUCAUUGACUCUCUUCACACCUCAUACCAAAAGAUUUCUGGAAUCACAGCUGUCAAAUGGCCUGAUUCAAAGCCCCACAUGACACCAUACCCUGCAGAGUGUUGAAGACAUGGAGCUCUGUGUCUGCCUGAUUUCAUUACCUCGCCCCAGGCUUGUGAUUUGGUCAUUUUUACUGCUGUUUCUCUUAUCUCUUGACAGCCUGCACUGAGGGUUUUAUUUCCAAAGAUGACUUGAUUCUUCAUGCCAUUUCUGAGCUUGACUCCCUGCCCAGCUUCAUCUGCUCUGUGCAGCUUGGUUCAGCUGAACUGUGGCAACGUCAAAAAUAGACAAGGCGCUUAUUUUUGGAGGAGCAGAGCAGAGAGUCGCUUGUGUGCAGCUUUUUGGACGGCACAUUUGAAGAAAUUAAAAACAUGUUUUCCUGUCACCAGUCUACCAGGGAUGAGGUUUCGGUUAUCAGAGGUCCAGUUUACCAGCUGUGAAGUACAACUCUGUGAUUGUUUAUCUUCUGUUUGAGUUGCAUCUGUGGCUUUGGUCUCUCUGCAAGACAAAAGACAAUGUUGUAACAGCUUGUGCACCAAUCAUGAUCCAACUAUAUCCACCAGUCUCUACAGCACCACAAUAUAAGCUGAUUUUCUUCUAAUCUGACAAAUUCAGUGAAAUAACAUUUUUUGUGGUUAUAUUGUUAGACCCCCUGUGGUUUCAAGUGUGUUUGGGGUGAUUUUUCUGUCAUGUAAAGCCGCACUUAUUUCAAAUCCUAAAUAUUCAUCAAAGGUAGAUACAUCUUGUUUGUAUUGUAUGUAUUGUUACCAGCUCUUUUUGUCAUUCAGCAUGUUUGCAUUCUGUGCAGUAAUGCUCCAGUUUCGGUUCAGCUGAGUAGUUGUAAGACAGUUUUGUACAGCAACUGAACAGCCUUUAUGUACAGUGGAUCUUCAACAAUUGUUGGGUGACAGGACUAGAUGCUGUUUUUACACCUCCCACCACCUCCUCAGUUCAAACUUAAAACUGUCAGCGCCCAACGUGGGGCUCGAACCCACGACCCUGAGAUUAAGAGUCUCAUGCUCUACCGACUGAGCUAGCCGGGCUAUAAAUGAUAGGAAAAUGAUUCAGACUCGAUGCUUAAACCAUGUAAAUUUACUUGUACUCCCCAAACUGAUAAUCCACAGUAGAAAUCAACACAGGCCGACUUUAAAGAUUUUCAAAAUCUUGACAGACGUUGAAAAUGUGAAAGCCUCUUUCUUGACCACUUAUAGGAAAUUCAGCGAAAUCACAUUUUUCAAUGGUUAUAUUGUUAGACCCCCUGUGGUUCAAAGUGUGUUUGGGGUGAUCAAUGGACAAUGUUUUUGUGGAAUGGAUCUUGAACAACUCUUUCUUUAUGAGAGCUGGGUGAUGGAACUAGAUAUUUUUUGUACAAUCCUCACAACCUUUUCAGUUCAACUUAAAACUAUCAGCGCCCAACGUGGGGCUCGAACCCACGACCCUGAGAUUAAGAGUCUCAUGCUCUACCGACUGAGCUAGCCGGGCUAUACAUGAUGGGAAAAUGCUUCAGAUUGGAUGGUUACACCAUGUAAAUUUACUUGUACUCCCCAAACUGAUAAUCCACAGUAGAAAUCAACACAGGCCGACUUUAAAGAUUUUCAAAAUCUUGACAGACGUUGAAAAUGUGAAAGCCUCUUUCUUGACCACUUAUAGGAAAUUCAGCGAAAUCACAUUUUUCAAUGGUUAUAUUGUUAGACUCCCUGUGGUUCAAAGUGUGUUUGGGGUGAUCAAUGGACAAUGUUUUUGUGGAAUGGAUCUUGAACAACUCUUUCUUUAUGAGAGCUGGGUGAUGGAACUAGAUAUUUUUUGUACAAUCCUCACAACCUUUUCAGUUCAACUUAAAACUAUCAGCGCCCAACGUGGGGCUCGAACCCACGACCCUGAGAUUAAGAGUCUCAUGCUCUACCGACUGAGCUAGCCGGGCUAUACAUGAUGGGAAAAUGCUUCAGAUUGGAUGGUUACACCAUGUAAAUUUACUUGUACUCCCCAAACUGAUAAUCCACAGUAGAAAUCAACACAGGCCGACUUUAAAGAUUUUCAAAAUCUUGACAGACGUUGAAAAUGUGAAAGCCUCUUUCUUGACCACUUAUAGGAAAUUCAGCGAAAUCACAUUUUUCAAUGGUUAUAUUGUUAGACUCCCUGUGGUUCAAAGUGUGUUUGGGGUGAUCAAUGGACAAUGUUUUUGUGGAAUGGAUCUUGAACAACUCUUUCUUUAUGAGAGCUGGGUGAUGGAACUAGAUAUUUUUUGUACAAUCCUCACAACCUUUUCAGUUCAACUUAAAACUAUCAGCGCCCAACGUGGGGCUCGAACCCACGACCCUGAGAUUAAGAGUCUCAUGCUCUACCGACUGAGCUAGCCGGGCUAUACAUGAUGGGAAAAUGCUUCAGAUUGGAUGGUUACACCAUGUAAAUUUACUUGUACUCCCCAAACUGAUAAUCCACAGUAGAAAUCAACACAGGCCGACUUUAAAGAUUUUCAAAAUCUUGACAGACGUUGAAAAUGUGAAAGCCUCUUACUUGACCGAUUAUAAGAAAUUUAGCUGAAUCACAUUUUUUAAUGGUUAAAAUUUUAGACCCCCUGUGUUUUAAAGUGUGUCUGGGGUGAUUUUUCUGUCCUGUAGUAGCCGCACUGAUUUCAGUUAGAUAUAACUUUUUUGUAUUCCAUGUAUUGUUACCGGUUCAUCUUGUCAUUCAGCCUGUUUGCUGUACUGUGUAUGCAGUGAUGCUCUAUGUUUGGUUUAGCUAAAAAGUUGUAUGACAAUGUCAGACGGUAAUACAGAUGUGCUCAAUGUGGAAUGGAUCUUGAACAACUCUUUCUUUAUGAGAGCUGGGUGAUGGGACGAGAUAUUUUUUGUACAAUCCUCACAAUCUUUUCAGUUCAACUUAAAACUGUCAGCGCCCAACGUGGGGCUCGAACCCACGACCCUGAGAUUAAGAGUCUCAUGCUCUACCGACUGAGCUAGCCGGGCUACAUAAUGCCUUGAAAUAAUUAAAACUCUAAAGUGUCUAAACUUCCAUUCUGAUACCAUUAAAACAAGCUUACAUAAUUUUUUUGAUCAAAAAUAAAGCCAACUGUUUCUCACAGCAUCCUUCUGAAAUGCCUCUUUAUAGCUACUGUCUCUAUAAGCCCCCCUCCCAUUUAUCCUUAUUUGUAAUUUGACGACAUGUUUUUAUAAUUCUCAAAAUUUAGUCUAAUCCAUCCACAGAAUCCACAAAAAAAGACAGGAUAUCUGAAACCUCAAGGUUAAUUUGGUCAAUUUGGUUCCGCCUACCGCCUGUAUACGGAUUUGAAGCCAAAUAGCUCUCUGUAUUUCCAGGAUAUUUCUUCAUUUCCUGAAACCAGAGCUGCGCAGUAGCAAUGCACGCAUUCGGCUGAGCAGUCACCGAGAGUAGCUGUGAUGACGCUCGGCUCAAACAGCAUAUCCCUGGGAGAGCUACGCAAUCCCUGAACGCCCAUAGGCUGUAUCAGGUGUCAAUCAUAGAAAACAUGAACCCCCUAAAAACUUUUAAAAACGGAGCUUCACAGAAAAAAAGAGGACUUGAGCACAAACCAGUCUUACAAUAACUACAUGUCAACAUCGCAAGCAGGGGGGAGAAAAAUGUAUGUUCUUUGUAAUAAAUUUCUAAAGUUGGUCCACAGCUCCAUAAGUUUUGCUGGCAGAGGCGGGAUUUAUGACCUAUACUGCAGCCCAUCAACAGAGGGUGCUGUUACCAGUUCAUCUUGUCAUUCAGCAUGUUUUCAUUCUGUGCAGUAUUACUCCAGUUUUGGUUCAGCUGAGUAGUUGUAAGACAGUCUUGUACAGUAACUGAACUGCUCAAUGGACAGCCUUUAUGUACAGUGUAUAUUCAACAAUUCUUUCUCUACAAGGGCUGGGUGACAGGACUAAAUGCUGUUUUAACAAAUCAUACAACCUUUUCAGUUCAACUUAAAACUGUCAGCACCCAACGUGGGGCUCGAACCUACGACCCUGAGAUUAAGAGUCUCAUGCUCUACCGACUGAGCUAGCCGGGCUAUACAUGAUGGGAAAAUGAUUCAGACUCGAUGCUUAAACCAUGUAAAUUUACUUGUACUCCCCAAACUGAUAAUCCACAGUAGAAAUCAACACAGGCUGACUUUAAAGAUUUUCAAAAUCUUGACAGACGUUGAAAAUGUGAAAGCCUCUUUCUUGACCACUUAUAAGAAAUUCAGCGAAAUCACAUUUUCAAUGGUUAUAUUGUUGGACCCCCUGUGGUUCAAAGUGUGUUUGGGGUGAUCAUUGGACAACGUUUUUGUGGAGUGGAUCUUGAACAACUCUUUCUUUAUGAGAGCUGGGUGAUGGAACUAGAUAUUUUUUAUACAAUCCUCACAAUCUUUUCAGUUCAACUUAAAACUAUCAGCGCCCAACGUGGGGCUCGAACCCACGACCCUGAGAUUAAGAGUCUCAUGCUCUACCGACUGAGCUAGCCGGGCGAUACAUGAUGGGAAAAUGCUUCAGAUUGGAUGGUUACACCAUGUAAAUUUACUUGUACUCCCCAAACUGAUAAUCCACAGUAGAAAUCAACACAGGCCGACUUUAAAGAUUUUCAAAAUCUUGACAGACGUUGAAAAUGUGAAAGCCUCUUUCUUGACCACUUAUAGGAAAUUCAGCGAAAUCACAUUUUUCAAUGGUUAUAUUGUUAGACUCCCUGUGGUUCAAAGUGUGUUUGGGGUGAUCAAUGGACAAUGUUUUUGUGGAAUGGAUCUUGAACAACUCUUUCUUUAUGAGAGCUGGGUGAUGGAACUAGAUAUUUUUUGUACAAUCCUCACAACCUUUUCAGUUCAACUUAAAACUAUCAGCGCCCAACGUGGGGCUCGAACCCACGACCCUGAGAUUAAGAGUCUCAUGCUCUACCGACUGAGCUAGCCGGGCUAUACAUGAUGGGAAAAUGCUUCAGAUUGGAUGGUUACACCAUGUAAAUUUACUUGUACUCCCCAAACUGAUAAUCCACAGUAGAAAUCAACACAGGCCGACUUUAAAGAUUUUCAAAAUCUUGACAGACGUUGAAAAUGUGAAAGCCUCUUUCUUGACCACUUAUAGGAAAUUCAGCGAAAUCACAUUUUCAAUGGUUAUAUUGUUGGACCCCCUGUGGUUCAAAGUGUGUUUGGGGUGAUCAUUGGACAACGUUUUUGUGGAGUGGAUCUUGAACAACUCUUUUUUUAUGAGAGCUGGGUGAUGGAACUAGAUAUUUUUUAUACAAUCCUCACAAUCUUUUCAGUUCAACUUAAAACUAUCAGCGCCCAACGUGGGGCUCGAACCCACGACCCUGAGAUUAAGAGUCUCAUGCUCUACCGACUGAGCUAGCCGGGCGAUACAUGAUGGGAAAAUGCUUCAGAUUGGAUGGUUACACCAUGUAAAUUUACUUGUACUCCCCAAACUGAUAAUCCACAGUAGAAACCAACACAGGCCGACUUUAAAGAUUUUCAAAAUCUUGACAGACGUUGAAAAUGUGAAAGCCUCUUUCUUGACCACUUAUAGGAAAUUCAGCGAAAUCACAUUUUUCAAUGGUUAUAUUGUUAGACUCCCUGUGGUUCAAAGUGUGUUUGGGGUGAUCAAUGGACAAUGUUUUUGUGGAAUGGAUCUUGAACAACUCUUUCUUUAUGAGAGCUGGGUGAUGGAACUAGAUAUUUUUUGUACAAUCCUCACAACCUUUUCAGUUCAACUUAAAACUAUCAGCGCCCAACGUGGGGCUCGAACCCACGACCCUGAGAUUAAGAGUCUCAUGCUCUACCGACUCUAGAGACGUUGAAAACUUAAAAGCCUCUUACUUGACAACUGAUAAUAACAAUUUAAACUUUUUUGCUCCUACAGUGCUGAAUGGUCAAAGCAAACAGACUUCCUUUACCAACAAUUAGAGUCUACUUAAAAUUGGGCACAAAUCUGGCCUUACCUUUUUUUAUGAGAUCCCGCUUCAACCAAUGUUUUAGGCCCCAGUUCAGAAUUUAAGGCCAUAAAAAGGUAUUAGUGUCAGGUUUCAGGAUUAACUCACCUCACACCCUGUAUAAAAGUGUAUAAGAAUCAAGGUUUUAAUACAGACAAAAAGAGUGGGCAGUGUUUAACCUCUGUCUCAUUAUACAUCUACAGCAGUGAUGGACUGAAGUUCUACCAUCACUACACCUUUAAACUUCAACACUGACCCCUCACAACACUGAAAACUGGUGACCCAGUGUGAUUUCUCCUUGAACUGACAAUCCUUUCACUAAGAGUGAAAAAUGUCUCCUGUUUAAGGGGUAGUCCAAAUUUUUAAAAAUCCUUAACUGUAAUUCUGUUCAAACUACUUCCUGUCACAUGACUUUAGCUGAUUUUACAGCUUUUGGGUGUUCACUGUGUGUCCUGAGCCCUCCUGCUGCUGUGCUAACCCUUUGUAAAUCAUUUCAUCACGCUGCUGUCGGCCAAUCAAAACACAGGGAUGAAUGAGGCUGUUUAAAUCAGCAGGGUGGUCCUCAGUUUGCUUACACACACAUGCACACACACAUGCACACACAUACUGAUAAAUCUACAUACCUGCUGACUUGUGCAUGUACCCAGAGUGAGGACAGUCCCCACAAAGACGACCAGUUUGGCAAAAACAGGUGAUGGUGCAAGUAAAGAGAGGGAGCGAAAGAAAAACACAGAGAAAGAAAAGAGAAGGUCAUAAAGGAGGGACAUGGGCAUUUUUUAUGGCCUCAGAUGAGUGGAAACGCUGCCUCCUACUGGUCACUCUCUGCUACUGCAACACAUCAAAGAAAUUGGCUGUUUAGAGGAAAGGAAACAGCAAACUUGAAUCUUAAUCACGUUUUUAUGUCUCAUUGGUUCUCUCUAUUUUCUCUAGUUAAAAGAUUCACAAAAUUUACACCUAUGAAGGGAAAUUUGUGAGGAGCAGAAACAUGUUUGUGUGUCAUACCUGAUAAAAUACAGCCAGCAGGGAGUUAUACGCGAAGACAUGAACAGCUAUAUUGGCUCUCAGCAGUUUAAAUGUUUGUAAAUCGUUUGUUCCUCGUCUCUUUUCUUCAUUUUUUGUCUCGUCUCUUUUUUUUCCUCCUUCAUUCCCCAUGCUGUGUGUUUGUUGGAGGCUUGGUUAUGUUAUAAUGAGAUUCUCAGUGCCCAGGUGCUCUUUCUAGAUAAUUACUCAGUGUGUUUCCAAUCUCAGAACUGAAGCAGCACCAAGUCUGUCUAAACACACACACACACACACACACACACACACAAAGAGGAUGACGAAGAGAGAACAUCAAAUUAAAUCUAUCCCCUCUCUCUCUUUUGUUUCUGAUUGCACACCAGCUUUUCUUCAAGCCCUACUUUUUCAAUCCUGUAUUCCUCUUUUUCCUUUUUCAGCUUCUCCUUCUCUCUGUUUUCUUACAAAGGGUAUAAAAUAAAUCAAAAAACAGCGGUUAGUAGUCUUGAAGGUAGGGAGUCACACACUCCUGUUCUUGAAUCUCAAUCCUGAUUGGCUGCAGGGAUUUUUAAAUAAAUAUAUAUAUAUAUAUAUACUGGAGCCAGUGAUUUUUAAUGUAACAUCCACAAAGCACCAAGUUUUGCAGAUUUGGACGGUAAAUUUUUAAAGGGUUGUGAACCACAUGUGCUGUAAAUGUUUUACCAAAAGAGUUAUGUAAUUGAAAAAUUCAGCAGAGUUUACCGUUUUUUUGGUGUAGCUGCAAAUCCUCUCUCCUGCUGUCAUGCACUUCUGUUGAAUUUAGUAUCGGCUAUCCUGCGGCAAGUGAUUUUCCGUCUCUUUUUUCUAAGGAGUAUUAGACUGUUGGAGUUUUGUCCAGGCUUUAAAUGCUCAACAGUCGAUCAAAACAGUAACCUGGAAUCAGUUUUGUUCGCUCUUUAAAUUUGUAUUCAUCAUCUCAUUGAAAUGUGUCACAACCGGUAUGUCAAACAAAAACUCAAUUAUUAUUUUAACCAGCUUGACAUAUGCUUUAAGUGAUUUUUUUUUACCACCUGCCAACUUUUCCAGUUAGUCUAAAAGUAAAAUUUGGACCCUGACUUUAGCAGCAUCGCAUUUCUGUAUGAUACAGAAAUCAUGAAAUUGUCUUACCUGAUUUUAGAGAACAUCAUCGAAGGAACUCAUUUUAUAAGUUAUUACCUGUUUGUAGACAUAGAUAUAUCUAUAAUAACAUGAUGUGCUUUGAUUUAGAGGUUUUGGGUGAAAAAAGUUCAAACUAAUGGAUGGACAAGAAAAAAAUAAUGGUUUCAAGUCUUGCUUCUGUCUUCACCUGACAUCAUAAGUAUAAACAGGAAAGAAACUAAAGAAUCAAGCUUACAGCUAACUUUUAAAGAUUUCCUUUUAGGAAUAUAUCUAAUGCAUUUUCCAGUCUUGCUCAGUAGUACCACAUACUCAGACAAAUACAAACACAAAGUAAUGCACAAAGGGGUUUUAAAAGCAGUUUUCUUGCAGCACUGCAUCAGGAAACAAUAUCAGUUUUCAUUCCAGAGCCCAAAAUGCUCCAAAUAAUGGACACAGAACUUGGAGCUGUAGACAAAAUGUUUGGUCAUAUUUGAUGCUUCAGAAUGUUUUUAACACCUUCAUAGACCACAUCAAUAUAUGAUGAGCUUAAAUAAUUGAUUUUGAUGUUGUUAUUCGUCCUGAUGCUGAUAUUUCCUCUAAAAAGGGAAGGAAUUGUCACUUUCUGUGGACAGAUUAGAGCUCAUACUCGCCUCACUUCAGUCAUGUUAGAGAAAAAAGAAGAGAUUGAGAAUUCUAAUACACUCUUUCUCUAAAAAUGCCCGUUUUUUAUCUAAGCCAGAGAGCUCUCAGCUUCUCUCUGUGCCUCAAACCAGCCUCUUCUUCACAGAGCUGCUGAAUCUCACUGUCUGCUCAUGUUUGAAUCAAUGAGAGACACUUGUAGAGAAACAAAAUCUGUUUGAGUCUGGGAUUCAAAAUCUGACGCUGAAUCAACAAUGCUCUCAAAUCCUUCAGACGUUACUAUCAGAAUGCUGCGUCUCCAGGGCAGCUGUUCUGAAAGCUCUCACAGAGCACAGAGUUUUGGACAGAAAGGGUUAAAACACUUCAGUAUCAUCUGCAUUUCAGCCUGCAUAUUUUAACACGUGCAGCAGCAGAUAUUUCACAUCAGCGUCUGCUGCCGCCGCUGCUGCUGCAUCCGUUGUGAAACAUGCACGCUGCUUGAAUCUAAAUGAAAAUGUUCAUUAUAUUUAGUAAAUGUAAAGAGGUCUGGAUGACUAGCUUUGGUGCAAGGACAAAGUGAGUGUAUAGGAGCAACAGAGACACGUGCAACUGUGACAGCAGGACUGUCACUUGAGUAUAUGCAUGGAAAUCACUGCAGCAGUUUGUUUGCUUUUGAUGUGUCAUAUAAAAUCAUGUCACUAAGUAAUAUGUGAGUCAUAAUUUACAUUACAUCUUAUAUUUUUGUCAUAGUUGCAGUGUUUACCUGCCUAAAGGGGAGGUGAAAGGAGAUAAUGUCUCCUCAUUUUACCCCACUUAUCUCUUUUUAUAUAUGUAUUUUUUCUUCAUGCUUCAUGAAGUUUUGUAUACCUUUUUUAUUUCCAGGGGUUGAAGUUUUUAGCUGUGCUGCUGCAGUAAGAGUGAACACAGACAGAGGGCGCUAAAUCAUUGAGCCUUGCGACUGACAAACUGGACACUUCAGUGAGAGGGCAAGAGAUUUGUGAGAAGAGAAUGACAGAGGAAGACAUGAAGAAGAGGAUAGAGGGAGAAAGAUGUAAGGAUUAAAAAAUAAACUUAAAGAACAGAGAGAAGAUUUGAUAAAUGUAGAUAAAUCAGAGAAAGGUCACAUUUUAAACUUUUCCUUUUUCUCUUGUCAGAACCUCUUUUUUUGAUUUUGAUUCCAGUCAUAGAGCUAUCUCCCCCCCAUCCUCCAUCCUCCCUUUAACUCACUUUCUCUCCCCCCUCUGUCUGGCCACUUACACUCCCCUCUUUCUCCCCCUCCCAUCAUGCAUGGUUGGGUCCGGUCCAUUUGCUCCCCCUCCAGCAGGGCUGCACCAUUAGUGACCAGCAGGGGAAGAGCUGUUCUCUGCAGGCAGCGGGGUACAGGUGUGCUGAUGCUGUCUCUAUCACUGUGUGUGACUAUGUCUGUGUGUGUGCGUGCGUGCGCGUGUGAGCCCAUGUGUGCGCAUGUGUGCAUUUGUGGCUGCUGACAACAUCAGUUUCAGCAUACUUACACACACAGUCGCAGCUGCUUUUAUAGCAAACAUUCAAAAAGGUAAAAUACUGGUUCUGUAUGGCUUUAAUCUAUUUUUUGGGCCAUUUAAUGUCAAUAAGCAUCAGAUGAUAUUCAUUUUAAUCAUAUAGUACUAGAUCACUACGAAUUAUAUUACAUGACAUUUAACAUUAAACAGGUCUAGUACAUUCUGUUUUUUUUUUUCAUUGAAGCUCCAGUAAAGAGUUUUACAAAUUAAGAGUUUCUAAAAAUUAAGCAUCUUUUUGAGCUUUAAACGACCACCUACAACAAAAUAAAUGAGCAUUUGUGAUACAGAAGAUAUGCCUGAAGAUAUGCCAUGAGACCCAGUGAUUGCAGCAUGCUGCAGAAACAGAUAUUUCCACCUCACCUAAAAAAUAAAAAUGGGUCACUUAGUAAAGACAAUGACUCAUAGACGCUUUUAAAUAUUUUCUAUAUAGAGAGAAAUGUAUAUGCCCUUUAUUUACAGCAUGCACAGCCAUCCAGGGCAAUAAAGGAUUAUUAUUGACAUUUAUGAUUUGAUUUGACACCAUAAUAAUCUAGUAGAUGCACUGUGAUGCAUUGGUAUGUGCUGAUGCCACACAGCAAGAAAGGUCUUGGUUUGAGUCCUGGCUGGGCUUUUUCAUGCAGAAUUUUAAUGAAUGGAUAUCAAUAACCUCGAUUAAGAUAACUUGGUUUCACCAAUCAUUUUGUCACCAAUUAACCACAGCUGUAGAUCGUGACAUAACCAAGCAGCAACCUCCUGUUUUAAGGGCUAAAAACUGCAGCUCCUUGAAGAAGUUCCAGUUCAACUUAAGGCUGACUGCACAAGCACCACAAACCACGUAUGCACCCAUCCAAAAAAGUCCAUCUGUACAGCAGAAAAAGAAAGAAAGAAAGAAAGAAAGAAAGAAGUUUCCUCUUUGGUUCAAAAGAUGAUUUUGGCCUGAAUAGCUAAUUUCUCGAUCUGUACACACUGUAGAGGGGUUGAUGUUUAGAAUAACACAUUAUUUUCUGAGAUUUAAAGAUGAGAAGUUUUGCAGACCUGUAGCUGUUAGCAGGGAGGUUUGAGGUCUGCCUUCACUCAGCCUCUUUGCCUCUUACAUGGUCAACUGGAAGUUAGUUUGAGUCAGCAUUUCCAACAUGGCAACUGUUGCUAAUAGGCUUCAAAAUUCAGUUUCAGAAACAGAUGGGUGUUUACACUGAGACCACAUCCAUGUUUAAUCCAGUCUAUAGUCAAAGUCUGUGAGUUAGUAAAAUUCAACUGCAACUACUUUUGAUUAUCAAAUACUAUACUGAGCCACACUAAAAUAUUUUAUUUUUCCCCCAAAUAAAUCUGAAAAAGUGAUUAUUCUAUGUUCAUGUUUGGUUUAUAAACUCAAAUAUUCAUUUAAAACAGUAGAUGCUGCCACUUAUUUAUAAAUCAAAAGACUGAGACCCACUGUCACUCAUAACUACAGCGCCAAGGGAUUAAAUAUGGAGAGACACAGUGAUUGUCUGAAACAAAGGGACCAAUAGUUUGACCAAAUCUACAAACAGCUGAGGCAGUUAAAGUGCUAUUUUUUAAGGAAAAUGGUUGCAGCCAAAAAAGACAGGAGCCUUUUACACCCUGCAAAUAGUAUACAGCACCUUUGCACCCCAAAACGUGGUGAAAUUACGCCCUAGUUACAUUAUGUUGUCAUAGAUGCCCAUUUAAUCUGCCUCUGUGUGUUACACAUUGUAGAUGAGGCCGGUCAGGAGUGUGAAUAUCCCACCUCUGAAUAGCAGUGUGUAGACACCAGAUGUCAAUACAUACAAGGAGGGCAGUCCAAAAAGAUCGGCCUGAUCAUCUUGGUUCUUGGUUUUGCUGGUCCAGGAUCAUCUUAUGUUGGGAUCCUUGUACCCUGUACUUGUCACUUGUGAAAGCUGAAGUUCACAUCGUAUAAGUGUUAUUCUUGUUUACUCAGUCUUGUGAUGUUAGCUUUGAUGAUUCUCAGUUUGGGCAGUUGUUUAGACAAAAAAGGCACUCUGAGGUGUCACCUUUGGCAAUGGAAACAUUCAUAAGGAUUCGUUUCGGCCCUAAUCAUAAACCAUAAGAUGGUAAAAACACAUGAGCUUAGCUGUGAUAGAACAAGGAUCCUUUUGUGUGCCUGUUGCUACAUGGUUAACUGUAAUGGAAGAAAAAAACAAACACUCCAGUUGAGUCACAAACACACGCUGAUACCAUCAGCGAAAGUAAAGCUAGCAAAGAGUGACUCAACAAAAAUCUGCUUCUUUCUAUCAAUGCUGCUCUCUUUCUUCACCUCUGUCAACAACUCCCUCCUCUUCCUCUCUUUCAGUACUGUCUCACCUCAUCUCUCUAUCCUCUGUCUCUGAUACACACUAACAAACACACCCCUCCAGCUUCACCCCCAGCGGGCACCGUGCCCGCUGAGAGGCAGCGUGAGCCCCAGGCAGAAACCCUGCAGCCGUGCCAACACUCGUGGAGCCAAGAAAGAAAUAAUAAAGGAAGGAAGAAGGCAUGGAAGAGGAGUAGGAGGAGAGGAAGAUAUACGGAAGAUGAGGAGGAAUCAAGUGGAGAGAGGAUGAAGAGAUAAGAGGAUGCAAGAGCAGCAGAGGAGAAGAUAAGAGAGAGAGAGAGAGAGACAAAAGGAGAUUAGAAAAUAGAUAGAUCGAUAGAUAGAAAGAGAGAGAGAGAGAGAAGAGACGCAGAAAGUGUGAGGCAGAAAAAGAGGAAAAGAGAGAGCCGGGCAGACAGCCAGCGCUCCCAGGAGAGAGAGAGAGGUCAGAGCAGUGGACACGUCUCUGGAGAGGCUGUGUGUGUGUGUGUGUGUGUGUGUGUGUGUGUGUGUGUGUGUGUGUGUGUGUGUGUGUGUGUGUGUGUGUGUGUGUGUGUGUGUGUGUGAAAGACAGCAGCAGAGAUAAAGGGAGGAGGAGGAGAAUACAGAGGAGGAGCAGUGGAGCGCAGAGACAGAGAGGAGGACUUGUAUAAGAAACAGACUGAACGCUUGAAAUGCAACCUUGGAAAUCCAUAUCUGUGUAUUUGAGUCUGUAUGUGCUCGCUGCUUUCAUCAUAUACACCGCUCUGAAUACUUACGGAAGAUAAUGGCAUUUAUUUUCACUACUUAUUGUUUUCUGCCUCCACCUUCGGACCUGUUUUUCCCACUUAAGAUCCAGGUCUUUCAAAUAUGUCUCAAGUACCCUGUUCGGAGACAACACAAAAAUCUCCGACUAUACCUCUCGCUUCCUAUUAUACUCAGUUUUACCUUUUAUUAUGACAGUGUGGGACACCUAUAGAAGAGCUCUUCACCAUUUAGAAAACCACCGGCAUCCUUGAAAACCUUCAUAUCAGCUAUAUUCAACGUCUGACUGAAAUGCUUUUGUUUGGCUGCUUUUCUACUGUUAUAACAUUAGACACCGCUUUGGGGUGUUACUUUUCACACAGUCAUUAAAAACAACCUGAAAGUUACACCUUUAUGGAAGAAGUCUGAGGCUAAAGUUUUGCUACAAUACCAGCUGUUAUAAUGUCGCUAACAGGUCGUAGUUUCAAGUCUUUAUUGGUGAUGAGCUCAAACACGGGUUUCAGUCUUGGUGUCUGUUUUGCAACCAGUUAAAAAACUCCUCAUAGGAGCUUUACAUAAAAGUCAAGUUUUAACCGGAGAGUGUUUAUUUUACUGUUUACAUUCUUGAUAACACAGAGGGCAUUGUGGGUUGUGCGAGGACAUCUGUGUUUUUCUGUGUUCAUUCUCAAUCUGUUUGUGCAAGGGCAUUGCAGGUCAAAGAGUGCGCUACAAAGUGUGUGUGUGUGUUUGGUGUGUGUGUGUGUCAAUAACAGUAUCUAGAGGCCGCAGGAUUACAUGACCUUGCAUGCCGCAUGUGCCGUCUUCCAACUCACUCAAACACAAAGCCCCCGUGAAAUCCUCCGACUCCUUAGGGUUUCCAUGAGGCGCUCACAUCGGUCAUGGAGAGCAGGGAGAGGAGGAGGAGGAGGAAUAAGAGGAAGAGGAAGAGGAGGGGGAGGAAGAAGAAGGAGGUCAGGAGGAAUGAAAAUUUUGAUCUUAGUAAAAAAAAAAAGAAAAGAAAGAGGGAUGAAAUCUGUAAAGCAAGACUGUGUCUCCCCCCUCAACCUUUUCAUGCUGAUGACUUCUGAGGAGGUCUUUGCUGGUGGCUAGUUUGAGAGACAUACGACUUCAGAGAGAGCACGCUUGUGUUAAAUCUAAAUUUGUUAAUGUCAGCUACGUAGACAAAGUUAUUUAAGCUAUAUAAAGAGGAAAUACGAACAGUGUACAAGAUAAAUGUUACAAAAUCAAAUGUAAAACCACAGUUUUGAAGAGUAGGAUUAGGAAGUUGUAGGAGUGUCAGCUUGGGUAAUUAUUGAACUCCGAAGUGGAGUUGGGUUACUAAAUAAGCAACACUGACAUUAUUUAGCGAUAGGUCAGGCAUGUUCAAUAACUAAGGGAUAAUAUAUAGUCAGUGAUAAUGCAAAAUAGAACCCUGACAAGAUGAGACGAGACAUCAAUGCAAAGUGGAACCAAAGCAUAAUAAAUUCAGGCUAAUUUAUGAUCUGAAAAGUUUUUAUUUAUAUAACCGAAAGCUAUAGUCCCUCAGAUUUAACAUCUGAUAACAUUUCCAUGGUAACGGUAGUCAUUCCUAUUAGCCAGCUCACUGGUUGUAUUACCAUUAAAUUUAAACAUUACUGUCAUGGUCAAAUCAGCACAGAAACUCGUUUUUCUGUAUACUUAACAGAAGCAGAAAAUAUAGCAGUAGCUAUUAUUAAGUCUCUUUCCUUGUAAUAUCUCACAUUAGUUUGCAUUUUUCUUUCCCCCUAGACCAGUUGAGACUGUGACAAAGCCCUGCCAUGAUGUGAUUUGUAGUUGCUCUGUGUCUGUUUUCUUCAAUUUGUAUGACGUCUCUGGCUCAGCUCUGACUUUUCCAUGCUGUUUUAUUUCUUUUCUCUGCUGAUGGCUGAUAUUUGUUAUAUGUGAAUCCGGUUGUUCUUAGCAUAACCUCUGUUAUUCAUAAGCAACAACCAUUAUCACAAGUUGAACAACCAGAAUCAAGUAUUUCACACAGCCGAUAAUACAGUAUAAAGAUUGGACACUUCCUCCUUUUUACAACCCAGAAUUGUUUUUAGUCUCACUUUUUUUUUAUGACAAAAAGAGCUGUUUGAUUACUUGUAAUGCGCUAAAUGAAAAACAUCUGCAAAAUGUAGUUAAAUUACAAGUUGACUUGACUCCCUAACCAAAGCUGUAUGAGUCAGAAACACACUCACAGAGGUGAGAGAAAGUAUAGACAGGGCAGGAGGCACAGAUGAGUUUAAGGAGAUAGUUUGGUAAAGCUUGGGGCCCUGAGGGCUGCAGACAUUAUUUCAGCUGCUGUGUGUGCGUGCGUGUGCUUGUGCUUGUGUGUGUGCAUUCAUGUGUGUGUUGAAAGGACAGGUGGGCAUGCUCCUGUUAUCCCGGCCUACAUCUCUGUUUCUCUAAAUCAUUCACCCUCCCUCUGUCUCUCAAUCAAUCUUGUCUUUGAAUCGUCUUAGUUUGCUCAGAAGAGUGUGUGUGUGUGUGUAUGUGUGUGAGUGUGUGUCAAUAAGUAUGUUGACAUGGUUACGUGUAUGUGUGUGUGUUUGUGUCUCAUCAGCACAUACUUGUACUGUGCAUGUGUGUGUAUGUUUUUGCAUUUGUUAGAGUGAGUUCGAGUCUUUAUAUUUGUCAGAGUUUGUGUGUCUGAGAGUGUGUUUGAGCUUAUGUGUGGGCUCAUGUCGCUAUCCCUUGCUGUGUGUGUGUGUGUGUGUGUAGGUGUGUGUGUGCGUGUGCGUGUGUGUGUCUGCCACAAGCCCCAGUGAGAUCCAGCGAGCAUGACGGAGAAUGACAGGUUGAUUUAUGGCGAGGCUAUAAGUAGAAUGACUACCGCUGGAGUGUGUGUGUGUGUGUGUGUGUGUGUGUGUGUGUGUGUGUGUGUGUGUGUGUGUGUGUGUGUGUGUGUGAGAAAAACAGCAGAGCAGGAUGGAAAAGAGGAGAGGAAAGAUUGGGGAGAGAAAGAGGGAGCUAUGAUGUAGAGGAGAGAAGAGAGGAAGCAGAGAAAAGAAAAGGUGAAGGACAGUUAGAAAGGAAACACAGGACAAAGGAGGAGGUAAGGAGAGAAGGAAAGGGGGCCAGAAAGGGGGCCUGAUUGGGAUUGUGGGAGUGGGAUUAAGUUGCCUAUUUGCAUAAGAAGAAUGACAGAGUGAAAGACAGAAAAUAUGACCACGCUAAGCUGCAGCCUGGAGGAGAAGAUGGAUGGAUGAGAAAGAGAUACAGAGGAGGAAAAGUUGAGUUCUCAGUGAGUCACUUUAAUGACAAACAGCGAUGGGCUCUCCUCAUGUUGUGCUGCGUUCAGUGAGUCUCGAAAGGAAAGUAACAUUAUCUCCUCAAUUACAUUUACAUUUUUAGACAUUUAGCCGACGUUGUUAUGCAAAACGCAGAUGAACACAGAGUGCAAAUGAGCUUCAAUUCCCAGAGCAGUCAGAACACGGGGCGAACAAUUUCCAGAAGAACAUUCAAGAGCUCUGAUGAGCGCCGUGAAGCUGAGAGGAGCUAAAAGAUGCUGUUUGGUUUGUGUAAGGCUCUUUUUUAGUGAGACAUGGAAGUAUAUUUUUGUCAACAUACUCUCAGGGUCAUAAGUUAUUAGGUUAUCAUUUAUUCUCAAUCUUGUGCUUUAUGGGUGACGCACAGUACAUUUCUAAUAUAUCCAUGGCAACCUGGAUGCUUCUCAGUCUCACCAAACUGAAUAUUUCUGUUGAGGUAAACAGCAACCCUGCAGAAACAUCAGUGUUGACAUUUGAGGAUUUGAACAACUAGAACUAGGUCUCUGACAUAGAUUGGUUAUAAAAAUAAGAGACAGAAAUAGGAAAUUUUGAUGAACUCUGAUCCCCAGCUGUGCAAACCUAUAAUGUUGGUCAUAAAUGCGCCCGUUGCAGUUUUUACUAAAUUAAUGAAUCCUUUAAUAGGAAAUCUGUGUUUAUUUUUGGCCUCCUAUUUUUGGAGGAAUUACCUGCAAAUGAAUCCAAAAACACACAUUUUUAAGGGCUUUUAGUAUCUUUUGUGGCUUUGUUUGAAGGGUGAGGAAUCAGAAUCAGAUCUCGGUUUAUCACAAAGCAAGUUCACAUAUACAUGGACUUUAAGUUCUAGACAGCAGAACUCCGACAGUCGAGUAACCUCACUGCCUCGACUUGCCAAGUACAAGCCCAUCACAGACAUCUAAUUUAGAAAAGACAAUAUACAGCAAGGCAGCAUGAUGUUUUUGGACCUUGAUCUUGAUCUAAAGAUGGCACUUAAGCUUAGGUUAGGACAUUUCUGCCCCAAAUUAAGCUGCCUCUUUUUGCCCCGGCGGCUUUGUAUGUGCCCAUCAACCCAGGUUUUAUGCCGGCAGUGCCUGUUUCCUCUACCAAACCAGCACUUUACUCUCAGAGUCCAAACUUGGAGCAUCACCUCACACGGCAUUGUCACUUUUCCAUCAACUGACCAAUUAAAAUCAAGAUAGGGUGGGAUUUCCUGUACCCUUUUUGAUCCUCUUUACACCUUUCUUCAUCGUCAGACCUGGGUGAUAGUGACAGACCUUAACUGCAGGUAUCAAUGCUUGCUGAGAUCAGAUCAGUCAGUCCAGAUAUGGAAGAGACAGGAUGGAAUCAAUUGGAUCUCUGUCUCUCAAUACAUAAAUGGCGUGAUCUGUCCUGUCCUUCAGUCCACACCUGCUGUGAAUAACAGGAGUAGAACUGAACAAGAGUUUGUUAUGAGACACGACAUGAAUCUGUUUGUCAAUGAUGCUGAUCUGUUUGUCACUAAUCAGAGCUUUAAUCUGCAGUGAAGUCAUUUUAAACCUAAACUGAACCACAGUACCAGAGCACCAGAGGCGCCUGUGAACACUCAUAUUCAAGGCUGGUUAACAGCAUAACGCUGAUGCAAGUAUGAUCAGAGUGGGACUUUAAAGCUUAAACUGGGUAAUUUGUGGUUUGUCAAAUUCAUUGUUGUAAAUAUUUGAGGUUGAAGAUGUAAAAAUGGCUGUUUCUGCAGCUGCUUGGCUGAUACCUACCCCCUCACACUGAUCCCCAGCAUUAAAAAAUACAAUAAUAGAUCAUUAAUCUUGUCCCUGGUGGUCUCUUUUGCUUUUAGAAAUCAUUAAAAGACAUUAGUGUGAAUUUCAGUUGAUUUCAUAAAGGUCAAAAAAGACUCCUCACAGGAGCUUUAAAAGUGGAUAUCUGUGAUUUGUUGGGUUUAUUUGCCACAAUGUUUUUUCGAAAAUGUCAGAGAUAAUAGAGUCGACUUUGCUCUAAAUCACAGCUUAAUUUGAGACAGCAGACGUUCAGUAUGUUUAAUGAGUAAAUUCAAUCUGAAGUCUUCACAUGAGCUGUAAGUGUUGUCAUGAGAUUUUGUUUCUUUGUUUGUUUCUGUCUCACGCACAAUCGCAUCCAUGACUACCUGAGAGCUUUCAGCCACUGGUCAGUACUUCUGUGCGUGUUUCAUAACAUCACUGUAAGCAGCGAUUUGCACUUUAUGCUUGACUGUUUUGCAUAGGAAACAUUUCUCCUCUCAGCCUUCAGGAAAAAUAAGAGGAAAGAAGUGAGUGAGCGUUGAAGAAAUCAAGAAGAGUCAGACAAGUGUUUUCAAGAGAGACAGAGGGAGAGGGAGAGAGCGAUGAAGGGGGAGGUAGGAGUGUAAGAAAUAUGAGCGAGCGAGGUCGAUAGAGAUAGAGGGGAGAAAGAGAGCGAGGCUUUGAUCUCUCUCCUGGUGGGAGCUGGUCUUGGCAUGCUGCCAGAAAACCCCACGGCACACACACAUACAGUGAGCAGAUGCACACACAUAUUUAGGUCUAGCUGGUCUGCUUCAGGGCUUUGUUGAUUAUUUCUGCUGGGAGGAUCAAAGACGUCAAACCCCUUCUCAUCCAUCCAUCCAUCCAUCCACCUACCCAUCCUUCUUUCACCUGUCUGUCUGCUCAGCGGUCCAUCAGUUCAUCCAUCAGAUUGAUAGAUAGAUGGAAAGAUAGACUUUGCAUCUUCUUGUUAUUGCUCAGUAUGUAUUUUAUCCGUACUACAUACAAACAUGGCAUUUUUUUGCAUCUUUGGGUAGUAAGUUGGAAAUUUAUAUUAGCAUUACUGUGAUUUGUGGAAGUGAUGUGAGUUAGCUGCUUUUCCUUGAACUCAGCUGAUUCUCUGUUAAUCUCUAUCAGGAUGGCUGAGUGGUCUAAGGCACCAGACCUAAGGACAGAUUCCUUCCUGAGGUAGAGGGACUUCUGAUUUCCAGAUGGAGGCGUGGGUUCAAAUCCCACUCCUGACACUUUGUUUUCAUUCCCAAUACCUGCUUUGCCCCACCUUGACACCUCAGUGUGUUUUGCUUGGUUAUCAGCAAGUGUCUAUAAAUGUUUCUUUAUCAGAUUCUGUUUAAAUAAGCUUGUCUAGAUAAGGUUAGUUGACUGAACUUUAAAACGCUCAUCAAAUAUGAGUUAGUUCUCUGUAAAGCCAGAGUGAGUACCACAGUAGACCUGUCAGGAUGGCCGAGCGGUCUAAGGCGCCAGACUCAAGGACUGAUUCCUUCCUCAGUUAAAGGGACUUCUGGUCUCCAGAUGGAGGCGUGGGUUCAAAUCCCACUCCUGACAUGUUGUUUCCAUUCCCAAUACCUACUUUGCCCCACCUUGACACCUCAGUGUGUUUUGCUUGGUUAUCAGCAAGUGUCUAUAAAUGUUUCUUUAUCAGAUCCUGUUUAAAUAAGCUUGUCUAGAUAAGGUCUGUUGACUGAACUUUGAAACGCCCAUCAAAUGUGAUUUACUUCUCUGUAAAGCCAGAGUGAUUACACCAGUAGUCCUGUCAGGAUGGCCGAGUGGUCUAAGGCGCCACACUCAAGGACUGAUUCCUUCCUCAGUUAAAGGGACUUCUGGUCUCCAGAUGGAGGCGUGGUUUCAAAUCCCACUCCUGACACACUAUUAUUUGAGCCUAGCAUCAUCACAGUGACUCUUGGUGACUCUCAUGCCGAAAACGUACAAUGCAACUGUGCAAGUGCUGAAUUGCGUAAAUCGCUACUGCACAAUGUUUGUUUCAGGAUGUGGACAAUAAACACGUAAUUACCGAGAGUUUUUCAGCUUCAAAUUCAGUAUACUGGCAGAAGGCAGAACCAAGUCGUUCGUAGUAUAUUUAGGUUGUAUUCCUGUCAGGAUGGCCGAGUGGUCUAAGGCGCCAGACUCAAGGACUGACUCCUUCCUGAGGUAAAGGGACUUCUGGUCUCCAGUUGGAGGCGUGGGUUCAAAUCCCACUCCUGACACAUUGUUUCCAUUCCCAAUACCUACUUUGCCCCACCUUGACACCUCAGUGUGUUUUGCUUGGUUAUCAGCAAGUGUCUAUAAAUGUUUCUUUAUCAUAUUCUGUUUAAAUAAGCUUGUCUAGAUAAGGUUAGUUAACUGAACUUUGAAACGCUCAUCAAAUGUGAUUUAGUUCUCUGUAAAGCCAGAGUGAUUACCACAGUAGACCUGUCAGGAUGGCCGAGUGGUCUAAGGCGCCAGACUCAAGGACUGAUUCCUUCCUCAGUUAAAGGGACUUCUGGUCUCCAGAUGGAGGCGUGGGUUCAAAUCCCACUCCUGACACACUAUUAUUUGAGCCUAGCAUCAUCACAGUGACUCUUGGUGACUCUCAUGCUGAAAACGUACAAUGCAACUGUGCAAGUGCUGAAUUGCGUAAAUCGCUACUGCACAAUGUUGGUUUCAGGAUGUGGACAAUAAACACGUGAUUACCAUGAGUUUUUUGCCUUCAAAUUCAGUAUACUGGCAGUAGGCAGAACUAAGUCUUUCAAAGUACACAAAGAAUGUGUUCCUGUCAGGAUGGCCGAGCGGUCUAAUGCGCCAGACUCAAGGACUUAGUUCUUCCUGUGUUAAAGGGACUUCUGGUCUCCAGAUGGAGGCGUGGGUUCAAAUCCCACUCCUGACACACUAUUGUUUGAGCCUAGCAUCAUCAAAGUGACUCUUAUGCUGAAAACGUACAAUGCAACUGUGCAAGUGGUGAAUUGCGUAAAUCGCUACUGCGCAAUGUUGGUUUCAGGAUGUGGACAAUAAACACGUGAUUACCAUGAGUUUUUUGCCUUCAAAUUCAGUAUACUGGCAGUAGGCAGAACUAAGUCUUUCAAAGUACACAAAGAAUUUGUUCCUGUCAGGAUGGCCGAGCGGUCUAAGGCGCCAGACUCAAGGACUCACUCCUUCCUGAGUUAAAGGGACUUCUGGUCUCCAGAUGGAGGCGUGGGUUCAAAUCCCACUCCUGACACACACUGUUUUACCUCCGGCUGUCAAGUUAUUCCAUUCCAAGUACCUGCUUUACCCCAUCGUCACACCUCAGUGUGUUGUACUUGGUUUUUAGCAUCUGUCUAUAAAUGGGUUUUUUUCAGAUACUCUUUGAAUAAGCUUGUUUAGAUAAGGUCUGUUGACUGAACUUUAAAACACUCAUUAUAUAUGAGUUAUUUUGUAAAGCCUAGACUAAUACUUCCCUAGCCCUCUCAAGAUGGCCUAGCGGUCUACGCACCAAAUUUAAGGACUGAUUCCUUCCUGAGCUUAAGGGUCUUUUCUUCAGAUGGAGGCAUGGGUUCAAAACCAAUUCCUGACACAGAUUUAACCUUGAGGUUUCAGAUACCCUUUCUUUUUUUGUGGAUUCUGUGGACGGAUUAGACUUGAUUUUGAGAAUUAUAAAAACAUGUUGUCAAGUUACAAAUAAGGAUAAAUGGGAGGGGAGUUUAUAGAGACAGUAGCUAUAAUGAGGCAUUUCAGAAAGAUGCUGUGAGAAACAGUUGGCUUUAUUUUUGAUCCAAAAAAAUAUGUAAGGUUAUUCAAACAGUAUCAGGAUGGAAGUAAACACACUGACUUUUAAUCAACUCAGAAUGUAGCCCGGCUAGCUCAGUCGGUAGAGCAUGAGACUCUUAAUCUCAGGGUCGUGGGUUCGAGCCCCACGUUGGGCGCAGUGGUUUUGAAAGAUAUAUGAGGUAACCAGCUACAGAACUGUCACUUAUACUAACCCUGUUGGAUGAUGAGUCAAUUACUUCAGUGUUCACAAAUGAGGACAGAAUCCCCUGCUAGUUUGCUAGUGUUAAUGUUACACCAGUUGAUACCAGAGUUGAUACCAAUCCUCCAAGUUACUAUCAAGCAGGAUCGAACAAAACAAACCAAUCAAAAAAAAAGAGCAACUUCUAUCACUUAUGAUAUCAGUAACUUUACAUUCACAUGGUUUUCUUUUUAUGAGAUGAGGAUAAACAAAAGGAUCUUUUUCAGUAAAUGUAUGUCAGGCUUUUUUUAAAAAAUUUUUUUAGGUUUUGGUCUUUUUUAUUCACUGUGUCGACUGAGUAAUCCUGUUUAUCCUGCGUGUGUGUGUGUUUGUGUGUGUGAAUAGUGGAGAGUUUGUCUCUGAAUGGGGCACAGAGUGACGUCAACAGCUGCCAUCAGCAAGGUCAGGGCCUCCAGUGUUGUAUGUGUGUGUUUGUACCAGCGACAGUUUGGAGACAGCAACAUCUUCAGCUGUUCAGCUGUAAAAGAGACGUUAUCACUCACUUUGAAUUUUAUGUCUCCUCUCAUUUUGAUAAAAACUCCCUGAAUCUUUUUCGUUUGUUUUUCUUUUUCUUAAAAUUAUUAGUGGUCCUGAAAGUUCCAGCUUCCUUUUUUUCCCUCCUGUGUCUGCAGUAAUCACAGCGGUCAGCAACGCGCUGAAUCAGCUGCUUAUGAAUUCUCUCUCUCUCUGUUUGAGCAGUGGUGCCUGGAGGUCUAACCUCCAGUUGAACUCCUGUAGCUUUGUGUGUUGAUGUGUGUGUGUGUGUCAGGGCUGUGAACCCUCACCUUUGACCCUCAGUGCAUACCUGUCUGAAUUUACAGCUCAACUCCCACCUUAUCCCUCUCUCACUCGCCGUCUCUUUUUCUGUUCUUUUUUUCUUAUUUUCUUUUUUGCCCCUCUCUCUCUCUCUCUCUCUCUCUCUCUGAGGCCUCAGUGCCUAAGGCCGGAUGUAAGGGUCAUUAAAGGAGCUCCUUGUGUGUAUAUGUGUGUGUGUGUGUGUGUGUGUGUGUGUGUGUGUGUGUGUGUGUGUGUGUGUGUGUGUGUGUGUGUGUGUGUGUCUGUGUGUGUGUGCAUUUCAUACUGAAAAGAAGGGCACUAACCAUUCCCCCUGACUAAAAGCUAAAAAGGAAAUACCAAAUUACUGAGGGCCUCUCUCUCUUUCUCAUUUUUUCAUGAAGUUUCAUGUGAUCUUUUUGGCAGUUUUGUUAAAAAAAAGACAAAACUUUUCACUCCAUGAAUUGAUAAUGUUAAGAUUUAUAUUAAAAUUUUGGUGCUAUGUAUUCUGUCUGUUCUGUUAUAUAUUUUUCAGUUUGAGUGCACAAAGUGUCAGUCGUCUUCAAUACGAAUACAUAUAUGCAGUUUUAUCAUAGCAGCUUGGCACAUUAAUCUCUUAUUUUUAACAUAAAAGUUGUAUUACCCAAAACUUCAGACAUUAAAUCCCAUUUUUUGCAUGAAUACCUGUUGAAAUAUGUAUAAAAAUGGGUGCAAGUCAAAUGCAAAAUCAAAUAGAAAUAUACUGAGAGCAAAAAAAAAAACAGCUAAUCUUUGUAUGAUCGUGUCAGGAGAUCAUCCCCCAAAUCUUUUCACAGAAUAAAAUAUUCAGUCAGACAAAGGGAAUGGUCAACAGGAGAAAAGAUAAAAGUCUUAAGAGGCAGGACAUGACACCAAAGUAAGAUGUUAACAAUGUGCUGACACAAAGAUCUACUUGCACAUGGCAGUUUUUGCAUCUGUGUCAGUGUUUCAUGCAAACAGGCAGAUAUGUGGUUAUCUUCCCUGUUCUAGAGAAUUUGUCUCCUUUUUCAGUGUUGCAUGCUGCUUUUCCGGGUUCACGCUGGUUGCAUAAUAUGAAUGUCAUCACCAAAGCCUACUCAGGUUGCAAACCCACUCACUAGAGGUGAAAUUUCUCAGGUAUUACCCACAGAAUUCUUUUUUUAAGCUCUGUUUUGUAUUUUUAUUUUUUAACUUUUAUUAAAUAGGACAACUGAAGAGAGACAGAGAAACUGGGUAGUAGAGAGCUGGAGGAGACAUGCAGCAAAAGGUUGUGGUCAGAAGUCGACCCAGAAAUUAAAACUGGGUCAUGACAGAAUAAAGAGCUAAAUGUAGUUUUUUUAUAAGUGGUAUUGUGGAGUUGUGGAUGUGUUUUUAAGUUCUUUAGAGCUUGACUGCUGUGAAACAAAUAUGAAAUCUGUGUCUUUCUGUCACCUGUUACAUCCCCAAUAAGGGUAAACCUGGAUAUGUCCCAUUGUGUGGCCCCCACUCCUCCCACUCCCAAGAAAACCAGCAUUAUAGGUCAACAUUUGUGUAAAACGGCAGAUUUAAUGAUGUUCAGGGAUGAGCAAAUGCUAAAGCAUCAAAGGUUAUCUAAAUACACCCUCAACGCACAGAUCAGAAAACAAAUACUACUUAAACUAAUGAUGAAAACCUUACCUGAGCUCCUGACCUUUAAAACAGAAGACAAAUAGGACAAAACUCAUCAACAUCACCCAUUCUUACUCGCACAGUUUUCCCAACUGUGUUCUCACAUCUGCCUGACUUGGCGGGAAAAUUCUUGGCAAAGUUGGGAUGAAAAAUGUUGUUACUUUUACCUUAUAUGAUGCCUGUGCUGACAAAAAAUGGAAGAAAUGUAUAAAUAAGAAUAAAGAAAGAGUGAGAUUUAUGUUGGGCAAGGACCAGAACAAAUACUCAUAUCUCAGGGUUGAUGUUUUUCUCCAUUUUCAUGAGAUAAUAUGCUAAAAAGAACUGGUGUUGUACUUCUUUUCUCUUUAUGAAAUACAGCAACAUCGGUUUAAACCUAAAGAAACUGUGCAGGUCAUGUUUACAGUCACAUCUUGUCAAUUUUGAGUCAGAAAGAUGAACAGUAAAUAUUGUUAAAUUUAAAUUAUAAUGAUGGAAAAAUAAAUGGAUGGAGGGAAAGAAAAAGAAAGACUGAACAGCAGCCGAGAAAGAAGCCAGAGAGAGUCAGCAAGCAGGCUGAGAAGAAAAUGUGUGUGUGUGUGUGUGUGUGUGUGUGUGUGUGUGUGUGUGUGUGUGUGUGUGUGUGUGUGUGUGUGUGUGUGUGUGUGUGUGUGUGCUGGAGGUGUGCCAGGCAGCCUGCCAGCCAGCAAGGCUGAGCUGGAGGGCCCCUGCUGGGGGUGGAGGGUUCAGGCGAGCCCCCUGCCUCCACUGGCCUACUGGAGCAUGCUGGGUAAGAGUCAGGAAGGAGGGAGGGGGGAUAGGGGGAAGAGGGAGGGGGGAGAGGAGAUAGAGACAGAAAAUGAGAGUUUGAGAGAGAAAAAAAAGGAAAGGGAGAAGCAACAGAGGAAAAGAGGUGGAGGAGGCCUGACAGACAGAUAGCCAUGGGGUGAAGAAAAGGAGGAGGAGGAGGAGGUGAUGUAGAGUUAGAGGAGGUAAGCCCAGAGCAGGAAUGUGAGAGGAAUUCAGGGAAUGGGAGAGUUUUCUCCUGGCUGGAGAGGGAAAAAAGAGAGGUGGGAGAGAAGGAGUUAGGAGGGUGGGGGAUCCUGGAGACAUGAGGCUCUGCAAACACUCCUCUAUUUCAUCCUACUCCUUAGUCAUUCCUUUACUUUUACUCAAGUGCUGCAGACAUUCAACACAUUCAGGGGUAUAAUGUGACCUUAGCUUUAAGCAGUAUGAUAACCAUGAGCAAAUAUUAACAUAUCAUAUCAAUAUCACCAUUUAUGCGUUGUUCUUCCACAAAAAUAUUAACCUGGAGGGAAGAUUUGAAAAUAUUGAUCUUCUGACUAGUCUUUUAUUGCAGAUAUGAACAUCAUUUACAUAAUGGAUAGCGCAGUUUAAGACACACAGCUCCUCCAUUUCAACUUGAAAAAAAAAAGUUCAAUAUAGAUCUGUUUUCCAAAGGUGUGGGGUUAGACAUGUACAAAGUUGUUUCAUCUGCAUAUAAUCAGAUUAUUGGUGAAGUACAGUUGGUUAUGGUAAACCUAUGAUCUUGUUUGUGUGUCAGCAGCCAACUACACCCUGGUGCUUCACACAGCAACGUGUUGGCUGAGUGUCAGCUCUUAAAUGACUUGAUUUUUAUUCUGCGUACAUGGUAACAGGUCAGACUAUUCGUUCAGCAGGCAUGUGCUGUGACUUUCAAACACCAAAAAUCUAGUAUAACGAAGAUUACUUUUCCGGCAAGCUGUGGAUUUUGGAUGAAUUGCAGAAAAAUCAUAAGCUGAGGGCUGUUUUGAUUUUGUAUCAGCUACAUUUAUAUUAAAAUCAGGACAUAUAGCAUGAGGCAGUGGAAUUCUCUUGAAAGAAAAAUCUAAUUCUGUGCUUUUAUUUUGAAAAUAUGUCCAAGAUCAUUAUUUGGGAAAUGAAGUGGCUUGCAGCACCAAGCUUACACUUAUUCUUAAAAAAGAAGCAAAUAAAUUGUCUGCAGCCUCUGACUGCUCAGCUGGUAUGUGUGUUGAGUAUCCAUUUUUGGCUUGCAAAAAUACAUGCAGAGUUUAGGCAGAGGCCCUGUGUCUAACCAUUAGUUUACAAAACUGUGUCAUCUGCAUAAAGUUGGGUGUUAAAGAAUGAAAUGAGUACAGCACAAAGACUGUUAUAUACAGAGUAGUUACAAUCAGUACAUUAACAUAAACAGCUAUAUCAAGUGAUAGGCUAAGUGACUGGCUAAGCAACAAUUGCAGCAUUGUCAGUAAGGCAGCUUGAUUUUAAACAUACACUAAAUGUUGUGUAAAAUGUUGAAUGAUACAAGAGAAAGAUAUUUGCCAAUAUGCAUAAGGCUUGUAAUUAUUUUUUAAGGUUUUUACAACCUUUCAAUGUUGUGUCCUCAUCUUUUUGCUCUUCUUUAUACCUGUGUUAUCCAUUUUCUUUCCCUCGUUUUUCUCUAUUCAUGUAUUGGCAUGACUGUGGACCAAUAUAGCCAAAGCUUCUGAUCACAGCAGGGUGUCUCUGUUUCCUCCUCUACCUUGCUCUCUGGGGAAGCAGUGAGACAUCCUCAUAUUUGUCCGUUUUCAUCUGUGUAUGUAGCCACUUGUGUGCUACAUUUUUUUUUUAUGUAUAUGCAGUGCAAUUGCAGGAUGUGUAAAACAAAAGCCCUGUGUCCCUUCAGCAACACAUUUUCACCGUAUCUCUGACAAGGAUUUCUAUAGGAGGAAAAAUGACAAGGAUGUAGGGAGGAAUUGGAGUACAGAUAGAGAGGAAAUAAAGAGGGAAAAAGAGGAGGAGUGGGGGAAGAUGGAGCUGACAUGAGAAGAAAGAGAAUUAAAGCAGGAGGAGAAAGGGAAGUAGGGAUGGUAAUAAGAGAUGAUAAGAAAGGGGGGGUUGCUGGGAGGUGAGACGAGGUGUCAAGUGUCACAUUUACACAUGUAUGGGGGGUUAGGAGAGGGGGGGAUGCAAGGGAAGGGAGGUCACGGAGGUAGAGUGGCGCUGUAUGUGGUGACAGGACGGUGUUACCACAGAAAUCAAUAGGCCUGUCUGCACGGUGGCCGUGAGUGAGUGUGUGUGUGUGUGUGUGUGUGUGUGUGUGUGUGUGUGUGUGUGUGUGUGUGUGUGUGUGUGUGUGUGUGUGUGUGUGUGUGUGUGUGGUCAGUGAGUCAGAGCUUUAAUUGAAGUCUUGUGUUGGCGUCACAGCAACACAGACCACGGGAUGUUCAGUUGUUGUAUUAACAUUAACUUUAACCCCCUUACACACAGCUCCCUGUUUGCUGUGUCCUUCAUGAUUUCCUCCUCUCAGUCUUUAUCCAUUUCUCUUCAGUUCAGGGUUUCUAGGGGAGGGAGUGCUGCAGAAGUAAAAUAAGAAACCAAUCUAACAAUUCAAUAUUCUCAAAAAUACUGUAUUCAGCAAUGGCUCUCUGUGAAUUUUGUUCUCAAGUUGACCUGCAUCUCCUGUGAGGAAGACACUCAUGGAACCAUACUUGAACUAAUAAACUCGCCAUAACUAUCCAUCAAGUAAAGAUAAAUCUUAUGCCAGCGAUAUCUGUAACAGGAUUUUUAAUGAUCUAACAUUUUUAUCUCAAGGUAGCAGACUUAAUUUUUUCUGACUAACAACAGAAUUUUGAUAGCGGUGAAGGGCAGUAUUUGAAAGGGUGGAGACAUUCAAAGUCCUCUGACUAGAUUGGUUCCUUCACUCUCAUUUUAACACACAAGUUGCCUCAUCUGAAUACGUCUGAGCGUUUACUAAAUUAUCUUUUGAUUCAGCCCAAAGAACAAAAAAGAAAAAAACUUUUCCCACAAUACCACACCAUCUGAGGGAGUGUGAGGAUUAGGCAAAUUAGACUAAUGAUGGAUUGGUGAGUGACAGCUUUGUUCAGGACACAAUGUGACCGUCUUUGAAACUUACUGUGAGUCAACAUGCUUGUCUUCAAAUUAGCUGGUGUCUGCUGUCUUUUUAUUGUUCUGGUUAAUAUCCUGCCCAAGUACAAUACGGCUUUGAAGCGAAAAGGCUUCAUUUUCUCUCUUGCUCGCACUCUUUCAACCUUCCUCCUUUUCAGCCUAGUCUGUCAAUAAGCUGAAUUUUAUUUGUUGAAAUGACUUUUCAAAGAACUCCCAUCCCCUGUCUUAAUUUGUUUUAACCUACAACAAGCAGCACUUGAUCAACAAAUUUACAGAUGGGGACAGUGGAGGGUGUCACGCUGUACAAAAUCAUAUUAAAUCAUAUCCUAUCGCAAAGUAUAGCAUUUUAUCACAUCUUAUCACGUAUAGAUUAUAUCGUGUCCUAUUGUAUUGAACAGCAUUGCAUUAUAUUGUAUUAAACUGUAUCAUAUCACAUCAUGGCUUAUAACACUAUAUAUCACACUGUAUAUAACAUAACUGUGUCUCAUAAUGUUGUUUUGAUCCUCAUCGGAUCAUCAUAUAUCAUAUUGCAUACUACUGUUUCAAAUCAUGUAGCAUCGUAUUGUAUCAUAUCCUUCUAUAUUGUAUCGCAUUGUGUUGCAUCGUAUCAAAUCGUAUCGUAUUGCAUAACAUCGCAUCCAAUCUCAUUGUAUCACAUCAUGUCUUAUGACAUUUGAUUAUAUUGUAUCACAUAGUAUUGCCUUCCAUCACAUGUUAUCACAUCAUAUUAUGUGUAUCAAAUUGUAACAUAUAUUACUGCAUCAUGUUGUAUCCCAUUGUAUCCUUUCCUAUUAUAUCAUAUAGUUUCACAUUGCAACAUAUUGUAUCAUAUUGUGUUAUAUUGCAUCGUAUCCAUUAUACAGCGACAUAAAGCAUUGUAUUAUAUCAUUUUAAAUGGUAUCAUAUUUUAUUGCAUUAUCUUAUUCUAUCCAAUAAAAGGUAUUGUAUUGUAUUGUAUCAUAUCCUAUCACAUCACAGCACAUUGUUUCAUAUUGUGUCAUAUGGCAUUGUAUCAUAUUACAUCAAAUUGUACCGCGGUUCAUCGUAUCGCACUGCAUUGCACCCUAUUUUAUUAUAAAUACUGUUUGUAUUGUAGUUUUAUCGUAUGGCAACACAUGGUAGUGUAUGGUACCGAGGUAUAGAGUGGUAUGGUUUAUUAUAGAAUCCUAUGGAUUGGUCUCCUAUCGAACACAACACUGUAAAGUCAUAUUCUCAUACUUUUUGAGUGUUUUAGGAACUUUUUAAUGUACUGAAACAAAUGCUCAUGAACCAUAUGCUGCAACCUUUUGGUCAAGGUUUAUUUUUAAAAAGUUCUUUGCCUCUUUAAAAAAACUGGCUCAUUGUUACUUUGUUUUUUUUUCCAGUAGUUUUAUUCUACCUGCUCUGAUUAACCAAUAGCCUUCUGUCAGACUUCUUCUGGCUGUACACCUCUCAACCUGACAGCUUUAAACGUGCCCUUUGACAAAGAACAAUCCGUUUUUCUACACCUGCCCCCCUCUUUUUCCACCUCUUUUUUUGGAUCUGUAUUCAGUUGUUAGGACUCGCCUGUUCCAGCUGAGCUCCUCUCGCCUCCUCGCCUUUUCCGCGCUUGUCGAUCUUGCAUUUUCAGCAGUUAUGGAAUGAAAUAUUGAUAGAUUUUCUUCAGGGACACACUUCUGUAUUGAUGUAACCGUACAGCAAGGACAGAAAACAUGAAACAUGAAAUACACACAAGGACAGAACGAAGAAAGAAAGACGACUUUUCCGCGCUUGUACAGAUGCAGUCUGGAAAAGCUCUUGGUCACGUGUGUGUGUGAGUGAGUGUGUGAAUCUGUGGAUUUUUGAUGUUGAUCAAACUGGUCUAUUUGUCAGGAAAGCUCUGGAGAGAACACUUUCUGACAAAGAGAAACAGAGAAAAGGGAGAACAGAGGGAAAGUUUUGAUCUAACAUUUAUUCCUAACAAAUGCAGCGACGAAUCGGAAACAUAAAUUGGAAUAAGCCGGAAAAAGACGAAGAAAUCAGGCAAAGUGUCUCUUUUUCCUUUGAUAUCCUUCAAUAUUUCUCUUUAAUUUUUUCUACUUUUCAAUGUUCUUAAUUCUUCUCUCCCUCCCUCGUCACUCCUCUCGCCACCCAUCUCUCCGCCUGUCUUACUUUUCUCUUGUCACAUAUGCACACACACACACUUUCAGGCAUGCUGACACUUAAACUAAGUGCACUCACACACACCCUAUUCCCUUACUCCCUCCUUGUACCACCCACACAGAAAGGAGGACACAGACAGCCCACAAAAACUCUCACACACACUUUUACACACACACACACACACACACACACACACACACAGGAUCCCCCCCACACACAGAGUACUUUCAGCACUUUCUGCUUUACCAUACUCAGCAAGAUCAGAUGUCAACCCAACUGACACAACACACACAGAGGCCGUAUUUUUCUUUUCACCACGCUCUGUUUCCUCCUCCCUCUUAUAGAAUAUAUGCAUUUUUAAAAAGUCUCCUUCACACACAGCGAGUGAGAAGUGCUGCACUGAGGGUUAACCGCUACACACAAGAGUCAGGGGAGGGAAAAGAUGAGGGGGGACACAUUAUUUUAGGAGUCGGAUUGGGUAAAGUCAGGGAGAAAGAGAGGGUUUUAGGAGUAUAAAAAGAAAAAGACGGAUGUGAAAAUAGAGUUGAAGCAAAGAGUAUCUAUUAGAGCGUGCACGUGAAGGACAAAUGGCUUUGCAUUAAACGCACAAACGUACACACUGUUAUUUAGUAUGAAUAAAUGAUUUUCAUGCACUGACAAAGCCACCAUGAGCCAAGUAGCUCUCACACAAAUGCACUCCUUAAUGUGUGUUUACAUGCUUGCAGCAAACACCGUACACAACACACACACACACACGCACAUACAAUUGAAUUACAUGCACAUUUCAUGCAGGCAGCAUGCAAUGACACAGACAUGCAUGGAUGCAGAAACACACACUUCUCUUUGGCUGACUGAGAGAUGCUGUGACAUUACACAGACAUGCACAUUUGUCACAUGUUCUUAUAUAGUAUUCUGACAUGCACUGAAGAAAGGAAUGGUCCUGUGUAAUACCAUCAGCAUUUCAAUAUUAAAUCCAAUGUCAGGUUUACCGCUAUUUUUACCUAAAGGUCCUUACACACUGGGAGCGUUUUUUUUUUCGUGCAAUUAUUUCAGACGUCAAUAUUUUUUUUCGAACCCACAUCCUGUCAAUACAAGCGUUCACAUCAGCUACGUUUUCCCAUCCUGCAAUAUUGCAGCAUUUAUUUUUUCGGAUCAUGGUCAAUUUUUCUUAAGUUUCGCAUACUGUGUGUCCACUUCUGACCAAUCAGAUUGCGUGUUGUUGCGAUGUCAGAUUCACCGAAAUAUCCAACAUGGCCGACCAGCUGAUUGUUUGCGUGUCAGAGAACAGAGUGCUUUUUGAUAAAAGACACAAACAUUACAAAGAUAAAGAUCUGAAGGACAACUUGUGAAGAAUCAUAACGUUGGAUUUCUCAUAUGAUGAUAGUUUGUAGUUUCACGUCUUUGUUUUAACUUUCAUCUGUGCUAAGUAACUUUAGCUCGUAAGCUAACCUGUUCAGAUACAACAUACCAUAUGUAUUUUCACUGUCUCAAACUCAAUCACGUUGCUGUCACAGCACCAUUAGGUCUUGGUUGUUACCUUACGUUUAUGGAUUAUAGUUUAAUGUGCUUAUCUGGUACUGGCCCCGACUCAGUACAUGCUAUCAUGACAGACAGACAUCUCAACACUAGUGUCUAAUCAGAACUGAAAAACAGUCAGUCUGCUGUUUUGUCAGUCUUCUCGCUUCCACCCAGGACGCUUUUUUCCCACUGGAAAGUCGCAAAAUCGCUUUGGGUUUGAUGUGUAUAGUCAGGCCAGUCAAAAUUCGCCUCCGAGUAUUUCCUAAUUUUGCGUUCUAUAUUUGCGUCGGCCCUGGUGUGUAAGGACCUUUAACCUUACAUACAUUAAAAAAAAAAAAACAUCUAAAGCUUCUGUACGGGGCUUUUUUGGUAUUUAUGAAAUCGACUUAAAUUCAAACUGAUGCCUUUUUAUGAUAUUCAAAAGCAAACAAGACCACCACAGCCAAGACUUGUAACUUUUAUAUUGUUAAUUUUAAUGACUGAAACUGGUGUGAGGGGGUAGGUAUCAGCAGAGUAGCCAAAGAAACAGACCUGUUUACAAAAGUAUUCACAAUUAUUGAUUGAUUUGACUGACAGAAGUCAGCUGGAUGAGUUUUUUUGUCAGAAGACACUAUUCAAACAUUUGUAAGACAAGGUAAAGACUGCUUUGACCACAGGGGGCGCCAAAGUUGACACAAACUACACGUACCUCACAGGAGCUUUAUCACUGAUAUGGUAAAGAUCGACCUUCUGGUUCUGGUUUUAGCCCAUAAUAUUUGGCAUCGUUUUGCAGCACACAGACCAAAACUUUUGGUUCCCUCAGUCAAACAAAGAUGUUAAAGCUCAUGUGAGGAACUUUGGUUUGCAGGAUUUUUGGCGCCUCCUGUGGACUUUGCCUUGCACAUAUCUAAGUUGUAUUUUCUCAUCUAUCAAUCUUGUUUCUUGGCCUGUCAGACAUUUUUAGCUCUUCUGACCUUCAUCCACUUACUGUAAUAACAUACCAAGUUAUCCAUAACUUGUAAAUACAGUAUGUCUUCCUGUUUAACACUGUUUUGUACAUUUAUUAUUCCUCUUCCAUUCACUCAAAAGCUCUCAUGUUUUGCCCUAGCAGCAGCAGCUUAAGUGCCUUGCUCAGGGGCACAGUGACAGUAGUUGGAGAGGGAGUAGAGAGUGGUUUUCAUUCAUUUGUUCGGCAGCCUUCCAGUGAAACCUGCACAACUUUCACCUUUGGGCAACCACCUCCCCUGAUGUAUAUUUAAGUGCAGGCUGCCUUGAGCAUGACCACACACACACACACACAGGGCAGCAUGACCACACACCAUGUGUAUGAGCCAGAUUUGGCUCCGUCCUCGUGUCUGCCAUACGGUUGAUUCCUCCCUGCUGUGCAAACCCUGCAGGCCAAACACACAACACUGAGUGAGUGAGUGAGUGUGUGUGUCUGAAAGUAGGAGAGAGAGAGAGAGAGAGAGUUAUGAAGAGGGAUGGAGGGAGGAGACAGAAGAACUGAAGCAUAUUUUACCAGAAAGUCAUUUUUCAAUGAAAGAGUGUAUUGUUUGGUCUCUUGAACUGUUCAAAUAAAUGUUCCUCAUCAUAUAUUUUCCCAGCAUACCCUACACUCGCUUAAAACUUGUGGAAAUCGAUGUGUUUCAAACUUGAUGUCUCGUAAAUUUUGGUGCAGCAACUGUCCUUUUCUAUCUUCUUUAAAGACUAAAAUUGAUUUUAGUCCAAAUUGUGGCCUUGGUCCAUCAGCUUCUCUUCGAAACUCUCUCUCAUAAUCUCCCUGCUCCUAUAUUGACAGUCACACCCUCUCUGCCUGUGCAUUACCCCUACCAUUCAUGUGCAUACUCAACCUUGCGUCCGCGUUACAUUAAGUUCUUUGGAUGUGUACAGUUGAUGCAACAAACCACAUUGGGAUCAUAUGGGGGCAGUGAUGCAUACACACAUCCAACAGUAAGUAUAUCCCCAGCCCAACAAACACUACAUUAAAGCUCCUGUGAGGAGAUUUUAAUAGGUUAUGAAACAGUCUGAAAUGCACAGUGAUGUGUUUUUAAGCUGUAAAAAGAAAUAUGAGAUCACUGAUGACAUGAACAAAAUCUCUCUAUAGCGUAAUGUUUUAUGCUUGUAAAUGCUGUGAGGGGGGAGGGACACUGAAGAAACAGCCUUUGCUACUUUUACCACAUAAAAUAUUUACUUUGAGUCAUAUAUUUCAUCAUAAAAUGACAAAAGGAGGGCCAUUUACACCACUUUCACAAGGAUGGAAUACAAUGAGAAACAAUGUAAGGGUUACCACUUUGUCCACAGGGGAUGCCAAAGUCAACAUGGGCAAAACUUUCCACAGUGGAGCUUUAAGCAAAAUACCUUUCACUGAUUGUUUCUAGUGCAGUCUGAUCAGCCCUGAUUAGGACAGAAGACAGACAGGCCACUGUAGACUCCACCAGCAUGAAAUACUUUUGGAAUAAUACACUGAGCCGUAAUGAGCUGCAACAAAAGUACAGUUUAAUAUCGAAAACCAUUGAAAUGUCCCAUUUUCAAAGAGAUGUUUCUAGGUGUCUUAGGUUGCAAGAACUUCAAUUUUGUGUGAUUUCAGUCAGUGUUUAUAUGUGUGAGAAAGUCCAGCUUCAGUCAAAGUAAGCAAUAAAUCAGUUUUUCGAACAAGUAAAUGUACUGCGUUGUGGAAAGAAAGAAAGAGUGUGAGGGUGGAUAGACAGCAGUCUCUGUGAACCUGCAUAGACAAGCUCAGUCAGGCUGCUUUGGUGAGGGAGAGCAAGAGAAAGCAGGGAUGUUUUGACAGCUCGGAGCCAUCACAGCAGCAGCAGGCAGGCUGUGUGUGUGUGUGUGGGUGCAGGUGUUUGUGUGUCUGUGCGCGCACUUUAUGUGUAUGUGGGUCUGCAUGCACACAAAAGACUAAAGGCAGAGACAGACAGUGACGUUUCUUCUGAUUUCAGAGACAAAGAGGGAAAAAGGAGUCUAGCAGAGAGGCUAGAUGAAGGACAAGAAAAAAAAACGUGUGACUGUAACUGUGUGGUGUUUCUUAAUGUUGGUAUACAUGUUGAAAUGUGUCAGGGCACCUUGCAUCAGGUCCCAGCAUGCAUCAUCAUGGUCAAGAGGUAUAAACCGUCCUGUAAAUGUAAACAACGCAACAGGAUCAAGUUAAUUGUGUUUCAUUUUUCCCAUAUUGUUUUUUAAUCUCUCUUACUGUAUUAAAGACAGAUGAAGCUCACGGAGUCUUCAUCAGCCCCGCCCUACUUCACCUUCACACAGCUCGGUGCACUCACUCUGGGAGCUGCCCUAAACAAACACACGCUCCUCUGCAGCUGCCGCUGAGCAGCUCAGGAGCAGCUGGAGGUGAGGUGUCAUUGCUCAAAGGCACCUUGUCUUGCCUUGAUGUGAAGGAAGGUAGAUUUGCUCACCUUGCCUGCACUCUCCCAGCUUGUCUGGGGAUUUGCACCAUUGACCCUCCAGUCACAAACCUUCUACUUUUGGCUGCUGCCUUUGGGCUACUCUUGGUGUAGCAGUUGUCUAUAAUUGACCACUUGUCUCAGGCUGAAAAUGUUUGUGACCCGAAAGUUUCAGAGAGCAGCUUUAGGACAUCAAAAAUCCAUCAAAAUGAAACAGCAGGAUUAGGGAACUGUUGGAGCACAUUUAUACCAACCCUUUAGGGCAGGACAAACACCAUGAGAACUGGAAAACGAAGAAGAUACAGUGAUAUGGAUAGGUUAUUAAAGGGAUAUUCCCGCGUAAAAUUAAUUUAGGGUCAAACACAGCAUAACACUGAGUUAGACACCCCCUCAAGCGAUGAAUGUUGCCGACCACUUGCUUCUCUGUAUACUUCUCUAGUUUUACCAACAUUAGUAACAACCGCACGAUAGUUAUACACAGCGGUCUGAGGAGCCACACACAAACCUCAGCUAAAACACCACUCUAUAGCCACAAAUAAUGCUCAGAACAGCACCUAACUUCAUCAACAUUAUAUAUAGGGUCUUAGCCACAGCACUAGCCACCAAACAUCUUUUUAACUUUGCCUAAUUUCUUUAGCAAAGAGACUAAGCACAACUCACCUACUCUCUUCCAGCAGCCGCUUGUUUGUUGUGAGACCUCGGACCAAUCCAUUACGGACUACAGCGGGAUGACGCAGCUCAAGGAAGAACAUUUAUGAUCAUUUCUUCAUGGAAAUGCAGUUAGGUCAAGGCAGAAGAACUACCGCGUCUGCAGUGCAAAAUGAUUAAUAUGAUGAUUAUUACUUCAAGGAAAUGAUAAAGAAAUUAUCAUAUAUGUUCUUCCUUGAGCUGUGUCACCCUGCAACAGUCCUCAACACUUGAAAGUCACUCCAAGUGGCUUUAAUUUUGGAUACAGUCCCAUAUUUUGCCAGAUUGUGGCUGUUGAGAGAGCUGAGAUGAAAAUGAUUUGUUUGGUUUCUAGUUCAAACCUCUGACACAUCAGAAAGACAAUUUGCAUUUUAGCUUCUAACCUGAGCAUGUCUGUGAUGAAAUGGAAGGAUCUGUAGUUUGGUAUUAAAAUUGAUGGGUUUGUCAUAACAAAUGCAGCUAUUUCAUAAGAAAAUGUCAUGACAUUCUUUGUGUAUACAAGAAAAUAUUAUUUGCAAAAGCUCAAGCUCAGUUGAUGUGAGCUCUAUUCCUGCUCAAACCCACCUCUGUGGCUAUAUUAGACACACAGUUCUCAGUUGUAUGUGGCAGAUGGUGGAACUACAAGAUUUAUCCAUUUUGUCCUGGACACCGAGUCUUCCUCUGACAGUCUGUCUCAUACGCUCUCAUUGUUUCUCCUGCCUGCUUUCCAGACAGCCAGCGCACAUGAGCAAAUAGACAGAGUGAGUGUUUGCUGUUUGACAAGCGUGUGCGCUGUGCAUGUGUGUAUGUGUGUGUCAGAGAGACGGUGGUUGUCAUUUUAAGAGGUAGAAUGAUAGGACGAUUGUAUGUGUGGGUGUGUGUUCAUGCUAGCAUGUGCGUUAACAAUGUACCCUCAUGUCCCCUAUGUCAGAGCCUGGCUGAAUCAAGUCAACCAUGCUGUGCUGGUGUGUUAGUGUGUGUGUGCGCGUGGAUGCUUGUGUGUGUUAGAGUAUGUGUGCCAGGCCAGAUCAAUAUGAACUAAUCAAUAGGAGAAGACAGCUAGAAGGACCUUGGGGACGGCAGAUACACACCUGGUGCACACACACACACACACACACACACACACACACACACACACACCGCCCCUCUUUGUAUUCCAUCCUCAGUUUCUCUCUUUAUCUUCUCUCACUCCACCUCCCAUGUCUCUUUUCCAUCCUUUCACUAUUCUUUAUUUUUCUCUUUUCAACAUCUUUUCUCAUAUUUUUUCACUCUUUCUCUUCCUCUUUGCUGUAAUCUGUAAUCAGACACAAUUUUAAUGCCUUUUUUCGUGAGCGUCUCUACUCAAAACUAAGUCUUUGUUACUGGUCCAGUGUGAAACAAGUGCAUUGAGAACGUUCCCUUAGUUAUUUUCUCUAUUUUAUCAGAGAUAAAUAUAAGAUUUCUCAUGAGGAAAGUUCAGCCGGCAUUCAAGGUUCUACAUAAAUGUAUGGAAGCAAAGAAAGGCAACGAUUAGUCUUAACAGUAAAUAAGCAGAGUUUGCCCAUUUUGAGUUUUUGACACCCAAGAUGUUUGGACUCUUUUUUGCCAUUGUUAAAGGAUUUAGGUCAUCUGGUGUUGUUUUCUUUAGUGGAUCUGGAUUUAGUGGAUUCCGUGGAUUCUUAAGUGUGCCUGACCCCCCAAAAAAAAAAACUACAAAUUUUGUAGUUUUUUGUUUUCUCUGACAUCUAAGAAACUCACAAAAACUUCAAUCUUCAGUAAAGGUUGGUGGUGAAACAGAUUGAGAUCAAUUCUUUCCUCUCAGUGUGACUGAGAAAAGAAAAUAAGACCAUUAAAGAGAAGACUAUUUCUACAGUUAUAUCUGAUGCCUAAAUAGGGCUGGGCGACAGCACGGUCGACAGAUAAUGACAUUUUGUUUUUUUGAGGUCGGACAUGAAGCAAAGUAAUGUACACUGUAAAUUAUGUCAAGUACAUGUUCUCGCAAAGUCGGGGAAUACCUCAAAUCUUUUUCCCCACCUAAAGCAGUGCCAUGCAGCAGAGCAGGCACAGUGCAAAAGGUUACAAACCCUGAGCGGAGCAAGGAGCCUAUGGCGUUUGUGCAGCAGAAAAAGCUGACCGUUCAGUCUGCUUUCUCUAGCGCAACGCUGUAUGACAAAACGUCAAAGAGACACAAAGACCUCACAAAUGCAGUAGCUUAUUGUAUUGCAAAAGACAUGCAACCAAUAUGCACUGUUAAAUUAUUUUUUUUAUAUCUUGAUAUAUAUCGAUAUCGACUGAUAUAAAAAAAAAUAUUGUGAUAAACUUUUCCCUUAUUACCCAGCCCUAAUACAACCAGCAACAACCAGGACCAGACCAAGUCAUCAACUUCAUGCUUACAUCAGGAGCUAAUCACUCAGCAACUUUAGGACUUAUAUAGAGCGCCACCAACUCAACUGUGACGUCAUUCCAGCUUCCACAUCCAACUUCUGUGGUCAAUAUAACACACCAUAAACAGAGAUCCUAACAUGAGAAACAGUGGCUGAUAGCUGUCCUUUUAGCCCUCCACUUUAUACACUUAUGAAAACCUGAAAAGUCCAUUAAUAAAACAGGAUUGAUGUGGUCUGUCAUACUUCUGAGCACUGUGUAUAAACCUGUUAGUGGACAGGACAAGGGUCCUCUAAUUUGGUUGAAUUUUCUGUAAGUCUUGCUGAAGCCAAACCCUGAAUUGACAGCCUGGUUAUCAUCAGCCAGCACUCUGCAGCUCUGUGGGACGCUCUGGGUCUGAGGCACUUUCAGUUCACUUCACUCAACAUGCAAAUUGAAACUGUAAUUCAUUUACUGGGAGAUAAGAGCAGCACUCUGUCUCAAUAAUGCUUUUAUAGAUUGAAUAUUAAAUAACUGUUUGAUGGGGAUUUUCUUAUGGUUUAAAUGUCCACUUCCUCAUUAAUUGGAGUGAACUGGAAGUACACCAACUUUUACUGCAAUUACUGAAUGCCUACAGGUUUUUCUGUUGUGUGUAAAUACUUACAAAUGUGGAAGAAGCUUUGUUCUAUAUACAAAGUUUCCUGUCAGCCACGUGGUAUCACCAAACUCCUCUUCUUCUGCUGCAGUUUUCUGUCUUCCCUCUCUGCCCAUUUCCCCUCUUUUGAAAAAGCAUGUCAAGUUUUAAACUGAGUAAAGAAAAGGAAAAAAGUUUCUCUACACUGAUGCUUGAAUGACAAGCUGAACUGACAGGCAGGUACAGGGAGCCGACAGAGAUUUGAAGACACAGCUGUCUACGUACAUGCAUUAUGCACAUAGACUUUCAAUCACAUGUGCACAGACGGGAAGCACACACCAGCACUGCACACCUCCCACGCUACCAAAACACUAUCUCACCUGACAAAUUAGAAUGAGUGUGAGGCUGCCUGAGUUUGACAUUGCAGGAAUCUGUCACAUUUCUGUCAGGGCUUCACGUGGUUUCACAUCAAGACAAAGAAAUCCAAAAUGAACCCACAUGUCAUCUCUCUCUCUCUCCUCUCUGUCCGUCCUCUCUGCUGUCUCUCUCUGCUGGGUACUGUCGAAAGAAGGAGGAAUAUGGAGCAGAAGUCAACAUCACAUGCUGCAUAAUUCUUAGUCUUCCAUUAUAAUUGCUGGAGCUUUUUAUAAAAGAUUCAUCAUCAUCAUCCAUGGUUUGAUUGUGAAUGAAGUGUGGUCUUAUGGUUUUAAAUUAAAGAUUUAGGAUGUUGUUUUCUUACCUAUGGAACAUGGAGAAAGCAAAGCCACCAAGAAAGGCUGAUGUUAACUGUUUAAACUAAACAACAUUGAUGAUUUGAGUAAGAGCUGGUACAUAUAGCACACAUUUUGAAAAAAUUGUCUGUAUUUUUGGGGAAUUCAUUUCCAGAAUAAAAUCUCCAGUAGAAUAAACAGCUAUGAUAACAGAGUGAGACAUGGAGAACCAUUUAAUUCAUGCAUUUGUUGCCUAAUGAGCAAAAGGCCUAGAGCAGUGAGUGACCUGAUAACAGAAUGUGAUAAAUUAAUAAGCAGUUGAACACCCAGAGGAGCUAAUGAGUGAUAUGCUUUCUUUUCUAGCAGCUGAAAAAUAUGCCUAAGAAGUGCAAAGACAACUAGAUCUGAUCAGCUGUUAAUCUAUUCAAUGAUUUUCUACAUACAAGCAGUAAACAUUCACUGUUCCAGAUACUGUAAUGUUAGCAGUUUUCCCUUUUGCUGUAUGUGCUGUAUUCUUUUGGAUAUAUUACAAUAAACAAACCGAGGUGGAGUUUCAGUGAAGCAGCCUCAAAGCCUGCCACUUAACUGGAAAUGGCACAUAAUGAAUCUUGGGAUAUGUUUAGCCACACAAAAUGUAAAAAUGCAUCCGUCUUGGUCAAGUAAAGUGGGACACAUUUGUCAGAUACAGUUGGGGACAUCUCUGAUAUGAGACACUUUUGACACUCUGCUACUGGUGCAACAGCCAGUGACUGUGAGUCUGUUUGUUGGUUCACCAUAUUCAACUUGACUAAAAUGUCUCAAAUAAACUAAACCAGUGGAGAUUUUAUUUUUGAAAAAGGAAGAAGCAGCACAGUCAGUCCAUUUACAUGUGUAGUUAAGUUGAGAUAUGGUCAUAGCUCAAUUAGGCGAUGUAACUUGACUAUCAUCCUGUCCCAGUUUCCACGUUCUGGGCAAGAAUCAAAUUAUUUACACAGGCAUGUCCACCUCCACUGCAGUAGGUGGCGACAUACGCCCUUUUAGCUCAUUACUAUUGUGUCGUCCCCCACUUGACCUAUAUUAAUCGAACAAUGAGAAGAUCGAUUCAGUGAGUUUUUACAUGUGUUUACAUAUGAGUCCACUUUCAGUCGGACUAAGGCAAUAAAUCAUUUUUCUGAACAACAUGUUAACAUCUUCAAUGAGAUUAGCAUAUUAAUUAUUCAAAUUCCUUUUAAAAGCUAAUAAGUAAUGCAACUUAAACCGAGUGAACAUGGUUGUAUUCCUCUAAUAAGGAAUCAAAUUUUUACAGUCGUGCAUUCAGACAUAAAGGCAGCAAAACUAGAGUCGUUGUUUAAGUUAAUGUUUAAGGUGCUAGUUUGACUAAGCACCACAUGGUAUUUGGCAGAUGUGAUCAUGCUACCAUGCUAACUUAGGCUGGACAGUAUAGAAAACCUUUUUAAUUUAAAGCUCCUAUAAGGAUCUUUGUCUAACUGUGUCUUGAAUCCAUGUGAUUUUAACGGACAAAUGACACACUGAUUGUGAUGGCACCUACCCCUCCACAUAUUAAAAAUCCUAACGUAAAACUUUCUCACAGGAGCUUUAACUCUAAACUUUUUAGUACUGAGCAUAUCUGCGUGGCAUGAGCAUGACACUUAAAGCACUCUCAUGCCAAACGUGAUACUAACCUGGUAACAUUCAGGUAGCUCGCUUUACCCUUCAGUCUAUUUCAGACAUUAAAUGGACUAAACUGUCAUUAAAGUGAUUGAAAAAGUCAUAGGAUUUGACCUAAGUGUCACUUUUACAUGUAGAGAGAGGUAAAUCUAUGUUUCACAAAGACCUACUAUCAGGACACCGUACCCAGGAAGGACUGUUCCUGUAGAUAAAAACCUGAUUGUGUUCCAUCCUCAGAAAAAUCAUUAAUAAUUAAUCAUUCAGAGGUGAAAAUGUGUCACUGCCUCUUUUCUGUUUUUACUCACAAAGCUACAGACUUGAAUUGAGAUUCUGCCCUUCGCCUGAAUUCUUACCUUUGUAGAAAAGCAGCUCAUUACUUUGUGAGGAAUGUGCAGCAGAGGUGUGUGUGUGUGUGUGUGUGUGUGUGUGUGUGUGUGUGUGUGUGUGUGUGUGUGUGUGUGUGUGUGUGUGUGUGUGUGUGUGUGUGUGUGCCCGACGUCCGACUGAAAAUAAUUAGCUGGUCUGUUGGGCAGAAAAGUCUGAGAGGCUUGGGCAGGAGUUUUGCAUAAACUUUUGAUGUGUGUGUGUGUGUGUGUGUGUGUGUGUGUGUGUGUGUGUGUGUGUGUGUGUGUGUGUGUGUGUGUGUGUGUGUGUGUUAUGCUUACUAUUGUUGAAUUUUGGGCUGAUUUCUCUACUUUGUGAGAGUUUAGGACAUGUGCAUGUGUGUGCGAGAGAAUAUGUGUGUGCCCAGACGGUAUUUUAACAUGGCUAGCCGACUUCUAGCAGCCCACAGUUAAACAGUGACUCACAGAUUCCUCUCCCUCUCUUCCUCACUCCCUCUCUCCCUCUCCUUCUCACCAGCCUUCCCCUUUUCCUCAUCUGUUUUACUCUCUAGUAUUCAUCCUUUCUUUAUGUUUUACUUCAGUUUUGCUGUUUAUCUUCCUCUGCAUUAACAUCCCCUCUCUCUCUUUCUCUCCAUCCAGGUCGAGUGCUGACUGUUGCAGACUUUUAAGACGGAGGUGCGUUUUUCUGCUCCUUUGCUCCUCCCCCUCUGAGGCCUUAAAUCCAGUAAGUUUCCUUUUUCCAGCUACCAGAUCACACCAUUUUUUUCCUUUCAAGUGUCUCAGAAACUGUCACCCUGUGGUGUUUUAUGUGAAAUGAAAGUUUAAACCGAGUAAUGGUUUUAUGCUCCCAUAUCCCAAACAUACAGGCUAACAAAAACAUGGCAAUGUUCCUUUAAAACAGCUCCAGCUAUCCCUUUAACUGCACUGUCUUGUUCAGUUGGUAAAAGCCAAAAUAAAAUGACUGUACCCGUUUAAAUUCCUCUGUUUUAUGAUAAGGAAAUACAGCACACACACAAGCACCAACACUUGCUCGGAGAAGGUCGUUUCAGCAUCAGAGACACCCAAAUCAAAAGCAACGCCAAAUGUUCUUGACUGCAGCUGCUGAUAAAAAAAAGAAAAAAAAGUUUCCUGACACAACACUCACCCACACAUAUAUAGAGCCCCCUGAGGGCCCCUGGGACUUCAAAGAGCCGUCUACUGUACCUCAGCGACACCUCAACACCAGGUGCCGCAGAAGGGAGGAAGGAGGGGUGGUUUGGAGGGAAGAAAUGGAAAUGGGGAGAGUGAGGAAGGAAGGGGGAGAAGGAGACAAGGAGGGAGAGGUCCUGAAAAUGAGAGGAAGGGGACUGACUCUAGUGCUAAAUCAGAGAAGGAGGGAAAAAGUAGAAGGUAAGCAAGUGGAAGGGAGGAGAAAUGAAGCUCCAAAAAGAAGAGAGUGAAAACAGGCAGACAGACAGACAGACAGACAGACAGAGACAGAAGACGAGGAGUCGCAGCCAAAGACAGAGACAUGUGGGGGAGGGCAGUAACACUCUGCUGCUAAUAACCCUGCUGCUUUGUUGUGGAGAACCCUAGUUCCCCUUUUAAAUGUUGAACUAUCCCUUUAAUGAUAGCAGUAAAACACACUUUCUUUUACACACACAUAUACACACACUACUGUUCCCCUCAGCCUGACAGGAAAUGCGGUUCAGAGCACAACGUGCAGAGUCACAGUUCAACUUUUACAACUUAAGGGCCAAAAGCAGCCGCUCACUUGCGCACCAAACUUAAUUUAAAAAAGCAGCGUUUAUAGAGCAAGACAGUUCAUGGAUGACCUAUAUGGCAAAGAAAUGUGUGUCUUUGUCUGAUUUGAGUGCCUGUAAGCUUUUUGAAUUAGCUUGUUUAGAAGCUGUCAAUCAUUCAGACAGGCAGGAAGUGUAGGUUUGAAGAGUGAAUCACACCGAAAGCGAGAUAUAUUCUUAACAUAAAGCCGUUUGGUGAGGGCUUUGAUCCUCGCUGCCUUACAGUGCAAAGAGUCUGCUCAUUUUUGCAUGGCUGCCACAAUGAAAAACCCUUUGAGUUAAGCUGGGAAAAAAUGAACCCCAGAACCUGGCAGUGUCAGCGCCUUGCUCAAUCUGGUGGGGAGUUCAUCAACUUGUGAAGUGGGCCAAGCUGGAGAAUCACAGAGGCAGCUUUUAGACUCAUCCUGGAGUUGCUGAUUUCUCUUUUGGGGUGUUAAACGUGGAAGUAUUGUGUCAGAACAUUUAGUUUCUUUUGAAGAGGGUUGUUUUUACACUUUUGAACAUGUAUUCGGCAUGUUUAUGAAUAUUUCAAUAUUUGUGCUGUACAGGGCCAUUAAGAACAGAGCAGCAUUUUACUCUUUUUGCUCAUUUGGUGUCUAGAGUAACAGAAGAGCAUCAAAUCAGUUGUAAUAUCUAUACAGUAAAAUAAAUCAUUUUCUGAAUCUAGCAUUAAUCCUGAAACUGCGAUCUCUAAAGCUUAUGAUCCUUUUUUUUGUGUGUAACCUGUGUUAAAAUUUCAGUCCUUUUCACAUAUGAGCUCUUUAAUAGAAAAUUUCUAAAUCAACUGUAAUUUUCCAAAGCUGCUCCUUCAUGCAUGUCCCAAUAGUAUGAUUCCUUGAGGACAUGAGGCAGGGAGGGGGUCUUAAUAGGAAGGACAUGAUAUCGAAAGGUCACUGCAGUAGUCAACAUGUUAUAUGUACAACAAAACCAUAACGGCAGGCCAAGCAAUAAGGAUUGGGAAAGAGCUUCAUGGGCAGAUUGCAACUUAUCAUCACUACCAUCUGACUCAGAGCAAGUUCUCUUUAAUAUAGAUAACUUGCUGCUUUAACAUACGGGCUCUUUCCUUAAACUUUGGGAAUAUUCCAUGAGUGGUGUGCAUGUGUGAAUGCAGUUUAUACUUCGAGACUGACUUUCUCUUGCAGCUUCUCUUGAUUUUAGAUUUUUUUUUAAAACAAGAUGCUGUAAAAAUAAGUGAGUUAGCAAGCAAUUUGCUGUAGUUCAGCUCUUUGAUAAAGCCAGACUGGAUACAGAAUAAUAAAAUAUAAGAAAAUUGUAAUACAUUCUGGACUACAGAAUACAGAGAGGCCUCUUUAAACUUGAAUAUGCAGUCAUAUUUUCUUGCAAAUUAUUUCCUUUUGCAACAUGAACCGUGGUUGCACCUUUGUUUAGUCCAUAGUUCUUUUCAUACCGAGUCUGCUGUGAAUACAAUGGGGUGCUAUAUAAUGCUCUGUAACCAUAUAAUGCUGAACACUCCAAAGCUCAAUUUACACUCCGCUCUCUCUUUUCAAAAUGCAAAUUAAGACUGCAACUUAUACAAUAAGGGGUGAGCUUGUAUUCCCCUCACAGGUUGUUUGAAAAACGUGAAAAGAAAGAGCCGCAGCUUCACAGGUGGCCUGUGAACAGCAAAGGAGAACAUUGAGGCAAGGUGACCGAACGUACAAACAUGACAAAGCUCUGCACUGCUGAAGUGUCCUGGAGCAAGACGGCAGAAUCCAGGGUAGCCGCAGCAGAGGGUUUCCUGUGCAAAGCGUGACCUUUGACCUCCCUGUGCGGACAGGCUGUGCGGACAAAAAGAGAUUUUUCUAAUGGGGAUUAAUAAAGUAUCACAUUAUCAUUUGAAUGCGGCUGAUUGUAUCUUUGUGAGCGUGCAGACCUUUCAGUUAGUAAUGCAUGAUACAACCCUGUCACGGUGCAGCUCCUGGAUCUGUCGUGAAAGGUCCCCAGACCCAAAUGUCAAAUGAUAAAGAAACAAUCAGCUAUGUUGUACAGCCUCUCUAUUCAUUUAUCUGCAUUUAAUCUACAGUUAUUACACCGUCACACCUCUGUCCUCUGAGUUUGUUCGUUUCUUUUGUUGCUUUAAAGCAGAAUUCAUUAAAACCUUAAACAGAAAGACACGUUUUAGACAUAAAGAGGUGCCAAACCAGCACUACAGGCAGAGUGCAUAAGGAAUGGCUCCUGUUGCCUAAAACCUAGUUCCCGUUUGUAACUUAGUUUGGAUUUUUGUUUGUUUCAGGGGAAAAAAGGCACAAAAUUUCACAUCUCAGUGUGCUCAUUUCAGUCUUAUUGCGCAAGACCAAAGGCCAGCUAGAGCAAACUUAAGAAACAGCAAACACCAGCUCCCUCUCUCUCUUUCUAUGUCCCGUUUCCUCCUUUCUUUCUGUCUCUCUGUCCCUGUGGUCAACAAUCCCUCUGCUGGCCUUUAUCCCUGAAAUCCCCAUGGACAGAGAGUCAGGAGAGGGAGAAUGCUUAAAUGCUUUGAAUGAUGGUGUGGAAUGCUAAAAAGUGUGUGUGUGAGGGGGAGCUAGAGGGGGUGAGGGGUAUAGUUGGGGGGGGGGGGGUCUCCUGCCUGGUCUAGGAUCUGGUAUGCGUGACUGAACAAGAGAAGGAGAAAUGGAGGAAAAGAAGAAAAAAAAAUCCCCCACCAAAACCUGCCUUCCUAACUUCUAAAGACAGACAAUGGCUACUGACUGGUCUGGCAACCCUGUGUGUGUCUGUGCCUGUGUGUGUGUGUGUGGUGUCACUUCACACACAGGACACGUCCUGAUGGAAAGCAGAGGGAGGGAAAUCUACUCUGAGCAACUUUAGAUCUCAUUACCUCGCACAUGCAGCCACACAGAUACAGCUUUUCCACAUGUGGAAUACAGCGCUGCAAAAACAGUGACCCAAAUUAUCAUGAAAAUGUUCAGUUUUAACCCUAAAAAUCCAACAAACACAAACCCUUUUUCCAUCUGAAAGCUUUGGGACUUAAACAUAGCUACCAGUUGAGUUUUCCACCUUCUUUUCUGCUGCAUUUGAUGAAGCAAAAACAGACGAUUAAAAAAGUCAGCAGGCUAGAACAGCUCCUUAUAUAAAACGCCCUGGUGAUAAUUAAUUACACAGGCACUGCAGCCAAAUCAAGACGGCAAGCAUCCAUUUUGAUUCUCCUCGUAAAUAAUAAAACAACACAACACAACAGAUUUUUUUUCUUUUUUAACCCCCUUUGAGCAGCAAGACUGGGCUGAUCAGGGACUGAGAAGUGUGGGUGGUUAUUAGGAACAAUGCAGCGUAAUAAAAACCCUUCCUUUGGCCUAAAAAAUGCUCAAAUUGUCAUACGUACAAUGCCUAAUACCUGGUGGAUUAGUGGUAAUGAUGUUGGAGAGAAAACAUACAUCACAGCAACAACAAUGAGAUGCUACACCUACACAAAAGUAGUCCACACGUGUCUUUCAUUCAUUAUAUAAAUAUCUUUAAUUGUUUUAACCGUAAGAAUAUAAAACAAUUUAAUUUUGGGAUUCUGCAUUUUUCUUCUUUACAAACACAUAAUAUACAGUACAUCUUUUUUAUUUUCAAAAACACACACAGCUUUGUCAGCAGGACGCACAUCCGUAUAUUAAUUUUCUAGCAGGUCAUUGCAUUACAUUAAGACGCGUGCGCACGCAGGCUUCUGUUUGUGUGCGCACUCUGUGUGCAUGUGUGAUAACGUGUGUGUGUGUGUGUGUGUGCGGGAGAGAGGGGGGGGGGGGCACAUUCCUCCUUGUAACCCAAGACGAAGAGAGAAAAAGAGAGACAGAAGAAAAUAAUCGAUUGCUCCUUAUUCUAAGCAUGUCUCAAAAUGGAUUGGGGGUAUUUUUAUUCAGAGAGAGGUGGAGAAAAAGAGGAGGAAAAAUAGAUAUCCCUGCCCUCCCCUUUCUCCUCUUUUUCACUCUCUCUCUCUUCCUGUCUUACCGGUGAGGGCAGCAUGAAUAUGAAUGCGACCUGCAUUGGCAUUAACGUGGGAAAAUAAAGCCAUGAGACAAACCCUGCUUCGUUUCGAUCAAUAACAAGGGCAUAAGAUGUAGAAAUCGCUUCAGAUUGAAGUACUGCUCUCUGAGCAGCAUCCAAAGGGGUUUGUUCCCACCAGAUCCCACAAAAAACCACCUAAUUUGACAAUUUAGAGUUGCUUUGAUGAUACAUGUGUUAACGGUCUGAUCAUACAUUUUUACGCCUUUUAUCUCACUAUGUAGAGCCAUGAUGAUCCCUCAAACUGUCGUAUGAUCAUUAUAGGCUGAGCGAAAGGUUUGGGCUUGUUUAUAACUCAAAAUAAAAAGAAAACAUUUCUAUUAAGGCUGUUAAAGGUGGAGUUUGUCACUAAAAUCUAAGAAUAAUAAAAGCUCUCACACAUACAUGAUUUUUUUGUUGCUUUCUUUCUUUUUCUCUCUUGGGGGAAUUGUUGCUGUUCAUGGAGCUAAAUCGACAAAGAUAGUUAGAUUGUGUCCUGGUCUCCUUUCUCCAGCUCUGCUCAUGGUGGAGGGAGGGAGGAAAGGGAGGGAGGCAGAGGAGGGGGAUGGGGGGAGGGGGCAGACACAGUCCCUUUAGGCACAUUUUCUCCCAGUCUCUCAUUCUCGCUAUCCUUCUGUUUUUUUUUUUUAACAGUAUACACCCUUUGAAAACAACCACAUACGAGGUAGCCAAAUGUUUUUGUAGGCGUGAUGGCUGUAGCAGGAGAUUAGUCAUAAAUGUAUCAAAUCCAGACGCACUGUAAAAGAGAAAAUAAGAGUCUCAUACUAGGAGUUUUAAACCUCAUUUUGCUUUAAAUGAGAUGCAAGUUUCACUGUGAGAAUGACACUGAAGUGUUUAAAAAUGUGUGAAAUGUGCGUCAUUGCUAUUCCAGUCUGUCAGAGUUCAUGAGAAAUCAAAACUCAAUGUGAGAUUGAAACAAAUGUUAACAGAGAUGUUCAUGAGCUCAUAAAAAAUUAAGUUUAAAUUGCUUCCUACCAGGCAGAAUAUUUGUCAUAUCAAGCACUAAUUGUAAUUCUGCAAGGCCCAUGGAAAGAAAAUAAAACAUUUGCACAUACAAUUCUUGUCACACAGUACACAAGCACACAGGAGGGGGAAACGGGAGAUUUUCUCUUUUUAAAUCAGACAAGAAAUCCCCCUAGCCCGUCUACUCAUGCCCCCUCUCAGACCCCCAAACAAAAACAAAAAGAACCAAAAAAAAAAAAUGAACCUACAAAUCAUUUCCAAUCACCUCACUUUCUCACUCUCUGUCAUCUGCCAGAGUCCCAGGUUCAACACUUUAAGGCAGGGGAGCUGUGUGAUCCUCUCCAGUCCCCUCUUGGUGAUCUUGGUACAUCCAUACAGGUCGAUGCCCGCCAGCUGGGUCAGAUGGUCGGCUAUGAGCUCCAGCCCUUUGUCCGUGAUGCGCACACACUGUCCAAUGUUCAGGGUCCUCAGCUCAUGCAUCUGCCUCACCAUCCGGUUUAUCCCGUCAUCUGAGAUGUGACAUGAGCACAGGGACAAGGACUUGAGCUGAUACAGUCCCUGGGCAAUAUACGCCAACGUCUGAUCCCCUAUCUUGUCGCAGAAUGAAACGUCCAGCCCUGAGAGCCUCAGAGUGCCCAUGGCGAGGUGCAUAGUCCCCGUGUCGCUGAUGUUGUCACAGGAGCGUAGAUUGAGGCUCCACAGGGAGGCCAUGUGGGAGAGGUGGAUCAUCCCUGCAUCUGAGAUGCCCCCGCAGAAGCUCAGGUUCAGCACCCGCAGCUUAGUGAGCCCCUUGGAAAUGUGUUUGAGUGACAGGUCUGUAAGUUUCUGACAGUCCUGGAGGGUCAGAUACUCCAGGUUCAAGCAGCCCUCUGCUGCGCUGCGAGUCAUGCCUGCCAAAUGUCCGAUCCCCACGUCUGAGACAUGCCUGCAAGACCUCAGGUUGAGGCUUUUGAGCCUGUGGAGACCCCAGGCUAUCAGCAGGAGCCCAGUGUUGGUUAUGUUGCUGCAGCCACCCAGCUCCAGCACCUCCAGGUUCUUCAGAUACUGGGCUAUCCUUCCCAGACUAGAGUCUGUGAUCUGCUUGCACAGACUAAGGUUCAAGACCCUCAGUGAUGGGAUCUCCUGUACAAACGCAUGACCCAGACCAUUAUCUGUGAGGUUGUAGCAGCCGGACAGAUUGAGGGACUCAAUGUUAGGCAUUCCCUGGAUCACAUAGCUCAAGCUGCGGCGCAGGGACAGGAUCUGGACCCUCCGGAUGCCCCUGGCCUGGAGGCUGGGGAACAGGGAGGGAUUGGCCCGGCGGAGGUGCAGCUUGGCCUCCACCCCCCUCCACACUGACUUGUGGUAGGAUGCGUCCCUCCAAGCUAUACACACUUGGGCUACCCUGCCUUUGUCCCUCACGUCCAGAUAGCUGAAAAUCAUGGCCAAAAUUUCCGGGAAGAGGCACGAAAUGUGCGUCUCCAUUGUUUUUCAAACCCCAGGCAUAUAAGACUUAAUACUCCUCACCUCCAAGGCUGAAAAGAGAAGCCAGUCAAACACCUCCUUCUCCUGCAGUUCUGCAAAAGUACCAACAGUCCAAGUUAUCCACAGGAGUAAAAUUUAAGAAAUAGGAGUUGGUAGCUUCUCUUUUUCUCACAUUGAACUGAAUCGAUCCAACUCUCUCCAGCCCCACGUGAUCCGGUCUGGUUGCGCAGUAGGAUUCAAAUGUAUUUAAAACAGCAGAAAAAGAAAAGAAAACAAAAAAAAGCGUUUAUUCCUGCCUCAACCCCUCUCUCCGCCAAAAAGAGGAGGAGAGGGGGGCGAAAGGAAGAAGGAGGAGGAGAGGAGGAAAAAGCGUCAAUCCUUCCCCCUCUCUCUCCCUCUCUCAGACGACGCUUCCUUGUAUUAUACCCACAAAAAGCCGUCCUCUCUCGGCCGAGCGGGGAUCCAGACGGUCGUACAUUUCAGAAUAAGAAAGGGAAAAAUAAAGCCAGGACUCUUACCGCCACCUAUUAGGAGACAUUUCCAUGGCAGAAAAGCGGCGACGAAAGAGCUGGGUUGGCUUUGUGAGCGGAGUGUGAGAGAGAGAGAGGGGCGUCCUGAGCUCAAAGCCUUUGUCUGCUCUUUUCAAACCGACUUGGCAGGGACCCCAGCACUCCAGCUCUACGGGAGGGGUGCAAACACGUAUUAAUAUUCAGCUAAUGUGCGGAACAACGGAGCGAAAAAUAAAGAACGCCAUUAUUAAAAAUAUGCGGAUAUUCUAAUUCAUAGUAUCGUUCAUUCUGAUAUGUAAUAAGCAGUGUAAUGUUUAAUUAAAUCCCGGAUGUGUCGAAUCCUCCACACCCCCGCCGUGUCAGGCAGUUGGUUUGUCCCGCCUCAGCUGGAACGGUGCGAACAGUUUCCCUUGGAAACCAACUUCUUACAAUUCAGUUCACUUUGGGCUUUAACCCUUUGAGCGGACCACACAAGAAACACAGGAAAGCCAAACUGGAGAAGCCCUUUUGAGUUUGCUUACUUGGCUUGAACAUUUAGAAAGUUUUUAUUGCGAUUUUGUUGUUAUUGUUGUUGUGGAAAUGGCAGCAGAGCGUGUCUAGAACUGCCACAGAGCAGAAUGGAGCUCCUCUGGUCUCUUUUGGCCGCAAAAGCCCCUCACUAUGGUAGCAGUUUUUAUUGAUUGACUAACUUUACAGCACAAAUAAAAAGAUUCAGACACAUUAAAACAAUUAAUUUAUAAUGGACAAAGCAGGAGAGGAUUACAUAUCUUGCUGAAAACCACACUAAAGCAAAACAUCACUCAUUAUUCACAAAGAAUUUAGAAAAAAAUGUUUUUAGUUUGAUGUUAUUGUGAAUUUUAUGUCAGGCAUUUGCUAGAGACUGUUUGUAUGAGCCCUCAUACAAACAAUAUCUGAGAUUUGUAAGCAAAGUAAAACAGCCUGUGUUACAUCUGUUACUUUGCAUCUGCCAGUUUGUUCAAAAAACAGUAAAUAUAUUUCUACAAAGGGAUGUGUUAUCCUUAAAUGACUUCAAUGAUAACUAAAAUAAUCUGCAAAGCACUAUUUCUCUCAUGUGUCUCUUAUAAGGCACCAGCAGAAUCACUUUGAAGCAGUUGUCUUACAUCUGGCAAUGCUUAUGUGUCGAUAUUUGAAGAUCCAUUUAAGUCACAGCCUAUUAGUGCAUAUCAAAAUUACCUUGCUAUAAAUAGCAGAUCAUUUAAAAAAUGCUCAGGGCUCAACGAAUGCAGAGAGAACAGGAUGUUUUUUGACUCUUGAGCAGGUUCUAACUUUGACACCCUUUAGUGGGCCUCUUUUCAACCCUGAAGUAGCCUUGGUAUGAAUGUCCCUAUGUGCGUUUGUGUGUGUUGGACUUGAUCAUAUCUGUGCUUGUCUGUGUGUACUCAUGCACAGAGAGGAGAGAAAGUGUGCAGAUGCCUAUUUUUGGGAGUAAACUGUAUAUUUUUUAUUUGCUUGUAUUCUCCCUUGUAGAGUUUGUAGGCUUCUGUGUGUCGAGUUUGUGUAUGUGUGUGUGUGUGUGUGUGUGUGUUGCUGGUGGUUGUGUGUGUGAGAUAAUAUGACAGGGGAGCCGUUUGCUGGAGCCAGUGGAGUGUGGCAGAAUGGUCGAGAAAGAGAGAGAGAGAGAGGAAGAGCUGAUGAGAAACAGAGCAGGGAAGAGAGAAAGAGGGAGAGAGAGAUGGAGGAAAGAGGAGUCAGUGAUCAGGUGAGGAUAACAGAGAGGAAGAGGAGCUGCAGAAACAGACGAUUUUACAUGGAAAGAUGCAGCCGAGCACAACAGACAGCAGCUCUCCUGUCCACCACUCUCUCUUCUUAUGUACUCUCCUCAGGUUUUCUAAGUCUGUCUUAAAACUGUACUUAUUACCUUUAUAUACUCCCUUUCAUGAUAGGUAUAUAUGCAACUUUUAUGAUUAACACAGCAAUAGUAACAAUACAUAAAUCUUUUAAUCUUGAUUCCUUCAGGACACAGAAGGAAGAUCCAACAUCACAAUUUAAAGGUACUACAAAUGCUAGAGGUGCAAAGUUUCACCAAACCGAGCUGGUAAUCAAUCGUAACGUUGGACGUCUGGGCGCACCGGUCUGUUGCACCCAGAACUGGUAAAAAUUCUGCAACCUGUGCUCCCUUAAAUCUUACAAGACUUUGGUGAUGACCUUUUAACUUUCACGCAAGUAAAGUUAACUUCAGGUGGCCGGCCAGUAGCAUUAGUUGGUUCAUCAAUAAUAUUGGCAAUGAAGUUUGCUGUUGCUGCCUCAGAAACCAAGUCAUGUGGACUUGAUAAGAAGGAAGGAGGGGCUUUCAAAAGUCUGCCAGUCUGUAUGCUCUGUAGAGACCCAAUUAUGUACAUUGGCUGCGAGACCAAUUUCACCUGAUAAGACAACAUAACAAAACUGCGUUAAAGCCAGCAUCAGGAUGCAGCAGCAGAUGUAGGAAAGGGAAAGAAAGGGUGACACGCAGCAAAUGACAGCCUCUGUUCAUAAACGUGAACUUUAAUAGGUGAGCUAUCAGUGUGCUCUAAGUAUGAGCUUUUAAGUAAUAUAUGACAAUUAAAGAGAUGCCAAAUUUUAAUGCACACAACUCCCAAAGAAUGGUUACAGGGAAGUUAUAGAGAUCACUGUAUAAGGCAGUAUUGAUUUUGUGUAGGAAACUUAGUAGCUUUGGUGUUUAAAACUCACCAAAUCUGCCAUGACACUGAAUCCAUUAAUGUAAAGCAUCCAGAAUUGGAUUUUGGCUAUUUUUAAUGUCCGACUGCUUCUUAACUUAUAUCCUGUAAAUUCAUCAAGGACAAAAACAAAGCACUUAGCUGCACUGUCCCCUGUGGCUGUCAGAGCCUGUGUCCUUGCUACCCGGACUGCAGAGUGUGUCAUGCAUUUUCAAAAUAGAGAUCCUGACAUGAAUACCAAGCUUUAUAAUGAUUGUGCAAACACCUUGAGUUAAAAACAGACGAGGUGAUUAACACUGGCUCUCAGCUAAAUGUGGCUAAAUAGUGUCUGUGGCUGUGUCAGUUUAUUCACAGACAGGCUGACAAGGUCUGUGAUGGUAAAUGUUGUUAAGUAUCCUAUAAAGACCCUGAAAUCAUCAACUUUUCAGUUAUAAUAUUAAGGAAAAUACAAAGACAAACCAUCCCAUGUCAUUUUAUACCAAACCAUACAAUACCAUACCAUGAUUUAAAUUCAGUUCAUAACUAUAUUAUAUGAUACCAGAUCCUGACAACUAUUAUAUAAUGCAGUAUGGUAUGACAAGAAAGUAAGAUUUGAUUCAAUAGAACAGGAUUUGAUACUAUACCACAUGUUACAAUAUGAUGUGACAUGAUACAGCUUGACACAAUACCACACCCUACCUUAUCACACAGUACAGUACAAUGCCUUUCCAUACCAUACCUAUUUGAUAUAAUAUGAUACCAUGCCUUACCAAACUGUACAAUAACAUACAAUAAAAUACAGCACAAUAUAAUACCAUAUAACUGUCCACCUUGUGAUACAGUUAAAUGCAAUAUGAUUCAAUUUAAUGGAUUGGAGUGCAACGCAAUGCAAUACAAUGUGAUACCAUACAAAAUUAUAUGAUAUGGCACAUCAUAACAUAUUGAUAUAAUGUGAUACAAUAUAUCUCAGGAAUCAUUUAUCAAACAUAAUCUACUGCUUAAUGCAAAUAAGACAAAAUAUAUGUUGUGUACCCGAGCAAAAAAUUUUGAUCACAAUAGUGUGCAUCUUUACACCAAAACUGGCUCAGAAAUCGAGAGAGUCACAAAGUACAAAUGUCUUAUUAUCUGGCUGGAUGAGGAUUUCUUAUUCAAAUAUCAUAUGAAUGAAUUUAUCUUAGAGUUGAGACAAAUGAUUGGCUUUCUGUACAGAAACAGAUCUUGUUUUCCAGUGCUCUUAAGAAGAGUAAUAAUUGAAGGAGUGUUUAUGUCUGUCAUGGAUUAUGGUGAUAUCAUCUAUAGACAUGCUGCUGCCUCAACUCUGAAACGUCUAAAUUUAGUCUAUUAUUCAACUCUAAGAUUUAUCACCAGUGAUAAAUAUGAUACUCACCACUGUCUUUUGUUUAGAAAAGUUGGUUGGCCCUUUCUCGAGGAAAAGCACAAGAGGCGCACUGGCUUUUAUACAUUUUAAUGCUCUUUUAGGCAAAUUAUCACAGUAUAUAGCAAGUAUGUGAAAAUGGAAUUUAGGCACUUACAUGACCUGUUCAGCUGAAUUACUGCUACUCAAAGUUCCUCGAUAUGUCUACAUGAGGAUCCGUGAGACUGCUUUUUGUUAUGAUGCCUCUAACUCUUGGAGCGCGUUACAGCACAUCCUGAGAUUGGACUGAUUCCCUUCACUCACAAAGUUUAGGACCUUGGUCAUGGAUAGCUUUGUUUCUAAUUUUAAAACGUGUUUUGGAUGACUGUCUUUCUUGUUACUUUUUAAAUGUAUACUGUCAUGUAAUCACUUCCAAAUGACUGUAACCGCUGUCAAUACUUAAAUGGCUUGUAAACUCAAUGACAUUGAAAAUGAGGGUAACCUCAACGUCUCUCAAUAAUACAUAAAGGUUAUGAUGAAAAUAUUAAUAAUUUAUCAUGAUAUGAUAUAAUGUGAUACAAUAUAUUAUGCUACAAGAUGAUACAAUACAAUACAAUAUGAUACGAUAAAAUAUGACAUGACACAAAACAAUACAAUAUUGUAAGAUAUAAUACAGUAUGAUAUAAUGAGUUACAAAACAAUAUGAUAUGAUAUGAUACUGUACAAUAUGGCCCAGUAUGAUGUAAUAUGAUACAGUAUAAUAUGAUAAUUGAUGCAAUUUUAUCCAAAAGAACAUGAUUACAUUACUGUUUAAUUCCAUACAAACCACAGCAGUAACUAUAGUAGUAAACAAAGCAGCACAUACCAACAAAGUAAACUGACGUAUACAGCCUAGCAAUACAUCUAUAUCCGCCUUUCUUUCCCUUUAACACAUGAACUGUUGGCACACAAAGAGAAAACUGAGUGUUUACGGAUACAAACCAUUUUAUUCAGAUUCACAAACAUUAAAGACAGAAUCUUUUGUUUGCAUCUCAUCUCUUUAUUAGUUAACAUGCAGACAAAUCUAUCUAUUUGUUAUUUGUAUCACACAGAUUUCCUAUUAAUCAAACUGUGAGGCCUAUCAGCAGGUUUCUGUACAUAUUCAUAUUAGUUGAUUAGGAGAGAAAUAGGAAAUAAAACCUGUCAUAAAGGCCAGACCACUGUGCUGUGUGGGAGGUUAUUAACAAACUUUUAAUAGCUUGAGUGCAUUUCUCUUGUCCUUGUUUAGCGGCUGCACUGUCUCUACAGUUACACAAUCUCAGAGAAUAAUAGAAUGACAAAGUGGAGACAGAGAAAUGAAUAUAGAGAGAUGGGAGGAGCAGUAGCUGAGCUCCUCACUGCAUGACCUGCCUGCGUGUGCGAGCCGACUUGCUCAGCAUGCUUUUUUUUCUGUUUUUCUGUCUCUCUCUGUCUGCCUCACAUCACAGCUGUGUAUAGUGUGUGUGUCCGUCCGUGUGUUUGCGUGGUGUGUCAUACCUCUUGUUGAAGACCCGCUGGGCCCUAGCAAGGAUUCACGCUGUGCAAGAGGAAAAAGAGAGGGACUGAUAUGGGAAAGGAGAGGAAGAAGGAGGAAAAAAGAGGAAAUAAAAGAAGGGGGAGAAAAUAAAAAAAAGAACAGAUCAGUGGAGAGAAAUGAAGUGUUCUAGAAAUUUCACCAAGAUCCUACCCGUCAUGUUACCUCCCCAUGUGCACAUGUGCAAGUCUCUGCCCGUGCGUGCGUGUGUGUUUGAGUGUCUUUAUUUGAUGAUUCAGGGGAGGGCUCUUACUGGAUAAUUGCUCGCCUCCACAACAUGCUUCAUCUGCACCCACAGCAAUCGCCGGUUGCCAAGGUUACGUGGGCGUGUGUCAACACAUGAAAGACGACACCUUCCUGAAUGGAUAUUACCAUGACUCUGUAGAUUCUCUCUCUCUUUCACACACACACACACAAACUCACACUCUUACACACACACUAACACUAAUAUAAGAGGGAAAGCAGUCUGUAAUGAUGCCCUGAGAUACACUGAUCCUUUGUGUGUAUGGUGUGUGUAUGUUGUGCAUGUGUGCAGGCCCUCUCACUGUACACCAGGAGUGAUGAAUCUUUUAUGUUCCUUCAGGUGUUUCCUUGCUUCACCGGGCUUCACCUGUACAGCACUGAAACAUGGUACUUGUGUGUGUGCCUGUGUGUAGAAAUAACAAGAAGCCAUCAGUUUGGUCAGGCCUGCUUCGCUGGAGCAUAUUCCGGAGGAGGUGACAUGAGGUCAUGAGUGACCUGUUCAUCCUCUUCAGUCCGGGCUGAUUUGACAGUUAAACCAAUAAAAUAUGGCAUAAUGGACGUUUAUAAGGCAGGGAAUGACAUUGCAAGCAUGCUGCUACAGCCAGGGGUGAUGUUUGCAACAAGAUGGAGCAAGAAAGAAAGAAGACACUUAUUGCAUGUGCAGUUUAUCAAUUCCAUGCGCAAGAGUCAUUUGUACAGACAUCUCGGCCAAGUUCGCACCAGUUGCAUGAUAUCUGUAGAAGUCAUCAGCCCUGCCUGCUCUUCUGCAGUGAAUUUCCCUCAAUAUUUCCUGCUGUAUUCUCACAUCUGUUUGAGCCGGCUUCUCAAAUUUUCCUAUAGGAUUGGCAGAAAAAAUUCUACCUAAAUUCAGGGUGAAAAAAUUCUACAGCUAGUAUUCACAAACACGACACACAUUGAAAACAGAGAAGUUUGGGGGAAAUUUUGGGCAUGUAUGACUUUUCAGUGCUGCAUACCGUCUGCUUACAUUAUGACAAAGAGCUCCAGUCAAUACUUUGACAUGUUGUUAAAAAAUGGAUUUAUUCUUUUAGUCUGAAUAUAGUUGGACUUCUAAAUGACAUGUAAACACAUUUGUCUGACUGAAGUCACACUAAAUUGAACUUCUUGCAGUCGGCCUAACAUACCCGGAUAAUGCUGUUGAGGAUCGGUCAUUCAUGUACAACUUGAUCAGACUUUUGAACAUGAUCCAGUGUUUGCAUGCUCGGCCUCAGAGCCAGAAGUUGGGUAGCAAGAAUGCAUUGUUAGGAAGUCAUGUAGUAAAGAAACCCUCAACAGAGGAAGAAAUAACAUAAAAAGACAAACAUUUUCUGUCAUACAAACAAUUCAGAGCUGUAAAAGCGACAGUUUUCAGCAUCUGAUUUACAUCCUGUUAGCCCCUUACUAUCACAUUUUGUCGACUGUGGUUGAACACCUUUAACAUUAUGUUCCGGUAAGUUCUAACCCUGUCUUGGAUAAGUACUAACACCUGGAAUAUGCCUGCACUGGAUACAGAUAAAUAAGAAGCAAAACAGUCAACAGACAACACUCUGUAGGGACAGAUGGACAAACUUAAUCAAUAAAUCAAAUUCAAUCUUUUUAGAUUUCUUUGUAUCCCAAUGUGGCUGCUGAAUUUUGCACAAACUUGAGGUCUCAGCCAGGACAACAAUAUAACAUUGACGACAAACUGUGAGGAAUAAGUGUGCAUAAUGAGAAAGGAAAGACAGUGUGAUGGAGGGAAGAGGAGAGAAAAGAUUGAAGAUGACAGAAAGGAAAGAAGAGGGAUUGGAGCACAUGUGUACGGCAGAGAUAACAGGAGGUCACAGCCAGGAGAUGUGCAGCCUCCAUUUCUCUACAUCACUCUCUUUUUCCCGUGUCUAUCCCUACCUCAGAUUUUCUGUUAUCGCUUCCUUCCUUCCAUUCACUUCCUCUCCCUCUCUCUCUCUGUCAGCUUGUCUGUACUCCAGUAUCGCUGUAAUGCCUCGCAGCCCGGGUCUGUCUGUCUGUCUGUCUGUCUUUGUGUGUGUGUGUGGGUACAUAUGUGUGUGUUUUGCACUGCUGCCUUGCUCCAGUUUUUGAACCACACAGGCUGCCUAGGUGUGUGUGUGUGUGUGUGUGUGUGUGUGUGUGUGUGUGUGUGUGUGUGUGUGUGUGUGUGUGUGUGUGUGUGUGUGUGUGUGUGUGUGUGUUUGUGUCCUCAACAAUGCUCCUCUUUUCUGCCAGCUCUGCAGUCUGACAUGGGAGAUUUUUCAGCCGCGUGCUCUCUCUCCCUCAGUAGUCAGCAUUUUGGCAUUUUCUCAAUGCGCUCUGUCAUCUGUUGGCAUGAAUAGGCUGCGUAUUGUGUGUGUUCGUGUGUGUGUGUGUGUGUGUGUGUGUGUGUACGUGUGUGUAAAGGUGUAUGUAUGUGUGUGUGUUAUCUGGCUGGUUUUAACUUUCUGUUGUUUUGUGUUUGUGCAAGACAGCAUGAAGGUGGUAAACAGCUCAUUUCAAGUCUGAAAAGUGCAGUAUAUGGAGGUUUUCCACACACGUCAGAAUCCCUUAAAUCCACUUAAAAUGUGGCAGAGAGAGUUCUUAUUUUGACAGAGAACAUGAAGUUCUCAAAGGAUGAUUGAAUUUGUCCUUCAUCAUUUCAGUGUCUUCUGCUCCAAACUGAUGAUUUACUCAAGAAAAGGCAUUUAAAUCACUGAAAAGUGCUGAAAUUCCCUACGAGUUAUACCAGAUCUGAUGCAGUACAAAUAAAGAUAUAUUUAAAAGUAAAAAACUGAAACUCAAAAAGAUCAUAACUUAAGUGAAAUUUAAAAACUCAUCAUUUUGUUAGUUUUGUUUGAAGUUGCUUUAAGGAACUUUCAGUUUGUGUUGAUACUGGCUCCCCCUGUGGACAAAGUGAUACCUCUUAUCUCUUUUUUUAUUCAUGUGAAAGUAGUGUUUUCAGGGGAAAAAAAAACUUAUUCUGUUGUCUUGUAAGAGUGAAUUAUAUCAGUGACAGUAUUUACAGCAGGAAAAGUCAGAGCAGUUUUUUUUGUUCAUUGCUCCUACCCCUCCAUAGCGCUUUUAAGUCUUUGAAAUCACUAAAGUGUCAUUUUUAGUCCUCUUGUUGAUGGUCUUGUUUACCUUUAAAGGUCCUCAAGAGGCCUCAGUAUCACUUCCAGUCUAAAAACACAACCUAUUAAUCUUAUAUUUUUGUCAUUAGAGAUAUAUUUUAGCUUUUCAUUGUCUCGUCUUUGUCAUGGAAAAAGGUUAAUGACAAAUACUUUGUGUCAUAAUUUUCAUAACAAAAAUUCACACGGGUCAUUUUGAGCUUCAACAAAGAUCAACUGACUUUAUGGAAAUUCACCCGACUUUGGAGCAACUUCAGCUGGAGCAGUUCAUUUUCUCCUCAGCUGUCCUGCACUUAUUGAUAUAGUAUAGUUCUGUGUCUUGUAAUCAUUUGUUAUAUUUUCAAUAGUUUUACCAAAGACAAUCAAGUCCUACAAGGUUUCUCUAUAAAGACCAGACUGUAGUAAAGACUUAAGAUGAAUCUGUGUAAAUAGCUGAGGCAGGUAUGAAUCACAGAUAAUCCUUUGGAAAAAAAAAGAAAAGAAAUAUUGACAGAAUCAGCUGAAAUUGAUAAAACAGGGAAGUGAGCAAACAUGACUCAUCAGUUAAACAAUGUACGGUCAAUGAGUUGGCGUUUUUCACAAGCUGCACAUCUGAAUCAGUGUCAGAACUGAGUCACCGAGCCCCUGGUCGAUUCUCAAGUCCAAACCAAGUCCAAGUCGCCAAAGAAGAAUCUAUGUUGAGGUUACAUUAGUGAGAAUUUUGACUUGACCAAACAUCAUUGGUUGAGCCACUUUUUAGGUUGAUGUAAUUAGUAACUUGUGUUAUCUGGGGUCCCUUUAAUGAGUUUUUCUAAAAUAUCAGACACAGAAAGAAGGAAACUGUAAGAAGAGGAGGUCACAGCGCUGCCAAGAGUGAAAAGAUGCAGGUGUCAGGGGUGGAUUCGUGAUUUAUUGUGAAACACUGUGGCAGGAGAGCACAUGAAUGUGUAUGCAGGUGAACCCACAGGCUAGCAUUAGCUAUAUAUCGAAUACAUUACUUGAAAAUCUAACAAAAAUGCUGAAACAGUCUUCAUAGAAAAGUCCAGGCCCACACUCACCAUUUUCCAAGCCUGAACACAAUCAUUGCUCAAGGUCCAGAUCAAGUCACGAUGGACCCCGAGUCCUGAACUACUUCACUGCUCCAAGUCUGAGGAAACUUAAAUGUAUUUUUGACCCUUUGAGUUUCACUGCGUGCCAGUGAAGCUCAAGUCGAUGCUUUGGCACAAACUUUCUGCCCACAUUAAAGUUGUUUGUCAGAGUAAACCACGAAAAAAAAAGUAAUCCAAGAAAGCACAUAACAUUUUUCAAAUUAAGUGUGACGACAGCAUGUUCAAACCCAUGUGUGUUUGUACGUUGUGUGUAACAAGUCGAGGAUAGGAUCAAGAUGAACCUGUGAAUAAGUUAUCCUUAAGAAUGUUCUGAGUUUAUAACAUGAUCUGUAAAACUAGCUGAGUGAGUCAUGGAGAGCCUUGUACAGAUGUUUUUUGUAAUAAAAUAUUUAUACACACGCUGAAGUAAAAGUCUGUAAGUGCAGGUUCCCUUCUUGUAUCAGUUUGCCUCAUGAGUUCAGUGUUACAUGUGUGCGUGUGUGUUAUUGAAAUGCUUUUUUGGUCCCUGGGGUUGGAGAGAUAUGUCGUGACAUUUAUCUUCUUACUGAGAGCAUGUGUACAUGUGAGCAUAAUCUAAAAUUGCGUGAGGCAGAGAGCAAAAAAAGUGUUUUUUAUUUGCCUGUGUAUGUGCUCACGAAUAAGUUAAAAUGUGUGUGUUUGAGUGUGUGUGUGUGUGUGAGAGAGAGAGUUAAUUUCUCCCAGGAAGGGAUCAAGAGACCGGUGUAUUUUGACCAGUGGGGCUCAAGGGCACCAGGGGGUGGCACAGGGAUCUUGCCCAGCCUUGGUGGCUCUCGUCUGGGCUCCCUGUUCAGGGAUUUGGCCCUUCUGAGGAUAUCAGUCUGUUGCCAAGCUAGGCCAGCCAGAGCUUGAAUAUUUUUAGCUGACAUGCCAAACCAGGCCAGUCUGAACCAGUUUAUUGGUUUAAAGUCCAAAUGUAUCCCUAAACACGAAGAGAAAUUGUCCUGGUAAGCUCCCUUUGAGUAAAACACCCCGAUAUUGUCAUUUGCUCCAUAGGCAUGGUCAAAACGUACCAUACUUAUUUCUGUGAAAAUAUUUGAUAAAACAUGUAUGAUCAGGUUGUUACUGGUGUCAUUUCAUACCUUUAUUCAGUAGAUAGAGCAGGGAACUGGAAAUAGAGAGUGAGAGAAUGGGACAUGUGGCAGGGGGCAAAUUUGAACCCUGGCCACUCAGUUCAAGAACUGUUGAACCCUCCUUUGUGGGGUAUGAUCUAAACCAGAAUCCUUUGGUAAUGCCUUUUCUGAAGCUUAAUUUCCUGUCUAAAAUUUAAUUUAAAGAGGCAAUAAAAUGCUUUUUGAAAACCUUUUAAAAACAUUUACCAAUUUACUAUUUAAAGAGAGUAAUUGAACUGAGGGUUUUCAAAGACAGCAGUCGGAGAUAAGCGAAGAACUUUUUGAGCUGUAAACCAUGUAAAGCUGCGAAAAAGCUAUCAGAGGAACAACAUUAAAAGCUGAUAAAUGAAGCACGCUGCUCCCUAAAGUUUGGGUCAAAUGUAGUUUUGCUCUUGCAUUUUUAAGUGGCAUGAAUAUAGAUAAUAUAGCUACAGUUUUACCAAAUUGUGCACUAUAUUGUGCCUCUUUAUUCCAAUCAAAGUUGCUUUUGUGAUGAGACACUGUAUUGCAAGAGGACACCAGACUUACCAGGACAAAUACGAGCCUAUAGAGGUGAUAUAAUGGGCUGCAUGUGUGUAACAUAAGGUGAAUAAAUAGGAUUGUGUGUUCACAUCACCACAGUUACGAGAUGAGGGAGAGUGAGAACAGCUGUGUGCACUGUCGGGGAGAGAGAAAGUGAGAAGGAGAGAAAGACAGAAACAUAAACGCCUGAUUAUUCCUACUUUUUCAGAGAAAAAUGGAAUCGAGAGAAGAAGGUAGAGCAACAGAACAAAGCAGAGAGAUGUGGAGAAACAGAUGGCGGUACGGAGCGGAGGGAAGUGUGUGAAGAGGAGGAGGGGGGAGGCGAGGAGGAGGAGGGAGAUGGAGACGUAGAAAAAGUGGGGAGGAAGAGUAUAGAGGAGAUAUAUUUAGAGGGGGGGGUGGGGGCGUUGAGCCUCGCAGCGAGAGGCAUGACUCAUCUUCUGCCAGCUGACAGAAGGAUGGAUGGAGGGAAGAGGGGAGGAGACGGACCGAGUCAGGGGGAGAAGAGAGACAUGGAAGAGAAAGGGGGUUAGGAGGAAAGGAGGAGGAAAGGAACCAAAGAAGAGGACAGGAUAAGAAAUAGAUAAGGUCUCACCAAAGCCCCUCUCAGCUGGGUCCAAGUCCCUCUGCAUAUUUCCUUGGGGAGUGCGUAAGUGUGUGUGUGUGUGUGCUGCACGAUACCAGCUGCAUUUGGCAGUUAGAUGCUGCACAUGUGCGUGCGUGUGUGUGUGUGUGUGUGUGUGUGUGUGUAACUGCGUCAUAGAUAUGAGUGGAGCUCAGAGCAAACACAAGUAUGUCUACAGUAAGUGGAGCAGGUAGUUUCUUUAUCCCACGGGCUUUCUGUCGCUGCAUUUCUACUUUUGAGUUCUUUAGUUCUUACAAAUGUGUCCAUGUGUCGGCAAAGCGUUGGCACAUAUUCCCUCGUCUGCUCAGUUCUGACUGUUUUUCUUUACAUUUUCAUAACCAAAAGCAAUCGUAUAAGAUGAGACAGAGCUGAUAGGAAAAUGUACUAAUUGCUGUCACAUAAAAGUAUGACACAACAGUAAGAGUGGGCAAACCAAACAAUUAAUUUAAAGACUAAUCCAAGAAGAAAAACACUUGAUAAAGUAGUUAUUAAAAUGUUUUUCUUUGUUUGAAUUAAGUAAGGCAUACUAUUAUUAACGUGAUUGCAGACUGAACUGAAGUUGUAGUUGUGACUGUAGAAGUAUCUACACACACCUUGAUUCAAGCCUUACAUACAAAAAAUGGCUGAAAAAUCUUUGCUCUACUUUAAAGCUCCUGUGAGGACCUUUUGGUCUGUGUUGACUUUGGCGCCCCCUGUAGACAAAGCAGUAACCCUUAUAUUGUUUCCAGUUUGUUUCCUCAGUGUACCUACCCCCUCAUUUCAGUUGCAAGCAUUAAAAAUUACAUUAAAGAAGGGGUCAGUUUUGUCAAUGAUGGUGUUGUUUGCUUUUGAACUUUAUAGAAAUGCAACGAUAUAUAGUGUGUCAUGGUUUAGGUAAUACAGCAUAGAGUUGACACAGAAAUGUUAUUCAGGCUGUAAACAUCAACAAUAGCAAUACAAAAAUCACAUAUGUGAGGUAUGGUGUAUAGUGAGAGGGUGGUUCUGCCAGAAAAGUUUCCAACUGGGUAAGAAAAGGUCCCAAUUUGUCCAACAGUUUUCUCAUCAGUGUUUAUAUGUGGCAUAUGUGUCAAGGUAGGCUAACAUCUCUCUUUAGGCUGAUGCGAAAAAAGUUCACAGGAGCAGUCUGCUAUAUAGAAAUAACAGCCCUCGGAAUGCUGUAAUCAACCUAUCAGAAUCAAGUAUUUAUCACAGCAUUGCAGUAUAAUCAUCGCACAAUCACAUAGAUGGUGUUUAAAAAUAUUUUGGACUCUUGCAUCUGGAAAGUCAUUUGCACAGUCACAUACUUUUACUGAAGUCAAAAUCUUAGAGUAGAACUUUGGUGUCUAAAAGUCUGUAUGAACUACAUUUAAACACUUUAGGUGCAGCACAUAUCAACUGAAUGAAAGACACUCUAUGAUAGUGAUACAUUCUUUAAAAAAAACACACCCAUGAACUUGAAUACUAUUUGCAUAAAUCUUUUAGAAUCUGCCCUAAAAAGGGGGUUUUGAAGGGGUGAAUGUUGCCUGCCUGAUAAAGCCAAGCUCCACCUUAAGAUUUGAAAAUCUGGGCAAUAAUUUGAAUAUUACCUCAAGUUCACAAAGAAACUGUUUUCCUCAGGUAUCUCAUUUGCCACACAUCCACUCAUACUUCUCCCUUUUUUAAACUUCAGGCUGAUUCAUUUUGAAGUGACUGUCAUUUGUUAAAAACUGUUAUUUAGCAUUUUUGGCCAGAGCACCUUCCAGGGGAUCAGCUCAAGCCUGAUCAGCCGUCCGCAGCUGCUACUUUCCCUGCAGGAGAGAGCUGGCUGCAUUCGCCGGCUGUACUCUGGCACCGUGGGCUAUAAAAAAAAAAGAAGUGAGGGAGGCUGCUGAUAAUCCAGAGAGGAGCUGCUGACUUUCUCAGGCAUUGCUCCCUGUUGCACGGCUAUUGCUCAUAUCCUCUGGGGACAAGUCCUCUCUCGCUCCCUCGCUCGCUCUCUCUGUGUAUCCAUUACUUGGACACUCCCUCUCUCUUUCACUCUCUCUCUCUGUUUUCCCUCCCACCUCCUUUCUUUGCUUCAUCUCACUUGCUUAAAGUUUUGUCUCUGUGCCCUCACCCCACCCUCCCUGUUUCCCACUCUGGCUCAGUUUGCCCCUUUUUGUGCCUACGAUGCGUCAUAUGGCUGAACUGCUCCUCCUUGUGUUUAAACAGGCUCAAUACAAGCUUCCACGGAGCAGCCCAGUCUAUCUACAAACCAUGUCCCAAUAAUAAACUACAGGCCUGUUUCUGUUAUGGCAAUCAGUAUGCUGUAUUUAGCUGUAACCUUGAGCAGGGACACUUAUCUAUUUCAAUUUCAGCUCUUGGAUGUUCACACUAAAUGUAAAUCCUCUGAAAAUUUGCAACCCCAAUACUGAGGGAGUCAGGACACUGUGUAAUGGUUUGAUGGUUUACAAAUCAUGUCAAGCUUUUAUUUCACUGGAAAUAUUGCAAAGACAAUGAAUACCCUUGAUUGUUUCAUUGAAAAUAAAUGUUUAUUUUGAAAUUUGAUUACAGGAAUAGUUUCAAAACUGUUGAAUCAGGUGCAACUCAACACUAAAAAAAAGUUUAGUAAUGCAAAGAGAAACAACAGUGAAACAUCUCUCUGCUAAUUUUACUCAUUUGCAACAGGUGAGGAACAUGAUGGGGUUUAAAAGGCAUUUUAGAGAGGCAAAUGUGAAGAUGUCCACCAUUCUGCGAGAGACAGGGUGAGAAAGCAAUUUCAGAAUAAUGUUCCUCAGAGUGAAAUCGCAAAGACUUUGAAGAUUUUAUCAUCUACAGCGCUUAAUAACAUUCAAAGUUUCAGAGAAUCUGGAUAAAACUGUACAGCAAAGGGUCAAUACUAGAUGACCAUGCUCAUAAGACCCUCAGGUGGCAGUGCAUUACCAAAACAGGCAUGACUCUGUAGUGGAAAUCACCACAUUGACUUUUGUCCGUGAACAGUUUGUCACUGCAAAUUGUACCACGCAAGGAGGCAACCGUAUAUUAACAUGAUCCAGAGAGACUGGUGACUUCUCUAGACCCGACUUCAUUUAAGGUGGACUGAGAUGUAGUGAACAGCCCUGUGGUCUGACAAAUCAAAUUUAACAUUCUUCUUGGACAACAUGGAUGCUGCAUCCUUGGUGAUGUGGGGAUGCAUGAGAGCCCAUGGUAGCUUUCACAUCUGGAAAGGCACAAUUCAUGCUGUACAAUCUAAUCAGGUUUUGUUGCAAAAUAUACUGCCAUCCAGACUGUGACUUUUCCAGGGGGUGACCUUUCAUAAUACAGCCAGAGGAUGCCAAACUACAUUUUGCAUGCAGUACAACAACAUGGCUUUCCAUCUGCAGUCCAGACCUGUCACCUUUUAAAGGUGCAAGGAUAUUUAAUAAGUCGUCUUUGCAUGGCUGCUGAUCAAAUAUAGAGUUUGGAAUAUAAUCAAACCAUCAAAACCUGUUUUUAUGCCCAUUUUACACAACUUCCCAACUCCUAUAGAAUUCGGAUUGUAUCAACAGCCACAAAAGAAUUAGGUUUCAUUUCUAACACCUUUGACUUUUAGGGUAUGGGUGGUGUAGUGGGGAGGCCUGUGGGACUGGCUACCCAAGGCCCCAACAAUAUAACAGAGUAUCAGGUUCAUGACAUUUUAGAUAUUAAAGUGUGAUUCAGAAGAGAAGGUUGUACAAUUACAGAAAUAGUCAUAAUAUUAAUAAUUAAACAAGACAUCAUAACCCUUUGGCUGAUUGCCCUGAAUGUUAUUUUGAAGGCUAAGAUCAGAACAGCAGCCAGCUCCCUCUGCUAAAAUGUGAAGUUAAACUUUCGUACAGGUUUAUAGAUAACUGAAUUAACUGAAUACUCUAUCUGUAAGGCUCUUCAGCACCACAUUAUCCUAAGUACCAGGAUUCGGGUUUGAAACUGAAGUGGACAGGUUAAUGUAGAAGCCCAUCGCACAGAUCUCUAUAGCAACACCUGAUGGAUGCUUCACAAUUUACCCUUGUGAUUACAGAAUAACCCCUGCCUGUGAUUACAACUUCUUUCUCAUAAAACUACAACUUUAUUCUCAUAAAUUUAUGACCUUAAUCAUUUUUAUAUAACAUUUUAAAUUUUAAACCAUCACAGCAGUGCUUUUGUAGCACUUAACUUUGUACAGCUGGUCCAGGUGGAGCUACUAUAACUUUUUAACGCAGUUCGGGAGAUUGUUCCUCCAGUUUCAAACACUGUGGUUGGGCCACUUCAAAUAUUUUGAGAGAAGAGUGGAGGAAAAGAAGAAAAAAAAACUUUUUUACCACCUGAAUUAUGACACACUUAUUGGACACUCUUCCACUUUGAAUUUUUUGGAGGAAUGAUUUUACCUCUGAGAGAUGAGCAACCAUCUGAGGGAAAGUGUCUGGAGCCUGUAACUCAUCUGAUACUCUCACAGACACAGAAUUUUGUCAUUUUCAGUGGUGAAAGAAGAGGGGUUCUGAUCUUUGGUGAUUUUAUCAUUAAAAUAUGUUCUUUUAAAAGUCUAUUUGUUAAGGGAAAUGUCUGAGUCUACAGAUGAGGGCGCUAUUGCCUCAGUAACCUCAGCAACUAAUAAAGGGCCCCCAGUUAAACGCCUCCUCCUUGAAUAUUUAGUCGAAAAACAUCUAGAAAACCUGUCUAUGGUGAAAGUACACUGAUCUCUCGAGUCACAGGGUUACAGGGUAGUCGGUUGGACCAGUCGUAGCGCUGUUUUAUAUUCUAAUGACAUCUCUGUUUCCCAAUAUGCUGCUCAUUGUUUCACUGUUGAUUCACUCGCUCUACCUGACUUUGACCUAACACCCGCCCUCUGCAGAAUAUCAAUCACAUGUAUAUUGAAGGCAGCCGGUGAGAUCACUUCACAGACUCCUGAAUGCGCGCGUGUGUUUGUGCGCGCUCAAGUAUGGGGAAGUUUAGGGCCCCCGGGAGAUGAAAGGUGUGCGCCCCCCCUCUGCUUAACAUUGCUGCGGGUCUAUUAUCAUGCAGAGACGAGGGACAUCCGACUUUCCGCGCCGAGAAACACCCACGGAAAUCCUGUGAAGAUGAGUUUGAAGGAAAUGUUGAUAACGUGAAAAAUACAUAUAUACGCAGUUGAGUGAACAAAUUCUGGCAUUUAGCGUGACCACGCGAGACCACGAGGAACAAGUUUUGGUUUAAGCGUACGACUUACCUGUGUACUCCGUCCUGUAAAGUGGAUCUCCCUCCCUCUCGUGCUGAAAACACACCUCUAUCUGUUGUUUAAGUUUACGAUGACUGGAUUUUACGCACGAAAAAUAUGGAAUAUCGUGCCCUGUAAGAGCUGUAUUGUUUGUAAUAAACAGGCAUUUGAAGCCUGUAAAUUCGAUGGCAAACAAAACGAUGACCAUCUCCUUGAUUAUGAGUGAUCUUGAGGUCUCUCUCAAUGACAUUUUGUCCACGAAUUGUAUCUAAUGCAAGCUUUAAAAGAAGUAAAACUACCACAGCAUUUUUUUCAUGAUGUUUUCAACAUGUUAGAGGUCAGUUUUUUCAGGAGACCCCUGUCUAUUCCCCCCUCAUCCACAUUCGGCUUUGAACGCACUCCAAGAGAGGCAGAUUUUCCUUAGGAACGAUUAUUUUCCACUGCGUCUUUGACUGUGUUAUGAAUGGAGAACUGGCUUCAACACGCCCUUUCUUUACUCCAGUGAUGGUGCGUGUGUGUUUGGUGCUUUCAUAUGGGAGGGGUGGUGUGUUGCUUUUUUAUUUUCGCCGACCAAAGACGAAAGGAUUAGACGAUUUGGGGGCAUUCACCUUUUGGUCAAACAAAUUAUUCACUUGAGCAAAUAAAAGGAAUUUGACGCGCGUAAAUCUCUUGAACCCCCUGUUACUUUUUCUUGCGCAAACACUUUCUGGUUGGUUAUUUAUGAACUGUUUUGAACCAGUUUGUGGAAACUCAAUUAACGAAUAUAAAUAUACAAUGCACACAUUUUUACGCAUUACUCAUCAGGUAAUAAUGACGAAGAAGGCUUUCGGUGAUUAAUUGAGUUAAAGGGUCUUUUAUCACCACAUACUGGAUAAGACUUGAUCGCGCUACUUCUGUCGUGUCCAAUGGUUUUGAAUGCAACAUCACAGGUGUUUCCAGUCUUGCCCCAGCAUUGGGCUCUUUUGGUGGACCCCAUGCCACGCACAUGCGCGCGUAAUGUAUAGGCAAAGAGGGGUGGCUAAUGGGAUGGGAGGCGGGGGGGGGGUUCUGUGGUGGAAUGGGGUGAGAAGGGGAGGAGUGUACAGAGAUGAGGAGUGGUAGUCAGGGGACAGAAAGGGAAGGAACAGUCGCCUUGCUGCUCUUAUUAGCGCUUUAAUCUCCUUGUCAAUCUUCCUCUAAAACGCCAUCAGGAUCACACUUAACAUCACACCGUAGCUUUUUGAUGUUUAUUUCUUUUUUGUUUGUUUUGGGGAGAAGUGGGUGAAAGACAAUCCAUCUUGCACCCUGCGUAAAACCAAACCAGAUCAUUUUACGCACGGAGUUUUGAUGAGUAAACUGGACUCACAUUGACAUCAGGACGCUUCUAAACUUUUUGGCAAAGAUGUCGCUGUGAUUUACGCACUCUCAUUCACAGUGAAACUACGAAGGGGGUUUAAAGCUGCCCCUUUUCGUGACUUUUUUUUACAAAUGCAUUCUUCUGUUUUUAGUAUUUAAGCCUAAAGUAUUGCAGACAGGACAGAAGAGAGCGAAAGACAAGUGGACUCCAAGUAAACAGUGUGGCGCAUAAACACACAGAACACGUGUGCAGGACUCGAGCCUGUCUUUACUGUGGGGUUCUGCGUCCAAAUCCAAAGAGCAACAGGACCGAGCAGGACGCCUCCUGAUUUUGUGCCCAAUGUCUCCACAGCAGAGCACUUGCUUUAGCUCUCUUUGCUCCCUCUGUGUGGUGGUGACGCGGCGGAUCAUGGACACCAGGCCUGUCCGGAGAAGAAGAACCGGUGCUCUGCGACAUCUGCUGCUGGCAGCCGCUUUCCUCGCCUGCAGCUCCCAACUGCUGGUGGUGGACGCCAACUCAUGGUGGUGAGUAAAUGAAUGAUUCCUGGUGGUGCACUGAUUUUUACAGUGUGGAUGGAGUAAAACUAAUGGCAGCAGCUGUUGAAAUAUGGGCAGAAGUUUUAUGGAAUAGCUUUUAAAUUAAAGCAUCUGGGUUUGUGAGAGCAGCCUUAAAAUUUCUUUCAGAGCUACUUUGUAAUCAGAUUCCUUCUACCUGUUGCCUCAUGCCAUUGAUAACAAGUGACACAUGGAAAAAAUGUGAACUACAGACUUCUAGUUCACUUAAGUGCUGUGAGAGUGUGUGUUUUGGGGGUGAUGUUCCAGUCUGAAGCCCAAACAGUGAGUGCAACAAAUGUGAGGGGUCUGUCACAAUAUUUACCCUGGCAGCUCCAAAUGGUGCUGCAAGGCUGCCUGCUGCUGAUCUGAUGGGCCCCUUCAAUUAGCCAAACUUGUUCUUGACUUACAAGAUGCAACAAUGCUGCCCACUUCAACUUUGUGUUUAAGAGUGUGUGCAGGUCUUGACACCGGAAACAUUUGUAAUUUCCCUUUCAGUUUUAGUUACAUUUAAAUUCAAAUGUAACGUAAACUGAUGCUGAAGUAGUGAAUGUAUAAAUGCAUAUACUGCAAUGCAUGUGUUACUUAAAUCACACGGAACUGAUCAUCCUCUUGCAGACUUUGAAAAGGACACAUCACGUGUCCUCCACACUUGGAUAGACUACCGAUUAUGUUCUUUAAGCAAAUGUAACUCUGAACUGUUCAAGCAGAGAUUCAUUUAAAGGGACUGAAAGGAAAAAUGUCAGAAAAAGAUAUACAAAGCGUGUGUUUGCAGUGAUGAACACCAGAGGAGUCCAUUUAUCUGCUCUUUAUAGGCCACUUGUGCUAAUAAACUUGUGUCUGAACUUUGUCCUCUGCAGUGCAGGCCUCCUCUCAGAAAGAGAGGGAGUCAUAGAUCACAGAGGACUCUUUCUCUGCUAUUUCUUAGUGAGCUGUAAAGAUAGAUAAAGUUUAUUGGUUUUAAAUUUAGACUUAAUAUGGGGUCUGUCUCUCAGGUCACUAGCACUGACCCCGAUCCAGCGGCCGGAGAUGUACAUCAUUGGAGCUCAGCCUCUCUGCAGCCAGCUGUCUGGACUCUCUCAGGUAACUUCCAUAAAAAUGAUAAAUCAACUCACUUUUACAACACGUUUGCAUUUGAGACAUCUCGAACAGUAAAACAUGUCAUGCAUGCUCUUCCGGGAGUUCCAACAUGUCACCCCUGACUCUAAAGAAUUGGUCAACAAAGGAGGAAUUUCCACAAAUUGAAUGUUAAAGCAUUAAAACAGAAAUAUACUAAUCUAUGCUAAUCUCCCCCUGUGCCACUGUGUGCUCUGCAGGGCCAGAGGAAGCUGUGCCAGCUCUACCAGGACCACAUGGUCUACAUUGGAGACGGAGCCAAAACUGGCAUUAAGGAGUGCCAGUACCAGUUCAGACAAAGGAGGUGGAACUGCAGCACUGUGGACAACACAUCUGUGUUUGGACGAGUCAUGCAGAUUGGUAAAUUGUUUUUGUUUUUAACGGCAUAUCAGGGUCAGCCCAGAUGUUACUCUUAACUUUGAUUCACAUGUUUCAAAUCAGAUACAUGUGUCAGUGAUGACAGCAGUAAUUUGCUAUUGGCUGUUUCAAAACAGCAGCAAAGACAGGUAAUUUUUUAGCCAACAUAAAUAUGCCCGCCCUGAAAACCAAACAGAAUAAUCACUCAUGUUUUUACAUUAAUCUUUCUAAUCUAAACUGCAGUCUCUACCAGAUGUUGGCAGUAAUUCACCAAUCCACUGUUUCACUCUUGUGAUUUUUAAUGCAGCCAGUUUUCAGGCAGGUUAUGCAGAACACAGCGUUAAAAGUUUGACCAGAAGAAGAGGUCAUUCGAAGCCAGACAGUCAUAUAUUAUCAGGCUGAAACAACAAUACAGUGCGCCGCAUAUCACUGUUUAGACAGGAAUAUGAGUUGAACGGUGGGUUGGUAGAGACACUAGUGGUCCAAGAGUAGACAGGUCAUACAGCCUGAGGGUCGGGGCGGAAACAGACUGUUUUGGUCAAAGAUGUGAAACAGCUUACAAUAGGAUAUCGAAGCCAUGACACACACACGCAAACACACACACAUAUACAUAUAAACCUAGGUCUUUUACAUGUGAGACAGCGAUUUGCUACAAGAAAUACUCACACUUUUUAGGCGUUUGCUUUACAUGAAUAUCACAGUUGCCCAUAAAUGCAACAUCUAAGGUCUGGGAUAAAAAUGUAUUACUAGGCCUAUAUUUAUUGAAAGGUACAGCAGUUAUUUUUUUCCACAUAUAUUAAAUUGUUCAAGAAGUUAAUAAACUUAGAUGGUCAGCCUAGAGUAGAUUAUACUAUCCUUAAUUAUUGGGCAUGAAAACACUUAUUUUUUAUUAUUAUUAGGUAUUUCAUGCAUUGUGUUUAACUUAAAUAUGGUUAAAAGACUCAUUUUUUGCUAUGUGAGACUAACAUCUUGGGCAGUUUAUGGAAAUUUCCAGUGUUUGGAAAAAGGUCUAAAUAUUCUACUCAAGUAGAACUAAAAGUAAAAAAAUAAAUAAAAAGACUUAACCAUGCUUGAGCUUGAAGAGAUUUCGAUUCCUCUCCAGUGCAGGGUGAAGUUCUGAAUGGUUAUGCAAAUUUGAGUCUUGGCCGGUUGGGCAUCAAAGGUUGUUAUUGUGAACCAUUAUCAAGGAACAAACAAGAAACAAUUAUGAGGAAAGAUUUUAAUAAAUGAAUCAGGAAAAUAAGAUUAGAAUCUAUUGGGCUGAUGUGGCCUGGUGUUGUGUGAUAAGUGAGAUAUUUAGACAACUAACAAAUGCACUUGAAAAGAUUUGAGUGUUUGCAGUGAAGACAUUUUGCAGUCAGCUGCUGUCAUGAAUUUGAUGGAUAGCUCUGAGUUUUUAGCGAUUUUUUUGCUCAAGUUAAAAUUAAAAAGUUUCCACAGAAAAUACUCCAGUAAGUGAAAGAAUAAUAAUAAAUUAAAAAUACUCAAGAAACAAGCACACAUUUAGACAGGUAAAUGUAGACUUAUAAACUGUUUCCAACCCCUUUCGCGUACCUGUUUCGCGCGUGCGCAGUGGCGUAGAUAACUUAAAAAGGACACAAAAGCAAAGCAGCUUCGGAGAUGCCCAAAAUACAGACAAUUGGGUUUAAAGAUAUCUCUGUGUGGUAUUUUUGGUGAAUAAUUAGUAGAAACUCAGAUUCGGGAUCAGUUUCAUGUGCGUGUAAUUCCCAGCAGGCGAUGUGGGAAACCUCUCAUCAACAAGUAAGUGUCAAAUCCGCUGCAGGCAGUCAGACGAGGUGUUUGCAGCUCCUCUCUGGCUGCCUGUCUCUCUCUAUUGACAGUCGGCCUAUCUGCAGGUUUAUACCGAGGUGUUAGAGACUCCAUUGUCCUGCGGCUCCUCUUUUGAAAUGCACUGAUGAGCUGACACGGAGCCGGCAGAUCCGGACCCGCUAUUUGAAGUCUGGGCUCCGCAGGUCUCAUAAAGCACUCGGGCUCUUCUCUCUGUGUCUUUAUGCUGCUGCUGCAUAAUGUGGACGAGCAUCCUGACUGACAGAGAGCCUGCUACUAAAACCUGAAAGAGGAGCUCUGUAUGCAUACCUGCCUGUCUGUCUGGCUGCCUGGUGUUUAUUCCACGGUAAACUGCAGUAGAAGCUGUUAUGGGCGAUACUGUUGUCGACAAUCACACAGGAAUCAGUGUAGUUAUUUCAGUGAAAUUACAAGAAGAGAGAAGAAUUAUCACAGAAUAAUGUGCUCUUACAAACGUUAUAAUAACAAUAUAGUUUAUUUCUACUUAUUAUUUCUUCUUCUUUUUAGAUGUUGUCCUUUGAAAAUCUUAAAAGGAAAAAGCAGUAGGAAAAUGCAGUAACUUAACAUACUAGCCUUAAAUGUGGUCAAAACAUCCCUUUAUUGGUGGCCGUCCACAUAAGAUGUUCAGCUGUUAUGACAGAGAAGUAGUCCUUUAAUGCCUGACACCACAAAAAUUCCCCAAAAAUUUUUUUUGGAGCCUAAAUGUUUAUUUCACUUACUGCUGAAAACCAAAAAAAAUCAAAAUGUCUGUAAAAUUUAACAAAUAAAAUUAUUUAUCUCGUUUGAUACAUUAGAUGUUUUUGGAAACUGCUGAACUACAAGAGUACAUUUUUAUCAUUUAUCAGACUGUAUUCAGGUGAUUGUUUUAGUUAUUUGUUGAUCAUGUUGAUUUGAUAGAAGUAUAUAAAAGUAUGUAUCAAAUAUGAUACAAAAGGCAUUAAAGGGUUAAGAGUUUAAAAAGGCCAUAUGCAUUGUCAAUACUUUAAAUAAGUGUUUUCUGUAGAAAGAAGACAGUGAAGCUGAGAAUUACAGUCUUUAGAGAUUAGGAAAUCUAGGUAAAGGAAUCUUUAUUCAAUAUCAAGUCUGUAUUGGUGAGUUUGGAGUCUCAGCCUAAAAUACCACAAGGUUCUUUGCUGUUCACAUGUAAAUAUUUAGUUUCAGAGCAUUUAACUUCCUACCUUUCAUGCUAUUUAUCACCUUUGUCCUUCCUUUCCUUUUAACUGUUUGUGUAUUAAUGCAGAGAAAGGACCUGUAGUCUGUGUUGUGUAUUCCAGAGUGUAGUAUGGUGGAAGAUGGACGUGUGAUUAACAGUGAAAUUACGUUUUUCCAUAGUGAAUCUUUAUUAGGAUGUCUUCUGUAGAAAUUAAAUGAUAUAUUGUUUUUCAGGGCUGAUACCAAUACCUGUUAUUAGUGGUUCAUGAGACUGGUGACUGGGACACUAAGUAAGAUAGAGCAGUGAGUGAAAACAGACCCAAAGGGAGAGAGACACCUGCAGCUGAGCCAAAGUAGAGCACUGUUUAUGAAAUUGAUUUUAUCGGCAGUCAGUGAAACAUAAUGCUGACCGAGAUAAUCAUGGACAUAUGAAGAAAUCUUACGGAUAUUCAAGGCAACAUUUUGGUAGCAUUAAACCAGAGUGAUCUGAAAACUGUCCUUUCUAAUCCUGACAUCCUGAAACCCAAUAGUUGACCUACCUGAAUUGAGACAGGUUGACCCUGAGGCUAACUCACUGAGGAAAGUGAUGUUUACCUCAUUAAAUGCUGCAUGUGUAAUAUGGAUGACUGAGCUGGUAUUUAAAGUUGUUGAGUUUAACCAGGUACUGAGUUCAGACCUGAAAUCACAUCUAUUGUCCAUUGUUAGGUCAAGUGGGUGUGGGGCUGUUUGCCGUGUGUGUGUUCAUAGUGGGGGUGAGCAGUUAGCUGUGUUUCCUGUCAGUAGACACACAUUUACUUCAGCCCUGAAUAAAAAACACAGUGACAGGGUUACUCCUCAACCUUGUUCAAACUUCACCUGAUUAAAAAUAUAUUUAUAUCUAAAAUGCUUAAAUCUACCUUCUCUCCAUCAGGGUCCAGGGAAACAGCCUUCACCUACUCCAUAAGCGCAGCUGGCGUGGUCAACGCAAUCAGCCGGGCGUGCCGCGAGGGCGAGCUCUCCACCUGCGGCUGUAGCCGGGCUGCUCGACCUCGUGACCUGCCCCGUGAUUGGCUGUGGGGAGGCUGCGGCGACAAUGUGCACUACGGCUACCGAUUUGCCAGAGAGUUUGUAGACGCCAGAGAGAGAGAGAAAAACUACCCACGAGGCUCUGCUGAGCACGCCCGAACCCUGAUGAACCUGCAGAAUAAUGAAGCAGGGAGACAGGUAUGAGACGCAAAACACGUGCUUUUAUUUUGUAGGAGCUUUUUUUUUAUCGCAUAAAACAAAAGUUUACAGUCUUUUUAUGAAAAAGUGUGUGUGAGCAGAGUCUUCUGGACCUUAAAGCAUGUCGUUAAGGCAUGUAUGUGUGCGUGUGUGUGUGUGUGUGUGUGUGGGUUGAGGUGGCCCCUGAUUGUCCAAACUGGCAGUAUUUGCGAGUGUGUGUGCGUGUGUGUGUAAGUUAUUUAUUAGGAGGGUCCAAAUGGCAUAACUGCUAACGCCCUUGGAGUCUGGCUAGGUCGCCAGGUCAGUGUGCAUUCCAGUGUUGUAACCCUCACACACAGACACCCACAAAGACCUACAUCUGAGGUCAUACACACAUAAAACGCAGCAGCGCAAUGGAAGUUUACUCAUUUAUCAAUAAAACUGAAACUGUAAAAAAAACAACAGAAAAAUACAGACAGGUGGACAGUUGAAUAGGUAAAUAAUUGAAGUCAAUUGGGCGUUAUAGAGUUUUUGAGAUUUUUGGACCUCUUUAAUUGCUUUACGGUAAAUUGUACAAACUUUAUAUGUGAUGUUGUCGCUGAAGUUGUUUGAAAGAGAAAGUUUUGUCCCCGUUUGGUUGCCGUACAAUCACAAUUUGGAGCCUUUAUCUUGACGUCAGUGCAAAUUAAGUCGUUUGGAAAUGCUUUUAUUUUCAAGAGUUAAACAAAAGAGACCUUUGACUAGGCUGUACACAAACUGACCCACAAAUUUACACACUGACACACACACUGACUCACACACAUAUAUACACCUUGCACGUAAAAGGUCCAUUUGCCUGUGCUGGUAACUCGCUGGAUUAGCGGCGUGUGUUUAUUUUAAGUUAGAGGAGCUUUGUUCAAGCUGUUCACAAGACUCUGUUUCUGUGUGUGUGUGUGUGUGUGUGUGUGUGUGUGUGUGUGUGUGUGUGUGUGUGUGUGUGUGUGUCUCAUUUGAUUUGUGUGAGAGACAGUGAGCCUGGUUUUGUGCCUGUGUAUCAGGGGUCAAAGGUCAGGGUCUGGAGAGGUUGUGUUUCUGCUCAGGGUCCCAUUGGGGCUGUAGUUGAGUGUAUGAGAGAGGCAGAUCUACAGCCUUGUAUUAACACACACAGACACACACACACACACACACACAAACUGACUUUCUGUAACACACUCACAGUCUCUGAAUGACUUUUCCACCUCUCUCCUGUUUGAUCCCUGCUUUUUCUUUGUCGCCUGUCCAUCCAAACGGAAGAGAGGAGAAGAGAGAGAUGAAAAGGGGGAGAGCGGGUGAGAGGAAGACGGUUCCUCUCUCCCUCUUCACCCCUUCUUCUUGCUUUCUUCCGUGGACACGCCGGUUUGUCCUAAGCGGGAUUUGUCUCGCUCGAUCGAACAGGGCAAACCACAGGGCUUUUGUCGAGGUGGCAGGGGCGUGCCACUCGCUGUGUGUGUGCGUGCGUGUGUGUGUGUGUGUUUGUGUGUGUACGCUCAGCUCCAUUUGAUUUGUGUGCAGAGCGGAUAACGUGGUUGUCUGUGUGUACAAGCGUCUGGAGACAGAGACGCAGGGUGAGGGAUGGACCUCCGUCACACUCCUGUGACUCUGAAAGACCUCCACAAACGCACACACACAUACACCGAACACAAACACACACUUUUACACCAGUGAAGGCUGCCACCUUGGUCCACUGUCUCCGCCUCACACAAAUCAAAUGAGCCGGUGCUUGUCACAUAAAGACCAACACAACAACACAACCAUAUGCACAUUCUCCCUCCAAAGACAGUAUCAGGGGAACUCAUCUCUGCACACACAAGCCGCUUUCAGCCUAUGAAGCACUUGGCUGUUUGUCCAAGUUAAGGGCAGAAUCUCAUGUUUUAUGGUGGGACAUAAAAUUGGUCAUAACAAAAGAGAAACAAUCACAGCAGGUUUAAAACAUAGUUGUGUUACGUAUGUUCAGUUUGGUCAGCCAGUGAAUCAUAUCUGAGCAGCUCUUAAUAGUCUGUCUUUAAGUUGUUGUCUACUGCUGUGUCACUUUUAUCUUUAUUGUCAGUUUCAGAUCUGCACUUGUGUAGAAACUUAAUACUCUAUGUCAUUUUGGUCUCUAAUUAUCAGUAUCAAUAAUGCCCACAAAAAAAAGAAAGAAAAAAAAAAGAUAUUGGUUGACGACUGCAAUUACAAGAACAGGAAUGGUAUGACAGUGUUGUAUUGACCUGUGGCAGGAGGGAACUGUCGUGUGUUAGCCUUUUAACUCCAGUUUUGACUUUGACUUUAGACCAGCGAUUUCUUCUCAGUAAGUUUCUCUACUGCUGGAGAUUUAAUGAUUCACAGUGUCCAAACUGAGGCUGCUGUAACAGGCUAUGAUUUAUCACUAAAAGUGUAAAUAACGCAAACACUAAGCCAGACAAUAUCCUUCACGUAUAAGAUUAAGUUUGUUGCUGUAGCAGUUUUUAUUAUUCAAAACAAGAAGAAGUUCAGGCAGGAAAAUGUGUCCUUUCACUCAGCUCUCCUUAAGACAAAGAAGAGGCCAUCCUCUCUAUUUCUGCCUCGUUUUACAACAAACUUCAAUCACACACACACACACACACACACACACACACACACACACACACACACACACACACACACACACACACACACAAACACGCACGGACGCACACAUGGCUCCUCACCCCUAACCCUGUCUGAGCAGCAGCUAUUGGGCCUGACACAGAGACUGUGUCUCCAGCACGGUUGACUAACCAUGUGUGUGUGUGUGUGUGUGUGUGUGUGUGUGUGUGUGUGUGUGCUCCCAGACCCACCAGAUAGCUUAGUAAAAAGCUGGACACACACACACACACACACUCACUCACUCACACACUCACACACUCACACACUCACACACACUCUUUAUAAUGAGAUAGCUGGCAGCCAGCAACAUUAAUUAUAGCUCAAAUAAACGAGUGCAGAUUAAAAUGUGAAUAAUAGUCGUGGUAAAAGUGGGAAAAAGUCUGAUUUAAGACCUGUUAAAAGUUGAUGCCCAAGAGUUUCCCACUGAUUCUACCACACUGCUAUCCUUCAAAAUAUUUGAAAGGAAGAGUUGUGUCUGUAAUUUUCUCAUUAGCACAGUUCUUGACCUCUAAUAAACCCCGCAGCGGGGGAUCUAAGUAAACAUGAAGGCUUGUAAAACCCCAUGGAGCCAUAAAAUAUCAGGAGUUCCUCAUUGUUCUGCUCAAUGAAACUGAUCUUCAAUCUCCUGAGAGCUUCCAUUGAAACAGUAGAGAUGAAAUAAGUGCAAUAGGGAUAGAUCAAAAAUGCCGAAAACUCGACAAACGAUCUAAAACAGAAACCAGAACUCCCCAGAAAGAGGCUUCUACCUUCACAAAAUGUCAUUGUCCCUGUUCCCUGCGUCUGUCGGAGGGGUCACGGGGGUCGGGUCUCGGGAUUGGAGGGUGCCGAGUGCUAUGCCUGCUGGGUAGUAAAGUAGAGGAUUGGGGAGCAGGAGGUGGGAGGUUGGGGUCGGGGUUGUGUUAGGGAUGCAGGGGUUAACAGAGGUGAGAAGGUAAUUGAGAUCAGGCUGAGAGGAGACAGGGAGGUGAGUUUCAUUUGUGUGAAAGACGGAUCGCUGACUCAGCAGUAAAACAUGUUGAUGUGAGGGAAUGAGGGGAUUUGACUCUGCAGCUUGAAAAGCAUUAAACAAUGCCUGAUAAAUGAUAAGGUAUGUGUGGUUUAAUCUUGUCUAUUGCUGUGAGGAAGCUGAAUGGGCUCCCUCUGAAGUUCACCACUACUGACCAUAAACCUUGUACUUCUUGGUCUGUUUUUUAAAAAUUACGCACAUGUUUAUAAAAAAGCCCAUCAAAUUCAGGCAUCAUACAAACUCCAGUGAGUCAAUUCUGCUGUGGAAGAAGUAUAUUUAAGAUGGUUUAUUUGGGAUGAAAACAAGUAGUGAGGUCUGGAGUUUUCACUCAGCGUAGCCCAGCACUCUUGGUUUUGUUGCCCACUUUAGAGCUAGCUUUUUAUCCAUUUGUCCUUCUGACAUGUUUUUGAAUGCUUUUUCACACCAAUUUUUAAUUCUAAAAUAUCAAAAAUCAGGUUUGGAUAAACUAACAGUCUCACCAAACACCUAUUUAUGCUUUCACCAACUUUUUGUUGCAGUGUUUACUAAAAACAAUUAAAGUUUAACGGUUAGAUUAACUAUAUACAACUCUUAAUAGGAAAGUUAGCGCCACACUUCACGUUAAUGCUACAUUACCUGUAGCUACACUGUGGACGAGGGCAUGCAGUUACACAUGUUUACCACUAGAUGGCAGCAGAGGAUAAUUACAGCAAAGCUGAGUCCAGGCGAGUUUCAGAUGAUGCGAAGUAGAAGUCACACACAACACCCUUAACGUCAAAUCUGCUUCCCAAUUUCACAAAGAUGUCUUUAACUUUUUACUUAAAUCUUUCAGUUGAAGUUAUUUUUCAAAAGGAAGGAAAAUUUGACUUUUUGGUUAAAAAUGUACUCCAUCUGGAACUUAAAUAUUUUUUUCUUGAUUUUAAAAAAUGUUGAUCACAGAUUCAUUCAUAUACUCAUUAGAUAAGUACUUGAUCUUUUUGUGGGAUAUUUGAUUGUUUCUCCUUCUAUAACAAAUAACCAUGAAAGAUGGGAAACCAACCACUUGUCUUGAACACUUGGUGCUCUGUUCUCUCUUACCAGGCGGUGUAUAACCUCGCUAAUGUGGCCUGUAAGUGUCACGGCGUCUCAGGUUCCUGCAGUCUGAAGACCUGUUGGCUCCAACUGGCUGACUUUAGGACCGUCGGAGAGUACCUGAAGGAAAAGUACGACAGUGCUGCAGCCAUGCGUAUUGGACGAAAGGUAUUAAGCUCUUACACAAAAAAGUAAAUACAGUCUCCAAGAAAAAAACUGUCCAAGAUCCUCUAUUCACCUGCUGUCUUCUCUUUCAGGGAAAGCUGGAACUCGUAGACAAGCGCUUUAACAUGCCAACCCAGACAGAUCUGGUCUACAUCGACCCCAGCCCGGACUACUGCCUCCGCAAUGAGACCACAGGCUCGUUGGGCACUCAAGGCCGCCUCUGCAACAAAACCUCAGAGGGCAUGGACGGCUGCGAGCUCAUGUGCUGCGGCCGAGGAUACGACCAGUUCAAGACCUACAAGCACGAGCGCUGUCACUGCAAGUUCCACUGGUGCUGCUACGUCAAGUGCAAGCGCUGCACAUCGCUGGUGGACCAGUUUGUGUGUAAAUAGUGCGCAGAGGGAUGAAGGAGGAAGAAGAAUAUUCACAGUUUUGUUCAGGAUAAGUUUGGACAUUUUCAGACAGGUUUCCUUCACCUCUUUUUUUAAUCUCCUGGCCUUUACAGUUAAAUGAGAACACGGAGUACAGUUUUUAAUGGUUUUAUGCACAACAUCCUGGUCAAAUCCCUGAAGGAAGAAGGAAGGACAAAAAGGAUAAAUGGACCUUGAAAGUGGAACAACUGGAUCCCACAUGGAAAUGGGGACACAUACAACUAGUGUGAUAAAUAUGAGAGAUGAAAUAAAUAUAUAAAUAAAUAAUAAAUAAAGAUACAGCUCUGAUUGUUAUUUAAAGAGUCUCGGACAAACUUGAAGGCACAGUUUGGACCCGUCAAAUGUUUGUGUGCUGGAGGAAUUCGACAAAUCAUCAAGCUGUAUGCUGAACUUUUUGACCUUUUAACCCUACAAGAGGAAUCCUGGCACGCGUGAGUUGUGCUGACAUUGCUCAUACAACACACAGAGAACACCAGAAAUGCAGACUGAAACAGACGGAUGACAGUGAGCAGGGGAUAAAAGGGAGGGAACUGAGAAAGAAGGGAAACUGUAAAGCAGCACAAAUGAGGACUUUGUGUGUCUAUUUUGCAACAAUUUUCACAGUUUACAGGAAAGGUCAAGCACAGGAAAAUCCAGCUGUAUCAAAAAGUUGUGGAAAACACUUAAUCUUUGCAUCAAAAGGCCUGACAACCUACAGAUCACUCUCUCUCUCUCCACACGUCUCGGUGUAAUUGCUCCUGUUAGAGCAGAUUUACAGCACCUGGGAGAUGACAAGUGCGUCUGUUCUGCUUAAUGAGGCUCGCCCAUUUUCGGCCAUCUUGACAACGGUGUCCGUUUAAACCAGCAGCUCACAUCAGUGGUCUGACUUCCGUGACCUUCAUGAGACAGUGAAGUGAGCAAAGCCCCCAUUAGGGAGAUUAAUGUGCCGUGUCUGCCUUAAUGAAGUCGCACUAAGAGACACUGAGAGUGGACCUCUUCAUCUCAUGUUAUGCAACUUGUUAAGUCAACUAGAAGCCAACAAAGUGGCAUCUGUUUCCGACAACAAUUAAACACCUUAGCGUAUUGUGUGUAGAUGUAAUCCACUCAAAAAUGAAGAGGACUGGCUGUGGAAGAAGUGAAUGUGCGGGUGUGAAAUUAAAAGAAAGGACUGCAAUUAAUUUUGAGCUACUUAAAGAAAAAGUAGUAGAUCAGAAAAGAAGGUAUAUUUUGUUAUUGUCUUUAAUUCCUGUUCUAUAUGUUUUAUACAUGACUAUUAUUGUGUAUUCUUUUGAUAAAGUAGUGUACAACAACAAUAACAAGGCUUUGUUCCAUUUUUGUUCCAGUUCUUAAGAAAUGACAAAACCUGGGUCAACACUUUCUCUCGAUUCCUGGAAACCUGGACAACAACACUGAGUUCUUUGUCUUUUAAAGAGUAUUUUGGAAAAUGAUGCUUCAGAUACUAAAGAGAGAACCAGCGUCAGGAAUGAAGGGACAGCAGUGUCUUUUACAACAUUAAUACCAAGAUAAAAAGAAAAGUUAUAUCAUCAUGAACCAAAGUCAUGAGAAAAAAAUUAGUCUAAUUGUUCAUCAAACUGAAGUGACGCACUGAUUUUAAGUGAAUCUGUCAAGAAUAAAGGUUACAGUAUUUUACUGUGGACUGAACUUUUUAUGAUAACGCAAUACUGGCGCCCCUUGUAGUCCAACUAGGGCUGUUACAAUAUCAGAUUUUUACUUCAUAAAAUGGCCAUAAAAUAUAAUGAUAAUGAUAUUAACUCGAAAAAUUAUGGAGAACUUAAAGGAAAUCAACACAACGGGUUGAACUGAGAAGAGUUAAGACAAUGGUGGAGUAGUACGAAAGCUACUUUCUAGACUUAACUAAUAAACACAAUUACCUCAUGUCAUUUUUUUCUGUCAAUAUUCAGAUCUAUAAUUCAUCAUUGACAACAUUUUUUGUAAUGCUAUUAUUUUGACAUUUAUUCAGUUUCACGUUGAAGUCAUCUUUUUACCUCUUGUCAAACCAUGCUUUUAUUUUUAAGCAAACAACUUCUCAUAGUUCUAAGUUUCACAAUUGAAUGAAAACAGUCAAGAGUGGUUAGAAAGUGUUUUAUUUAUUAUUAAUAAAAGCUUUAAGGUUGUUUUAGGAUUCACAUCAGAUCUUAAAAAUCAGUUUUGAGAGUGCUUAUCGUCUCUAGGAGAGCUGCUUCAGCUAUCGCCUCAUCGGUCUGCUGCUUGUGCUACAUGCAUCCGCAGUUAAAGAGUCGCAGUCUGAGUCUUCCAUAUGCUUAUUUUCACCACAAUAUCAAUAUUUGAUGGUUAUUGUCAACACUGUUAUAUGUUGUGACAGCCUUAAGUCAAACCAGUACAUUAUACCUCUCUGUUGAUCUUGUCAUAUACAAAAAAAUAACUUGUCAACAAAGGCUGUUUCUGGAGGCUGCUGUUACUUAUCUUAUCUUGCAGCAGUUACAACCCUUCGAAAAAUUACCUAGAGGAAGCAAACCUUGAUGCCAAAAGACUUGUUUGCUUUCUUGUGUGCAUCAGAAUAAAGUUCAAUUGAUUUCACAACCAUGAAAAAAAAUCGUUACAGUAUCUUUAAUAUCGGAUUGGCUUUAAAUGAGAUGUUUUUGUUUGUUUGUGUUGUUUGUUUCAGUGUUCAAAGGUACAGGCUGUCUUUAAUUGGGUUGCUGGUUUAACUGGGGCAGAGAUUUCUCAUGACCUCUGAUCCCAUUACAUGAGCAAAGCUUUACUCCUCGUCACCUCUACCAGUCCCUGGCUACUUUUAACUCCUCAGCGUUGCAUUUGAAACUGCUCCUCGGCUGUAUCACAGGUGUAAGUUCUGCUCUUUAAAACGCCCCAGCAGCUUAACACCCUCUAACAACUUUUAGUACUUCGGUAUUCAGCAGACGCUCAGGGCUGUGUGUCUGUACAGUGGCCCACCUAACAAGCCCAUUACCUUUCAGCUUAUUCAAUUAGACCACUGACCAGAGCUGUGUGACGACAUACAACACUUUGUGUGGGUUUUAUCUUCCCAGAUACAUGUCUCUCUGUGUUUAAUGUUCUUUCUCCUGUUGCACAUCAUUCCUUUAAAGGUGCUUUAUUAAUUUUACUCUACAUAGAUGGUUUGUGAGUGUGUAGCAGAGUGUGUGUACACGUGUAUGAGUGUGUUCUUGGAGAUUAGACCAGUGAAAGUGGUGUUUUCCCUAAUCUGUGUCACCUGACGGCCAUCUGCUGCUGUGAUGCUGCUAAUUUAAUCCUCUGGAACAAACAAGAAGUCAAGACAAGUCUCUUUUUGGUGCUUGUACCUGCAUUGAUUAGAACUUUCUUGCUGUUAUACUUUGUUUUCUUCUUCCCUGAGCACUUGUUUGUUUUCCUAAAUACACUUUGUUUAAUAGUCUGUGCUGUAAGCAGAGUGGAGAUGUUAUAAUGUUUUAGUGGGAGUCUUAGCUUUGAUAUUGGGAGUUUUACAGGCUGCAACAUCAGUCUGUCUGCAGCUUUGGAGCCUUAAGUCAAUCUUGUGAAUUUUGCAUCACUCUCAUGUACAAAACAACGCCAAUCCAGAAACCUUUUCACUCACUUCCGCAUUUUUCUCACCCAAGCGUAAGCCAGACUCCCUAAGGGGACACUUAAAAAGACAAAUUCAGAGUUUCUAAUUUUGUUUCAUUUGAUUCCUGUCCCCUCAGGUGUUUACUGUCCUGAAACUUACACUUCUCCAAACACGUUUUUCUUAUCUUCCCCUCCACAGCUUCCACUCUGCUCCUCUGGGAGAUGCAGCUCUGCAGAAAAGAGGGGUGAGAAAUGUACCCACUGGGCUUUUUAAAAGGCCAAACAAGUGUCUUUGUACAUGCAUGUGCAAGCAUGAGUGUGGUGUUUUAGAGAUGGCAUUAAUGACACCUGAUCUGAGCCUAUGGCCUCGUACCUGCAGGAACCUCAUGUGUUUGACUGCCAGCUGUCUAAUUAUAAAACCAACCCUGCUCAGGGGCAGGAAUUCUUUUUAAAGCUGUUAGAAUGUGAUUUAUCUUCACUGUUUUCUAAUUUCUGCGAUGUUUUUUGGCACUUUGAGGCAAGAUAAUUCCUCUACAACCUGUUCUCUUCAUAUGUUGGUACAGGAGCGGAGGGAUUGGGAGCUCUGCUUGUUGCUCCCUCUGCGUCCAGUGAGGAACAUUGCCAAGGCUGGAGGGCAUCCCGAGCAAAACAGAGACAAACAGAAGUUCAGGAGUGUCUGCACAUAAAUGAUGCCAGGAUCUUUUGUUAUUUUAAGCACAUAGCUCCUCAUAAAAGUCCUGUCUUGGGGUGAAAAUCUGCCUACUAUAAAACAAGCCGUAUUUGUUAACUGUGUCUUACAUAGACAAAGCUAACUGCACACACAGCCUAAAGCUAUAAACUAUAGAGUAGGAUCUUGCUUGUGGUGUGUGUGCAGAUUAGCCAGCAGCUGUUAAGACAUCUGUAGGCGAUGGAUUAGGUGAGGAGAAGCAAACAGCCCAUUUCUUCUGUCUCAAACAAACACACAUAUACAGCACACAGAUGUACAUUCAUGCUUCGACAUUUUUUUUACUUCUCUCUUUGCCUUUUUUUUUAUUACUGUUGGAAACAUAAGCUCAAGAUGAGCAUAAACAUCAAAUCAGGAUUUUUUACAUCAUUGGGAUGCUACUGCAGAUUCAGAGUUAUGAGAGUAUUUUCCACAUUAUUUUCACUUUAUUUAAACCCGUGCAUUUCAAC